CAGCCGUUCGCGUCUCUUGUUUGUAUGUCGUCCGUCCGUUCGCGUACCCGACGGCAGCAGUCGUCCGCGUUCUUUGUCCGAUGCGAAUAUCAUUUUUGUCGAUAAUAUAAUAAUAAUUAUCGUUGUCGCUGUCGUAGGUUCGCAACCGAUUCUCGCGCCGCCGAAAUUCUCCCCGGUUAAGAGGACCGCGGUUCGUACUCGUUCCGAUACGAUAAUUCGAGCGAUGAUCGUCGCGGACCGUACCGACGACGACGACACGAUUCGGCGUGUCCGAAAAACGUAAACGCCGGAAACACCUGGAAAACCGAAAAAAAAAUUUAAAAAAAAACAGAAAAAUCAUUGACGUUCGUCGUUGAGCCUGCGCUCGUUCGUCCGCGGCUUCCUCAAAAAUUAAUAAAAAAAACAAUUUAAAAAAUAUAUAGUAACAGUAAAAAGGGGAAUACGACGCAAACAAACCAUCGUACACCACGGCACGGCGGGCGGCGUGUGCUGCACACCGGACAUGGCAUUUUUCUUUUGCGGUAUUGUUGAACAUUUACUACGCUUAUAUUAAUUACUCUGCCGGGCCAAAACCGUAAUAUUAUAAUCCGGUCGGCGGUACGCGCGGGUAAUAACAACGGUUACGACUAAUAUCCAUGCGAAUGUUUCCGCGUGUAACUGGUCCGGCGACUCGCUAAUUAUUCGUCGCCGUCGCCGCGACACGACCGCGGCCGCGCGUAAUAGCCGACCGGCCGACCGUUGCCGUGCUCGCGCGUAUUGCGUAAACGACACACCGCUUUGCGAACCGGUGUCUUGCGAAAAUACGACGCGCAGAAAACAAACGCAAACGCGAAAAAUAAUGUAAAACCCGAGCGAUAAAACCGUCGGCGGAAAACGACGAGCGCGAAAUCCCGCGGGUCUCCGCGUACCUACGGCCGCCUCGGAAUGCGAGCGGUCGGUCCGGCCGAAAAGUCGUGGUCUGGCGGGGGGGAGGUGUUGGGCGGCCCGGCAAAAUGUAUGCGCCGCCGUCGGGGUCGGGGAGGAGAAAAACGGUUUCCCCCUCGGAAAAUCUGCCCCUCGCGCUGAUAAUUUAUCUCCUCUUCGGGGCCCGCACGCGGAAACGCGCAGGUAAUAAUAUUAUGUAAAUAACGCCGUCGAAAACGCCACGCACGCGUUUCGGUUUUUUCUUGCGUUCCGCGAUAACGUGCGGUCACUAUUGGUGAACGGCCGCGGCGUUCGGUCGGCCGACGACGAGUCUUUUCGCCGCGAUAUUUCGGUAAAACGAAACAUUUUUAAUGUAAAAAUAACGUGGGUACAAAAUAUUAUUGCGCGACGUAUUUAUUAUUGUCUCUCUCUCUCUCUCUCUCUUUCACCGUCUCUCCGACAGCUGGCGGGUUACCCGGGUGGGUAUUUUUUACCGUCGUCGUCAUUAUAAUAAUACCCAAUAAUAAUACUAAUAAUAAUAAUAAUAAUAAUAUUAUUUCGUUAUCGCGUUCGGUUUUUUACUCGCUCGCCUUAUCGGUGCUUCCUCCCUUCCCCCCCCCGUCGCCGUCACCGCCGUUAUCAGCGAGACGAGCCUCGGCUCACGAAACAUUUGGCGUUUUUAUUAUUGUUUUUUUGUACCGCGCCGCGCCGCGCCUCCCCGGAGGAGAGUUUUAAACCCAAACACCGGUCGACUGUUGAGCCCGUCGUCGUCCGCGCGGAGCCGCAGUGCUGCGCGGCAGUUAUCGCGCGCGCCGCACCACACACACGGCCGUCGCCGCGGCUCUCCGCGCGUCGUCCCCUCCCGCCCGUCCGACGGACCGACCGACUCUUCCUCGCCCCUCGCCCACCUCGCCCCUCUGUCGCACGACACUUGUACCGCGCGCGCCGUUACCGUCCGGCCGCCACCGCCGCCGUUCCUCCGGCGGCACGUUCGCACGCACUCGCACGCUUCGUCACUCACGCGCACGCACACACCAGCCCCACGGAAUAAUAAUAAUAACUCGUACGACACACACAUACACGGUGUCGUAUUUUCUUCAUAGUUUUCUAAUAUUAUUAUUUUGCUUGGGAUUUUUUUUUUUUUCUAGAAAUUUUUUCGCCACGAAAUUCGACUCCCAGCUGUAUUACGUUUAAUGUAUAAUAAUAAUAAUAAUAACAAUAAUAAUAAUAAUAAUAAUUAUUAUUAUCAACAACAACAUAACCGUACAGCACUUCCUAUACGGCGCUGCAGCUGCGCGUAUAUAAUACCAAUAAUAUACCUACCGAUAAUACGUACGCAUUUUCGAGCGUUUUGCGCGUUUUCCUUUGAAUAACCCCGGAACGGAAAAUGUAAAACCGACCGUUUCUCCGUCAUGAGAUCAGAAUAAUAAUGUUGUUCACGGGUACGCGCGUUUCCCGUUUUCCGCGUUGCGUGCAAACUCCGUGCCGUCAGUUUUAAUGUACGCGCGGCCGAAUUAUUGUGACCCGUCGCUAAAACUUAUUGGCGAGAACUCGUCGGCCGUACGUUUGAUGAACGGCCGUCGGGUUUUUUUUUUUUCUCUCGACAAUUUAAUUUCUUUUUAGCGACGCGCAAGCGUGUUUCCGAACGCGGCGGACCGCCGCGGGUAUCUCACUCGUAUGCUGGAACAGCGAACUGGGAAAAUAACCAACGCACAAACGCCGAUAGCAUUCGCCCCUUCGUGUUCGACAUAUAAGGUCAAUCCGCCGUAAUUGAUUAAAACCAACAAACGGAAAAAUCGAUUCGGUUUAACGCGAAUCUGCCGCGUCUUCGUGCCCGCCACGUUCGCGUAAGACGGAAACGACAAAAUGCCGCGCGCGUCCUCGGGAACCGUUCGGCACGAUCGAAUAACAAUAUUAAACAAUAAUGAUAAUAACAAACAAUAUUGCAUUAUUAUUGUAAGGUUUCCGAGCGGUUUUUUUUUUUAUCGUCGCCGUUGUUUAUGCGACGCCCGCGAGAAGUUUUCGCUCGUCGUUUUCGUCUUGUAAGCACAAAAACCGACGGUGAAUGUCGACAUUGAGGUUUCCAGAUAAAUGCCCGAUAACAUUGUAAAAAACGAUGAUGAUGAUGACGUAAUCAUAUACGUCGCGAAUCCGCGCGUUCGAAAAUUUUAGCCAAACACCUCGUGUGUGCGUGCGUGUGUGCGAUUAUGACGAAAUGAGAAGCUGUAGAAAGAAAAAUACGAAAAUACUGUAACUAUUCGUGCCCCCGAAGAAAUACCGACACAAAUCAACAUAAUAUGCAAAUGUCGGGAAUUAGAUUUUUACGGUUCCAUAAUGUCCAUAAUGAUUUUUCCCGCGUAAAACUUUUACUUUUGAGACACGACUUCAUUCUGGCUAAACAGAUAUCGUGUAAUCAGUCGGCUAACAAAUAGAGUCACGUCUCACAAAAAAGCCAAUAUUCAGGCUGAAAAUUCGUUUUGAACAGACAUAGGGACGUUCGAGUCCACACUGUCUUGAAUAUUAAAUAAACGAAAAAUGUCGAGUUCGCCAAGUUAUAAAGGACGAGCUACUGCGUAAUUUGAUAGCAUCUUAUCGUAACACCAUCAUUAAUGAUGGUGAAAUGGCGCCGGCAUUCCUUCCGGAGUGCGAUAUACCCGCGCGUUUUGGUCGAAACAAAAACAAACAAACACACAAAUUGUUGCCGUUUUUCCGUUGGCAAGAUUGUCGGCCCCGCGGACGAAACCCCGUCCGUUUUUUCCUGUCGGUUUUUACCGAAAAUCAAUCGGUAACUUGUCGGUUUUUCGCCGCGACCACACGGUUUACGGACACCGGGAAUCGAACGGCGUGUACGGACGUAUCGGUUUGUACGGGCAGUGUCCAAACCCGGCAAUUGCGAACGGAGAUGAAACGGUCCGACGAACGGAAAAAAAAAACACCGUGAAAAACGUCGGAUUCGCGUUUUAUUAUCGGCGGCCGUCGUCGCGACUGGCGCUGGGCGGUGUGCAUCGUCGCGACCCGACGCUUUCAUAUCGCAUUGGCCGUACGGAUACGAUUUGCCCGGCGUUCAUUCGGGCCCGGAUAAAACGGCCGUUCGCCCCGUACGCACGUGUCCCCUCCACGUACGCGCCGCACGGGCGCGCGUAACGCGGUGAACGCGCGCGCAGGGGACGCGGUUUCCUCGCGGUAACGCACCAAGGUACGCGUGCGGAAAACGUUUGGAAUUAACGUCGCGAACGUGUUCCGAACGGGACGAACCGACCCGCAAUGUACGCGCGACGAGUAGACGCGUAGAUGAUCGGCGUGCCGUACCGUGUCGUCGAUUGUUUUUUUUUUUUGGCCUUUCUCUCUUUCGUUUAUUGUUUUGCGUAAACGAAUUGGUCGGGUCGCCUUUACAUCGCGAACGGACGGCAAUCGUUCGCGUGGGUCGCUUUUUACACCGGGCCGCGCGAAAACGCACAGCACUCGGUCGCGUAAACGGCGCGUUGCGGCGCCCGAGCAGUUUGUCGCAAAAUCCGCUCGUUCGACCGUACGCCGUGCGCGCAUAACGUCAACGCCCACGCGGCCAGUACAGGCGAAACGAAAAAAAAAAAAAAAAUGAUAAAAAUCGCGCGCGCUCGCUCGCUCACAACGGAUUGUCGUUUGUGCAUUUUUUUUCUUUUUUUUUCUACCGCGAGACUACACGCCGGGUAUAUUAUUGUUAUCGUCGUUGUUAUUUUCAUUGCGCGCGGGCCGAACGCCUACCGACCAUUGCGUUUAUUGCGAUUAAAAAUGUAUUUUGUCGUUUUUCGAUUUUGUCGCCAUUGCACGGCGUUACCCCGUGAGCACUGUACAGAUCGCCGUGUUUGCAGUGUAAAACGUUGCACCGGGCUACGGGAAUUUCGUCGUUUUAAUGUGCACGUGCACGCAAUUCGGUAUAAUGUAUACGUAUGGGUAAUAACAGUAUAAUAAUUUAUCAACGUUAAUCGUUACGACAAUACGUAUAAUAUUGAUAACCUAAACACACGGAUGGGACGGAACGGCUUAUCGGCGAAGGCUGCAGUAGCGACCCGUGUAAUAGUAACGGUGUUUAUGUUGUACUCCUGCACAUUACGGCCUCGCGUAGAACGGACUCAAUUCUCGCCUCGCUUUUCAGUUUUAGACCGCGAAAAUAAAAAUCGGCCCCGGUUCGGCGGUGUCUCGUCCCCGUGGUAUUACUACUGCUGUCAGUACGGCGCUGCACUAGUACACACCGGUGGAACCCACAGUGAAUCGGAACAAAAUCGAUUCGGACGAACGAUGUUACCGUAAGUUCUGAUAACAAUGCGAUAAGCAAUGUGAUAACAUUGUUAUCAAAUGACCGCUCAAGUCGUCCGUGAUAAUUAACAAAUAUUAUUUUAUACUGUGUAGUACACGAAUUAAGGUGUAUUGGAUACGCAACGAGAACCUGUUAUCGACAAAACUAUUGUUGCCGAAAGUUCUUCUUCGUCGCAUAUUUGAUUACCGAUUUUAUGUUAUAAUACCUGUAUACAUUUUACGAUAUCCAUCCAGUGUACAACAUAUAACAAUAGUGACAAUUAAGAAUUUGCAUUAGACGUGACCAACACAUAAAAAAAAAUCCAAAGAAAAGUACAUUUUAAAUCGAACAGAAACGAAAUCGAUUCAAUGAUAAAACCGUCCAUGCAGAAUCGAUAAAGCAAUUCAAAUCGCCCAUCACUAUUAUAGUACAUGGUACCUAUAUUUAUGUUUAUUAUUUUAUCAGACACCGAUUUACUUGUCAAAAACAUCAUCGAUAGCGUUUUCCGUCCUACUACAUAUCGUUAAAAUCGACGGUAUCGGCUUUUUACACUCGCGUAGAUAAUAUCGCACUACACCGUCACGAGGAAUUGGCAUUAUCUGCUGCACUGGUGAUGGCAGGUGGCGAAAAGUUUACACGAGUGCAGUCAGAUGGAAAAGGCUUUAAAGGAAUUCGAAACGGAACGGGGGUGCCUUAAUCUUUCAUUGUCUAAAACAUACACGCAACAUAGAAAUAACAGUAGGCCAAUUUUCUAAAAACUGACUUCAGCUUGAAGUGUACGCGUGAUUGACCCGGUCAUUUUUUCGGAUUUAUUCCUUAAUUUGAUUUAAUAAUAAAAAAUUGAUUUGAAAAUGUAUAAAAACAAAAAACAUCUUGAUUAAACAAUGUGGCCUCCUGGCCUCUUGAUUCGUUAAAAAUAAGUAUACGAUAUUUUUUUAAAAAAAAGCUAUAGAAUUAUUUAGUUUCACAUCACUUAUUUUUUAACAAAAUUGUUAACUCGAUUUUCAACCCAAUCGAAUCUAUUUAAAAACAUUUACGAUCAAGGAUUCUGAUUAUCGUUUAAAACAAAACUUAUUAUUUUGUCGAAUAUUAUUUUUAUAGUGCAAACAAUUAUAUAUACCGAAUACCUAUAAUAACAUCACUUAUUUUAAUCAUAUACCAAUGUUUGGUAUUUUAGAUGUAGAUAUCUAAAGCGAAUAGACAAUUAAAAAUAUUAAUUUGUAUUGAAAUAAUAUUAUUAUCCUUGAACUUUUGUGUUAUCAAAAGUCUUGAAAUCAAAUAGUAUUUACGCUGUGUCUAGACACACGGACGGUCGUGUUUCUAAUGGAGACACUAACGUAGAUUAAAAAACGCGUGUUACUCGUAUUAAGAUAAAAAAAAAAAAAAAAACGCAAAAAAUGCCCAUGAAGGUCGGAGCAAUGUCGAUCCUAGCCCGAUAAUAAUCCUUGGAAGUUAGCGUCUUAAGUGUAAAUCUAAAACCUAUUACUGUUUAGUCGUCGAAAAGCCGAUACUACUAUGUCACCACGGGCGCAAGAAAAAAACUAUUAACUAAAAAAUUGAUUUGUAUUGAGGGUCGAACCCGAACAACCUCGAUUGGGAAACACCGCGUUUGUGCGUUAUUGGAUAAAAUUAGAUUGCAUGUCGACUUUUAUGAUAAGGUACCCUUAUCUUAAGGUACACCUUAUACGGUCGUACGUGAUUGCAUUGUAAACACGACAGCCCGCGGGCGCAUAUCUAUACACGGACGUCCGUGUAACGCAACGCAAUAUUUAUGUAACCGUAUAAUCGUCGUUAUCGUUUCAAUACGAUUUUAAUCCAUAUAUUUUUUUUUCUAUAUAUAUAUAUAUAUGUAUAUUUAUCAAUAUUCGUUCCAUUUCAAAGAAUAUAAUUAGUUCAAAAAAAAUAUCAAUUUACGUAUAACAUUUAUUAUGUGUUAUAUAACGUACCUACGUUAUUUAGGUACGCGAUGUAGUAUAGCAAUGAAUAUUUUAAGGUUAUUGUGUUCUAUAUUAUAAUAGUGUAGGUACGUAUUAGACAUUCGGUUCGUGUUUUACAACAAUAAUGAUACAGGCAUGUGUGCAUUAUAAUAUAGUUUACUAAUAAAUUAGUUGUGCGUCGAAAUAUUAAUGGAAGUCUAGGAGCACUUAAUAUUAUUUUACGGAACACUCUACUUGUAUGCGACGUAUAUUACGUAUACCUAUAGGUUUCGUCGGUGAAUUAACGGCGCGACUGUUAAAAGCGUUCAAAUCUACCGUCGCCGAGUUUUUAAAAGAAGGGUAGACCGACCCGCGAUCUUUGAAGGGCGAAACGCACUAAAACUCCGCCGCCGCGGCCGUCUUCCACUCUCUCGUUCGGCGGUUAUAAUUUAAUAUGUACGUACACGGGUAUUUAUUGUAUACGAAGGUAUAAUAUGUAGUCGAGAGGGAGCGAAAUGUUUGUUAUACGACCCCGUGCCUAUAUAUUAUAUUAUAUAUAUAUUAUUACUUGGGAGGCACCUAUUAUACGGCGACAUUUUCUUGAGUAUACUAGGGUAUACAUAUAUAUAUAUAUGUAUAACCGUUUCAGUUAAAACGGUUAAUACCCUGCAGUGUACAGGACGUAUCGUAUACACGGGGGCGCCCGUGAGGUGAUUUCCAGGGGAGGGACAAACCGAAUUCGGGUUUCCGAACACGCGUUAUUUAAAGACUAGCGUUGUAUUAUAUACACUGCAGAACGCUAGACCUGUAAACAAAUGUUGGUUACGAGCUGUAUAAACCGUUACGAGACGACGAGUCAACAGAAUCAUCCGUGCGGUCCGUGCGUCAAUAAACGUCCUAAACGAUGUUUUGUAGGUUUUCGUGUUUUCCGAAAGGGGAGGAACGUGUCCCCCAAUAACGUGUGCCCGCGGUAUCGUAUAACACGUUAUGUUAUUCGGACUCGGAGAUUAAAAUACAAACAGUUUUUCUUUACUCUUAAUGUAUUUAUUAUUUUUUUUUUUUAAAUAUUUUCCGUAGCGCCCGGUAGUACGGCCGAACAACUGAUUGCCCAGAGUGCGUUCAAAAUACGGACGUCCGGACAACAAAUCGGCACCACUAUGAUUCAAAACGGCGGCGGAGGCGGGAGCGUUCAUCCCGACCCUAAUCGUAAGUGUGCAUCAUACACGAAUAUUCAUAUUAUUAAGUACCCGUUAUAUUAUUUUAUAUUAGGUGUAUACCUAUAUGCGUAUUUGAGUAUUUAAGAGAACCGAACUCCGGUUCGGUUCGGUUAUAGGAGAGGGAGUGAGGUAGUCAUUAUUUGCUAGCUGGAAGUAAGAAACUAAAAAUUGCUUUAAGUCGGCUGUUUAGAAAAUAAAUCUCGAAUGAAUCGCUACGUAUUAUUGAAAUUUGCCGAAAUUUAAAUUAUUUGCUGUCGUUAGGCACCUGUUUAGUAUAUGUCAUCAUGAUGUUUGUUGGGUUUGUAUAUUAUUACCACAGAUUAUAUGGUAAUGUGUGUUAUAUAUCAGGGUUGUAUAGUCAGAAGGAAAUAAAACAAAUACAGGAGGUUCCCCGCAACACUGAUCUCGAAUAUUAUUCUUUGUAUCAAGUAUAAUAUAUUAUGAUUUGAUAAUGUGUUAUUAGAAUGCGAUUUAUUAUUAUAACCGUUAUUUUUUUUUUUUUGUGGAUUUUUAUAAAAAAAAAAAAAAAAAUUCGAAUUAAUUAAAUUUUAUUCAGAGAUACAAAAAAAAUAAUAGUUUAAUAACUUUUAUUUUUCAAGUUUUUUGAAACGUAUUUUACUUGGUCAUUCUUACUAUUAAACUCAGUCGUUUAGUUAGUUUUUUUAAAAAAAAAUUAUUUUACUAAACCACUUACAGCUCUGGAUUUGGUAUAUACAGUCGAAUUUCAUAUCCCAUCCGAUAAACAAUAUUAUAUUUUCGCAGCGCACACUAUUGAAGUAAUAGGACAAACAAUAAUAUUAAUAGUAAUAAUUAUCGUCACUUUCCGUCCGUAUUUCCUGGCACGUACAUAUAAUGCGGGCUCAAAAGCGUCAUAUUAUACCAGAGCGCUGUGGUGCUGUACAGGGUGUGGUCCAUUUACAAUAAUAAUAUAUAAGCUCGCCCGCGUGAGUCAUAUGACGUAUUAUACGUACAAAAACACACGGCGCUCGCAUAAUAAACGCCAUUAACUCGUUCACCCUCCUAUAUACACAUACAGGGUGUUUCUUUAACCGUGCACCGGAGAUUUCGAGCGAAUUCGAUCUGGUUCUUUUCGGGCACUAUAUAAUGUGGAAAAUUAGAACCGUCGUUUAAGAGAGCAUAUUAUAUAGAGCCAUAAUAUUAUAACGAAAUGGAAUGCGCGUACGCACGCAGAAUACGAACAUCGACAUAUAUCGUGUAGAGGCAGUGAGAGGAUAUAGCUAUAGUCAUCCUGCAGGAAUAAAAGAUAUAAAAUAACUGUUUAUUCCGUAGUUUUAUAGGGUAGCGAUAAAUCCCUCGACCGGUUUAUCAUUGUAAUGUUUAGUCUGUCUUGCUCGAAAUACACACGCAAAGGAUAGAAAAGGUGCAGUUCGUCUGUUUAUAAUAUGUUUAUGUUUAAUAGGCCGUCACAUUUGCCGUUUCUGCCUUUCUAACGAGCAAUAUAGACAAGAAUGCGUUUGAAAUCGGUUUUAAACAUGGAACACCUGUAAUCAAAUUUACCGACGGCAACAUUUUGAAAUCCACUUUAUUUUUCAAAAUAUCAAGUUACAGUUAUUUUAAAAAAAUAAAUGAAAAAUGUAAAAUACGCUUCUUUGUACCCUCGAUAAUUAGUUUGGUAUUUAUAGCAUUGUAUAACACCGACAAAAUUCUCUUCGUUAAAAUGUUGUCAGCUAGAUAUUUUAUAUAAUAAGUGUUCUAUUUCUACUACUGAUUUUAAAUACCUUUUCUUAUGUUUAUCUCCAUAUUUUGCGUCGUUAAAAAGACAGAGACGAAAAAUUCAACUAUGACGAUUUUAUUUACAAUAUUUUCAUAAUUUGAUACGUUUAUUCUGUAGUAUCGAUCACUCGCGCACAUUAUAUCAGCUUUUACAUUUUUUUUUUUUUUUAAACUCGGAUUCGAAAAAAGAACAUUUUUUUUUGGACAAUUUUGUUGUGCGCAUUAUAUUAAUAUGGUACUUUUUAAUGAAUUAUUAUAGUUUAAAAUGUAGACCGGAAUAAGAAAAAACGAUGGGUAUCCAAAUAUGGAUGUGAAAUGUUUACCCUUUACUCGGUUACUCCUCCCGCUUUAGUUAUAAACCUUUACGACUCAUAACGGUAUACAUUUAAUAGGUAUUAUAUAAAUAUAUUAUAUACCAACAUUUUUAAAAUUAUUUUCUCAUACCUAUAUCGAAUCUGAGGCUGAAAAUGUGGGCCGGUAAUUGUAAAUCACAGUAUUGUUCCUUUUAAAAAGGAACCGUUCCUCAUUUCUGUAAGCGUUCCUUUUUUUUUCUAUGGAUACCUAACGCACAUUAAAAAAUUGUUUUUAUAUAUUUAAUUUGAAAAUAAUAAUAUCACUAAUGAUUUUGCUUUGAAAGUAUUCAAAUAUAUACAAUUAAUUUUACAUGGAGAGUUUUUAUUUGUCACUUGUGUAAAAACUUAGUUUUCAUAAAAAAAUAAGUGUACUGUGAGUUGAUCAAGUCAAUUAAAAUUGGAAAUUAUUCCUACUUCUUAGAAUUUACAUGUUUAAAAUCCUAAUUAAAUCAAAUUAAAUUAAUUUUUUUGUUAAAAACAAAAAAGAUACAAUAGUUUCGUUCCUAUUUCUAUAAAUAAGGAAUUAAAUCACGUUCCUAUUCCUUCAAAAAAUAAUUAAAUUAAUUCCUUCAUUUGUUCCUCUAAAAAGGAUUCAGUCCCAGGAAUCUGGAAAAUCGAUAGUGCCUUUCCUUUAUAUAGAUAACAACAUGCGUUUAUGACUAUAGUGUACGAAAUAUGGGACGGUAAAACGUUCGAAAUAUUUAAAAUACGUUUAUUAAUUUACCAAAAAUCGUCGUACUACGAUCGUCGCUCUGAUUCGUAAUAAAAUAAACACUCUGUAUAGUCCGGCUGCAACGAGUGUUGGCACUCGUGCGUGCGUGUGACCGCGGUCUCGGCAGAAAUAUUUGAUUUAACCCCCCUCCCCCAGUCCCUAUAUAACUAUACGCGUAUAUUAUUAUUGUUAUUAUAAUAAUACGUACUUAUAUGAUAUGCGACAUUUAUAAUAAUAAUAUAUUUCUCUGGCCAGGACAGGUGGAGUGGCCAUUAGUUUUGCGUUAAAUUUCAUUUAUAUAUAAAUAUAUAUAGACACUAACAUAAUAAUUUCUCGGCUCGUAUACAGUCCGCCACGAAACCCUCGUCUUUCCGCUCAAAAAUUCGUCGUUAUCGUUCGUUUCGUUUUUUUUUUUCUGGUGGUUUCUUUCUUUUUUUUAUCAUCGCCUUGCGAUUGCAAAGUAAAUAUUUACGUAUUGUUUGUAUAUUUAUACACGAGAGUGGCAUCGUACGUGUUUAUAUUUAGCGUAAUAUUUUCUUUACGAUUCUCAAACGAACCCUGUAUAAGUGGACGUCACACUCGCUGCACCUGCGGCUAAGUCUGACUAACGGGCAACAUUGCAAAAUUACGUAAAUCGUUUCGUUUAAGUUGAAACUAGAGUUUGAACACAAAUAACUAAACUCAAACGGGGGCGGAAGGGGAUGUUUUCAAGGGCUGGACGUAGUUUUUUUUUUUUUAAAAAAAAAAAAUUGUUAUGCAGCAAAGUUAUAGCCAUGUUUUUGUUUAGUAACGGAUGUUGCUUUUUUGUUAGACAGUUUUUUAAGAAAAGGCUACGUGCAGCCCUCAAAAAUAUCGCUCUCUUUACAUUUUGUUAUUUUUGUUGAAGCUCUAAAUUCAACCUAAACGUCACAAUUUAUGUACCAAAUAACGUUGUUUUUCUAUAUUGUCCGUUAGUUAGAUUGAGAUAGUGAAUGCGCGGGUAUGGCAGAUUUCUUGAGAGGACGUGCCAUAUUCUAGUAUUUAAAGGGUUUUGCAUAGACGAAAAAAAACAUUUGAUCAACUUGAAAAUAUUCAAAUUCACUAAAAAAUGUCCCGUGCCCCAUUACGACAAGUAUUUAUUGUGUAAUUGUGAAAAUAACACAAAUGUUUUACGGAGGAUAUGGACUUAAUUAAGAAACUAAAUUUUCACCAAAAAAAAAACUUCACGGUGCAACGUUAGUUUUAAUUUUUGAUAUCAUUACUAUAUCUGAAAAUAAUUAUUCAAAUAUUGAAAACAUCAUAUUAUUUCGCUUGAUUUUAAAACAAUAAUAACUUUUUUAUUAUUUGUUGAACUGAAAAUUUAAAACCAAUGCUCCAUAGUGCUAGUUCUUAUUUUCUUUUUUUUUGUGGUGGACAUUUCGUUUCUUAAUUAGGUCUAUUAUAGCCCGAGUAGUUUUUGCUCGCGUAAAACCGUUUUUACAGUCCAAUUGCGGCUGGUUGCACGCCCUCCCGUAAAUAUCGUACACAGUAUGUGUCAAAAGGGCUGCAAAUGGCACGCGGAGAUGCCGGACGGGAAGACCUACACGACCCGACGAUGGUGAGGAGAGGUAUGAGGCGAAUUCGUAUGCACGAGUAUACAUGAAAACAUAUAACGGGAACAAUUAUUAUUAUUAAAAUUACGAUCCACUGCACGAAUCAUAUACAUUUCCCCAGCCCCACCCUUUUUAAGCAACCUUUUGGCUGCUAAAUGAUGGCGUAAAAAAAAUUUGAAAAAAUUUAAAUUGUGGUGCUAGAAAAAUGCACGUGUACGAAUCGACAAAAAAAACUAGAAAAAUUGCAAAUGCCUAUCAUUAUUUCACGGUUAUAAUUAUAUUAGGUCUUAUCACUAUUACUUUUUGGAUUUUCAUUUCUGUCUGCGAACAAGUUUUCGACCAGUCGGGUAAUUUUUUUAAUGAAGUGGUCUGUGUUCAACAUCGGGGUGUCAUUCUAACGCUCAGUAGAGUAGGAUUUUGCUUACACCGUGGUACAUUAGAAAAUGAACUAUUACAAUAUAAUUAAGAUAGAUUUUGUGACGAAAUAUUGUAUUCUACAUAAGAAACACUGGCGGAAAGACCAAAAGUUAAGGGAAAGAUAUUUCGUCUAUUUAUCUGCCCGCGGAGUUAUUUUUACAUUCGAUGGAUUUUCAUUAAAGCAAUACCCCGUGACCCGUAGAAGACUUGCCCGAUCGGAGACUUUAUAGAGGAGCUUUCGUGUUGCAUUUACAUGUUAUUAUAGUCGGGGUACGUCGGGGAGGUCUUUCGGUCGACCCGCCCGGUAUACACCGCGAAUGACGGUCACCGAACGUUUUCGACGACAGAACUCUACUGUGUUAUGCGUGUUAUCAUCAUAUUGUUCUCGACUAAAUAAAAACGAAUACGUUUUUACUUAUUUACAAAAAAAAAUACAAUGAUACCAAAACGAACUACACGUACACAUAGUAAAAAUAUAACAAUGCUUAUAUUGGUCAUAAAUUCAUAAUAUCGAAUAAGGUAAAUUUUCAAUAGAGGUAUGUUAUUACUCGUUUCACAUAUGAAACAACACGCCGUUCCUUAAACGAUUUUGUAUAAUUGUAUGUUAUCGUACCCCAUUGAAGGGGUGUGUAUAGUACGCUGUUAUACUAUAUACACCGUGGUCGUCGUACGUCGCAUAGGUAUUUAUGUAUGUAUACGUAUGUUAUACAGAUAUGUGCGAACCGAAAUUGUUUCGCGCGUAUAAUCUAUGCCGUAGGCGCCACAGAAUUCCGGCUCGUGAAUCGAUGUUUAUUGUUAACCGAUGAUAUAAUAACGUGUGAUAAACGGUUUCCACUGUAUCCGUUGCUUUCUGUUCUUGUUUUCUUUUGAACGUAUAAAGUCAAUAUCGAUAAGCGCGUCGACCGCGCGGCGGUUUAAUUAAAAUAAAAAUUCCGCUAAACCGUACGUAUUUUUUAACGUUAUAAUUUAUAAUUUUCAUACAAUUGGUUUUCGGUGUAAUAUCAUGAUAUGCAUUAUGCACGGUUCCCCGCACAACCGAACGUCUGUUAAAACGGAAGACUGUCUUUUUACGCAUAAUGGGUAUAUACUUCAAAAAUAAUAUUAUAGUCUGUAUAAUAUGAUAAAAAAUCUCGUUUUAUGAAAAUAAUUGGCCUUUUUUUUUUUAAAAAAAAAUUUCCUAAUAAUAUAUAUUGUACACUCCGUGAAUACACGCUAAAAUAGUUUAUAGUAGUAUUAGAUAUAGUUAUAUACAAAACAUCCGUAUUCCACAUGUAAUAAUAUAAUAUAAUAUAAAUUACAUUUUGCAAUCUACUAUAUAUAUAUAUUAUAUUCCAACCCUCCCACAAUAAGGUCCCCGAGGGCAUUAGCUACAUGAAACGGGAAAAAAAAAACUCGAUAGGGAAGGGAAUGACGUACGUCGUAUUACAUCCCAUCUGGCUAAACUCUUAUUGGUACCGCCUAUGGCUUACGCGCUCUGACAUUCUUUUGAACACGUUACUCAGCGAACGAGCUGAAAAAUUGAUAUAUUAUCGUAUUAUAUUAAACAUUUAAAACAUUUAUCAUGCGUAAACGCUGAAGAAAUGUUUAAUAUAAAUAAUGACAAAAAUAGUAUAUAAUAUACUAGAGACGGGCUCUUCGGAAUAUAAUUUUAUACUAUCCAUAGAUUCCCAUAGUUUAUGUAGAUAAACAUAAUAUAAUUAAUAAUUAUGUUCGGAAAAAUUUUCGAAAUAAACUACUGGAAUAGUUUUCAAUUUACCGAAUAGUCGGACAUAAUACGUUCGGUUGUAAUGUAUUCUGAAAUUUAUCGUUAUCCGUCUUUAAUUAAAACGUAAUUCAUUGCAUUCGAGGUUAUUCGUCGUAUUAUUGUAAUUUAUUUCGAAAAACGCGCAAAAAUUCCAACAUUUUUACGGGCAAUUUUUUUUGUGUAUUUUACGUUUCAAAUUUACUUUCGUCCGUGUGAACUUAAAUAGGUUUUUUUUAUUUAUAAUAAUAAUACAGUGUUAGGUACCUACUCGAAAACAAUUGCGUCGUCAGUCGAACCGUGCGUUUGGUACGUCGUGGCCCCGUUACUGUGUCGGACCGACCGACGACGACGACGACGACGACGUUGUUGCAGUGAUGUAUACAAGGCUCUGUUAACAUUCCUUUUCCUAUAAUACUCUAAUCUAAUUCAAAUAUGUAAAGGUCGUUCGUAGGAGCUGGCAAACAAUCGAAUCGCCGUCGUUAUCGGGCAAACAAAUGACCUAAAGGAAACAGAAAAAAAAAAAACAAAAAGAAGAAUACAAAAAAAAAUGUAUAAACCCUCGUCAAACAUAUCCGAGAUAUUAUCUAAUAUAUGUAUAUACGCACAGGUACUCAGCCCUAUACUAGCAAACAGGUUUUGGUUCCAUAAAACAGAAACGUUUUCGGAGAAAUAAGUCGUUUAUAUAUUUUUAUUCCACACAAAUUGAAACGCGAGUAUAUAAUAUUGAAAACGAUCCGUCUCGUAUACAAAAAUAAUUGGUAUUUUUUUAAGGAAAAAUCGUUAUUUCCGUGAAUUAUAAUAGCGGCGGCGAUGGCGAUCAUUAAUUAAUGUAAUAAUAUGUACAAACCUAUAGUGUUACAGUAUAACAUUAUCGUAGUAUUGUUAUUAUAGUGGCGCGGGAUAAUUAUAUUAUUCUGGUGAAAAUGUCUUAUUUUCGAGUGUAAUUUAAAUAGCGUACAUACCUAAUUGUAUAUAUUAUAAUAUAUUACAGUUAUUACAUAAAAUUAUAAUUUUAUAAAUUACGAAACAAAAAAAAUCUCAUCAAUUCAUUUUGUCGUCUCAUUACAAACAUUAAUAUCUAUACAUACACGUAUAGUUAAACGUUUACUAUAGUGAUACUUGUAUGGUUUUCGGAAAUAUCAUCUGGAAAACGAUAUUAUCGCUCCUCACUUCGUCCCAUCGAAGGAACGUGCUAUUCGAACCAUUAUCAUUAUCGGUUUUAAUAACGUAAACUCUGGAGGGGGGGGGGUAUUAGGUUGACGGAGUUGAAACUAUACUGGUUAUCGUCUGGUUCGUCACCUUUGCGCGGACCUUUGAAAAUAAAGCAUGACGCGUGGCAUUUAUUUAUACAUAGCGCGUAAUAAGUAAUUUUGUGUUAUUUUCACGACAUAUUUCUAUUUAUUACGAAUAUUGUUGGUUACGAUUAGUUAUAUUUGAUUUUCAAUUACAAUAUGACUCGUCACGCGUAUACGUAUGUUUACGUAUAGCAUUUUAAGAACAAUUCAUUUUGCAAAGUGUAUUCAAUAAAAGUACUCUGGCUUAAUUAAAAAAAAAAAAAAAAACCAACAACAAAAUUAUAUCAAUUAUAUUUAAAUUUUUGACUUUUGUGUAAAACGAUCAGGUGGGAGGUCAUUACAAUAUUAUUAUUGAUGCGAUUGUUAUUAUUCAUAUGUUCGUAUGUAUUAAAUUAUUAUCGCCCGGAUUGAAAAUAUAAUAAUGUUGUUUAGGUACUGGAGUAUGGUGCAUACAGAUGUUCGGAAACUAAAUGUGUAACAUUUAUUAUACGAUAACAUGUAACGAUUAAAGAUAGCAAUAAAUGAUAACAAUAAUAUGCGUAGUGUGAUACCGUAUACUCGUACACGUAAAUUAAAGAUAAAAACCAAUCGGAUUAUAUUGUCAGCGUAAUAAUAUGUACGAUGCGAUCCCAAUUACAAAUUUAGUAUUUCUGGGCAUAUCGCGGUUAAUGUAUAAUAAUAACAUGAUAAUAUUACUGAUUAUACAAUUAUCUGUGUCGGUAAUGGAACAUAUCGCCUGUCGUAACGAAAAAAGUCGUUGUUUAAUUUUUCCAACUUGUAAUCUAAUCUUUUUGGAACCUGUAGACAUUUUUUCGUUGAAAACGUUUAAAUUUUUGGAGAGCGAUGUUUGAAAAAAAAUCACGACCUUGAAAAUAAAACCUGAAUCGAGACGAGAUCAUUUUGUUUGCGUUACUUUGAUAGUUACUAUCCCGAGAUUGAGUCCAUCACCGUGUGAACAUAGGCAUAGGCAUACUAUCACGACGAAUUUUACUGUUGCUAAAUGUAAAUAGACUAAUAUAGACGAUAUUGUAAUUACUAUUUCGUCAUAUGGACGAUUUCUCACGACGCUGAUAGUUACCGCGUGGAAUAUGACGAUAGAAGACACACAUGUACGAUAGCAGCUUCCGCGAUAAUUACUAAACACUUGCGAGGGCCCGGGCUCUUUCAAAUUUCAAUUUGUGCCGGGCUUAUAGAUUAUAAAUAUAUUACCGGCCGGACCGGGUGAAUAACACUGCAGAUACGAAUAGUGGCCGUCAAUAGAUUGUACGCAUGUUGUAGAUUGUAGUGUGUAAUUUCCCAUUAAACUAAAUUAUUUUCGUUUUCUAACACAAAUUGCUGUCCGACCAAAUGCUAAGUAGUGUGCACUUAAUUACGGCCACUAAUAUUCAUUACUUCGUACGAUUCGUCGUUAUAGUUUUAUUAUUUCAACAUGCGGGGUUACCGGUCGAUUUUUUUGUUGUUAGUGGUGUGCAGCUAUACAGAUAUACGCGUUCCGUGAAAGGCGAAUGAAAACAAAUCCAUGUUUGAGGAAGAACGUCUCAAUAUUGAAACUAUGGGUAUUUAACACGAUGCGCUACCUGCUGCGCGGUCACGGCGAACGUUUUUUUCGAGAAAUGAAAAUCGUUGGUCGGGUAUUGAAAAAAUUAAAAAUUCCGAGCGGGAUUUCGAUGCGUGUGUAUGUUCGGCGGCCGGUUUUUAUGCACCGGUCGGGCAUAGUUUUGAGAAAAAAAAAAAAAAAAAACAUACUAUUUAAAUCGGACCGGGGUCGGGCUUUGAAAAAAAAUACGUGUACACCCGGUCCGGGCCGGCGACCGUCCGACCGCAGUGGUUACUAAAUCGCCCGGCGGUUCGAAAUCAUAUCACCGCCCGGAGUCGCGGGGCUGUCGCGACGGCGACGGAACUGUCGCCGUGCGAGCCGCGUGGGGUUCGGGCGCCUUUCGCAGCGGCUACUCUCGUUCGGGCAUCGCGUCGUUCCCGCUGGCCAUUGAGCGCGCGGCCCGAACCGCGCCGUCUAAUUAGCGUCGCGGGCUGGACGGCCAACGGCUACUCACCGCGAUGUUACAGCGCGCGGGCGUGUGUGGUGACGGGACGCGCGCGGAUGUGUGCGUGCGAUGAAGUAACGUUACGAUUGGGUGGUGCACGCUGUUGGUCGGGAACGCUAGUGAAAACAAUUCGGACGCGCGACGGAACCGUAUAGUAUAGCGCAUAACGGACUUGCCAACGAUGCGUACCGGAUUGUUAUUUCUUUCUAAUCGAAAACGAUUACGAAAAACAUAAUUAUUAACACCAUGAUAUUAUACUCGCGGGGCAUUACAGUGUUAUUACGCACGCGCGUGUAGAUACUUUACGGAAACGACGACGACGACAACGACGACGACGACGACGACGACGACGACGACGAUAAUAACGAUAAUAAUAAUAAUAAUGAUAAUAAUAAUAAUAACAAUGAUAAUAAUAAUAAUAAUAAUAAUAAUAAUAAUAAUAAUAAUAAUAAUAAUGAUAAUAAUAAUGAUAAUAAUAAUAAUAAUAAUAUUAUAUUAGAUAUUGUGUAUUGUAUGUGUUAUGGUAUUAUUAUUAUAUACGGAGAGUGAAACAAGUAGCUCGGCCUGUUAUUUAGCCAGUUAUAUUGUGCGCUCUGCGCGCGCCGUGCCCACCCCCGCCGAUCUCGUGCUGCGCCUCGGUAAUUUACAACAGAUAUAAUAUUAUAUACAGGGUGUCGCAUCGCGGAAAUCCCGACGACGAACGCAAUCGAUUUCGAUGUCUACGAGUGCUGUUGUUGUUUUUUUUUUUGUUUUGUUUCUUUCCGUAAUAAUUUUACGAGAGUAUUACGCGCGCGUUGUUUCUCAUAAUUUUGUGUGGCCUACGUUUUUUUUUUUUUUUCGGAACGAACAAAUUUCGCACGCGAAUAAGCGAUGGCGGUUUAGAAAAAAAAAAAAAAAAAAAAAAAAAAAAACGAUUUCGAAUAUAUGUUUCGCCGUUACAAAAUGUUUACCGUACCUUAUUAUGACGACGAAUCGGUUAAUAUUGUCCACGAUUUUCCGAAGUUUACGACGAUUUCAACGUUCGUUUGCGCCGUCAGUGUAUAGAGGAAGUACCAAGUAUCAAAAUAUCGAUUGACCAAUAAUAAACUGCUCGUAUCGCAAUACGAUAGUGUUAUGUUAUUAUACACGAUCAGUUGUAUAUUAAAUAUUAUUAUUUUAGUAGACCAGCGGCGACACGGGAAAAUCGCGCGUCUGUCUACGUUAUUACAAACGAAUUUUUACGAAAACCAACGGCUCGUCGUCGUUGUAUAAUAUUGAGACGUGUACCAUAACAGUCGGACGUUCUGUUCCGAAAUAACACGAGCGCGUACAAUAUCUCACGGGUAUCUUGGAUUUUUUUUUAAAAAUAUGCGCGAGAAUCGUUGAUACGCGCGGCCUUUGCGACUAUUCGCGUAAUUAUUAUACGGGCGGCGGGUUUAACCGAAACGGCAAAAAAAAAAAAAAAAACUUUACGAAUACCGAACGGAACAAAUGCCAAAUACUACAAUGUCCACCGCGCAUUUGUCAGAUAUUUUCCGUCGUCGGUCACCCUGUAUACGUACGUAUAUACAUAAUAAUAUAAUAUAUAAACAUUUUAUACGUAUACAUAUAUAUAUAUAUAUAUUUUUUCAUCCCGCGAGUAUACUCCUCGUCGUCCGCGGUGGGAGUCGGGGUCUGCUCGUCAUCGUGGUCGCCGCCGCCCGGGCGCGUGCAUGUGUGUGCGACCGCGUGUGUAUAUUUUAUAAUAAAAUAUCGUGGGCUCACCGCGUGUUCUUGCGCGUGCGCGCGCGCCCGCGUGCGCGCGUGUGUGUGUGUGCGUGUGUGUGUGCGUGCGUGCGAUUGCGCGUUUGUAUACACACUUUUGACGCGUUCCUAUACAUUAUUAUAAGAUCUCCCGUUGUUUUAAUAACAUAUGGUUUUUUUUUUUAUAUUGCGUAUUAAAAUAUUAUAUCGUAUACGGCGCAUACGCGCCGCACUAUUACCAAUUAUUAUAUAAGACCCCGGUAUAUUAUUAUAGUGUUUUUUUUUUUUUUUUUUUUUUUUUUUUAUUUUUUCUUCUGUUCACGGUCUUUCCGUGCCGUCAAUCCCUAAUAAUAUUAUGUUACGGGUUGUUUGGCGGACGCGUUUUAGUUUCUGACCGCGGCGACGAAAUAUACCUACCUACAUUAUAACCCGCGACAACGUAUUGGCGUCGUUUCACUAUAUAAUACACGGUGUUUUUUUAUUUAUUUAUUUAUUUAUUUUUAUUUUCGCCAACGACUUUUCCACCGGACGUAUUCCAGUCGAACGUCCGUGUUUAGCGUCGAAAUCAAAUUUCGUCUGGUGGUCGGUCCGCCGAGGCGGUCGUUUUUUUUUUUUUUAGAUUCCGAGCGUAGCGAGGGAGCUAUUUGUUUUACAAUGCUGUUUAUUUUUUCAUUUUCUUCUGCUUUGUUCUAGUCUGUAGACGCGUUUUUUCCUAGUAAACUUGCUCCGAUUUUUACGCGUAGCAACUUUUCUGAAAGCCCGAGUUGUCUAUAUGGCACGUUAGAGACGUCUUUUUGAUUUUCCUUGUAAUUUUAUUGACGAUUGCAGGGAAAAACUGGAAAAUUGACGGCAAUAACGGUCGCGUUGUUUUCGAAUUAUAUUUUUGUUUUGUUGUUCGAAUAGCGAUUCGGUUGAAAAUAAUCGUAUAUAUUUAUAUAUAUAUAUACAUGUAUAGACAACCCAAAUGUUCACAGAGUACUUUUCCCAUCGAACUUUAUACGACUAUCUAUUAUGUCGAUAAAUAAUGUAUUCGUCGGGGAUUUAUUGUACUUUCAUAAUAUAUUAAGUCAACGGAAACGUCGUCUCUGGCCCUCUAAUAUUAAGAGGACUGCUUUACGUGCGUUAUCUGGUGUCCGUCUUACACCACAUAAACACGCGCUUAGCGGGGAUAACUCUGCGCCGUUAUUGUUUUAAUAUCGAACUUAAAAGUAUAGUAGAACAUGUUAUCCUUGAAAAUCAAUUAUCGAUAUUUUAAUUUUUAAACUGCGUAUUUCACUUAAAAAUCAAAAUAUCGAAAAAUGUUUUCGAAUGGUUGCGCAGAUUAUGUUUUGCUUUUGAGUUUUCGGUAAAUUCGCUCGGGUAUUAAAUUACUCUAUAAUAGCGCAAUUUUGUUUGACGGCAACAGCAAAUGCACGUACGUAGCGUCAUCUUAACCGAAAUAUACAAACGCCCAAACUUACGUAUAUGCAUACCCAGAUACCUAUUAUUUUUUUUCAUAAAACGAGUCGGAAAAAUGUUACAAGUAUGUUGUAAAUAAUAAAUUGACUAUAGUAAUUAUUAAUUUCCGCGUUUUCACUGAUUAUCGUACGAAAUAAAUAAUAAUGAGGUAUUAUUAUUAAUGCCACAUAGCUAUACGUAUAUAAAUUUAUUAUAGUAUUAUUUUAGUACACGUAUGAUAAUAAUAACGUUAUGUUUAUACGCGAAUACGACGUCCAAUUAUGUUAAUUUUUCCUUAUCUAGUAUUAAAAUUACGUUUUUCAUUAUGCAAUAUUUUAGUUUUUUGGGUGAAAACAUCCGCCGGGACUUAAUACGAUCAUUUUAAGAAUUAAAUUAAUUUUACUGUGGGUAUACGAUAAACGUGGAUAUCGAAUAAUUACGCAUACACACGUUUUCUGUCUUUUUUUUUUUUUUACAAAAUAAAUUCAAACUUUCUUAUUAAUUACCUAAAAUACAAUAAUUAUUAUUAUAUGCAUUUCAUAGAUCAGUUGCGAUUAAUAUAAUUAAAUCGAGAAUCGUCACUUGCGGGGCGAGAGAAAAUAAAACGGGGUCAAGGGUUCUCGCAAGAUCCGCGUGUCGAAAAAUAUUUGUAUAGAAAACCGAUUUUUUUACAAGUAUUCCCAUAAAUUUACCUCUCAAAAAAAAAAAAUAAUACAAUAUAAUUGUAUAAAACACGCCGUCAGUAAAUUUAUCGAGUUCGUUUGGAUAUAAUAUUUUGUUUGGUCCCGGGGAAGAAGGGCUUAAGUUAAUUUUCGAAAUUUUUUUUUUAAAUAAUUUUAUCUGAUGUACAUAUAAUUCUGUUUCCUUUGUGUAUGGGCAUUUUAAAAAAUUAGCGUAUUUAGUGUAUUAGUUUUUGUGCAUGGGCGAGUAUUUUUAAAUUCAAUUUACUCGUGUUGAAAACUAUACGAAAUUGACAUGAGCCCUUCUUCCCUGGGAUCAAAGAAUUUCAUCGCGAUAAUAAUGCUAAAAAUAUUGAUUUCAAAAAUAACGCCUUUGUUAGCUGAUCGAAUGGUGAUAUUGACGUACAGUAUAUUUUCGUUCCGGUAAUUAUUGCGUAUUGUAUUAAUAAAUGCACUUUUAACAUCGAGACAACAAUAUAAAAACGUGUUCACCGCCGUCGCGGAAUUAUUUAUGUUUUGGCAUCGCAUCGGAAACUCCUCUAUACUUGUGGUACACUAAUUUGCUAACUAAUUUCGCUCGGCGAACGGAUGCAGUGGACGCAUUUUAUGUUAUUGCGGUGCAGCGAAUGCUCUCCGUCUAAUUACCGCGCAAUACCACUUAACUAAUUUGUACUCUAUAGGAAAAAAAAAAAAAUCCUCCUUCAGAGUUUAUUGCGAUAUUUAUUUUUCAUUGGAAUUCGUGUGUACAGGUAUACGUGUGUAUUUUUUUUUUUUUGUAUACCUGUGUGUGUGUGUGUGCGUGUGUGUGUGUGUGUGUGUCGGUAUAUACACCCGGAGGAAUAAUAAUAAAGAAAGAAAAAAAAAAAAUGAAAAAAAGGCGAUGAAUAUAAAGUGUGUAAAAACAAUAUCGCACCUGCUGCCAGCCACGGUCUUAUAAAAAAUACGAUACCGGACGAUUUUUUUGUUUUUUAAUGAACCGCAUAUAAUACAUAUAUUACGUAUAUAUGUAUACAAUCCUAAUAUUUAUUGAUACGAAUCCCUAAAAAUGAGUUGUUGUUAUUUCUUCGAUAUUGUUUAAUGUAAAUUGAUAUUGACGAUAACAAGAAUAAAAACAGCGUAUAAAGUUUUAUAACAUAAUAUUAUAUUUUACCGAUUCGAACGCAAUUUUAAUAAUAGUAAUAAUAUAUACUUUAUGUAAUAAAGUUAUUGAUUUCGGAACGAUCUCUUAAACUCGAUAGUUUUCGUUUUAUUUGUUUAGCUAAAAGAGCGCAUACACAGGUCGUAAAUAAAUUCUCGGGGAAAUCGAUCGAAUUCGCUUUUGACGAUUCAUUUUAUUUUUAUAAACUUUUCGUUAAAUUAAAGUUCCGAAGAUACUGUGUGCGCUGCGGCACUGAACAAUAUAUUAUAUUAUCUUAUUUUUAAGAGUCUUUAAACUAUCCGCAGUUUAUUGUAUAUAUUAUUGCGCGUUCGUAAUUUUGUCGUUCCCGACAGUGAAAAAAAUGCGCCGUCGUUUUACUGUGAAAAAAAAAAAACCGUUGCGAGUCGGGGCGGUGAGAAUAAAAUAUCACGUUGAAUUCAAUUGUCACGGUGGUGUGCGGAUGCGACGCCUAAACACCCCCUCCCAAAGCCGCGUGUAAUUUCUUCAAAACGUCGCUUGUAUACAUUAUUUACGAUUUUAACACAAUAUCAUUUUUUUUACCAUUAAUUAUUACUAUUUGUUAGUAUCUAUAUAAACGAGUAUUAUGUAGACUAAUGUAUUGUACAGGUUGAAUAUAUAUUAUUAAUGCUCGCAAAGUAUAACGCCUAUAAUAGUGAUUACGAUAUUUUUUUUUAUAUUACCUACAAUAUUUUUAAUAGCAUACCGCGUCGUUUUCGUUCAACGGAUAUAGUUAAUACCCUAUUAUAAUUAUUAGAAAAAAAAAAAAAAACAUUGGUAUUUUUAUACUAUAGCUAUAGUGCGUGGAUAAUAAUUUUCCGAGGUAUUUCGGGAACUCCGAGUAAUAAUUUCCAAUAUUGGCUGCUGAAACGAAUUCAGCUGAGCAAACAUCGGGGCAUUGUUGUAAUUCUAGUAGGACGCGGUUAUAAUAUAUAUUAUAAGGGGUGGGUUGAUGGAGAUAUCCCCUAUAUUCUACAACGAGAGGGGUCCGCCGCUUGAUGAAUGGCCUCAGAUGCACUUCAAAAGCUGCUGUGCACUCAACAAAUAGUUUUUUCCCCGAAGUAAUUAAAGGUGUUCCGUUUACGUAAAAAAAUUACAAGUGUUAGUUAAAGGUUGCUAAGGGUGUACUAACUACGAAUAAUUUCAACAACAGAAUAAUAACGGUACCUCGGUAUGCCUAUAGGCAAUUGAUUAACGUAAGACCCGCGUUAUUAUUUUCCAUCCAUAUAUUAUAUUAAUUGUUAAAUACGUAUAACUUUUAUUUUCAGUAGUUUUUUGGAAAAUUUAACGUCAUUUUAAUUUUUCAAAUAUAUAUAUAUAAAAAAAAAAAGAAACAUAAAUAAAAUCAAAUAAUAUUUAUACAUAUGGAUGUAAUAUAAUAUAUAAAUAUUAGACAUGUACGAAUAUUUAUAUCUUAAGCUUUCUAAUACGCAAUGUUUUGUUUUGUUAUUUUUCUAGAUUUAUUCAUAUGUUUUACAUUAUACAUGGAUAAUAUUUAAAUUUGAAUUUCUUUAUUACGUACUAAUACGGCACCAGCAAAUGUUCUCUACUGUAACCUCUUGAAUUUUAAAGGAGCUAAAAACAAAUUCUAUUGUUUCGCUUACGAAUUAUGUAUCGUGCGAAGAACAACAUUCAGGGUAUGCCUACUUCAUAGUCUGCUGCUUCAUGCAUGCAAUAGAGGGUCCUAGAAUUUUUCAGUGUAUCCAUUACUUAAACUCGGGUCAUUUUUACAUUUGCUAUUGAUUUAAUUCCAACUGCAGUACGUGUAUUAUAUGUAUUAUGAUCUACCGUGAUUAAACUUUAUGUGAUUUUAAAUUCCGAGCGUAUCGAGAAAUAUAUUGUCUAGGCAAUGGUUUUACUAUAAUGUGUACUUGUUUUUUUGUUUUUCCGUCCGUGAACAUUUUUACUACCAGAAUGCUUGCCGUAACAGAAUGAAAAGUCGUGUGUAUAUUUGUAUAGUUUUUUAUUAUAAUAAUGAUUUAAGAUCAAAUUUUGAUGAAAAUCGUAUAAAUGACGGCAUUUCAAAACAUGUAUAACCGUACUUUGCUCAGAAUCGAUUUUCGUUAGCAGUGGUUUAUCGUUGCGGACUGGUAUAAAUUAAAUAAUUGUUUGUACUCUGCCAACUUCCCACCUACAACAGUGGCACACUCGUCUCGUGUAUCAGUUCUUUCUCUUAAUUAUUUUUAAUCUUAAUUUUUUAAUAAGUGGCAUAAUUAUAUGAAUAUUCUAACACACGUUAUUCAGAAUACUAAAAUAUUUUAAGUCAUUAUAUAAUGUACUUUUUGUUUAUAAAAAAAAAGGCACAAGUUUUUAUAUUAUGUAAGCAAUAGCAAAUUAGCCAACUAGCUCUUACUUACCCUGGAACCAAAGAAUUAUUACAAUCGUUACAAACGACUUAUAGAAAAUAAUAUCGGCAUCAGUACGGUUUAUUAUAUAAUUUCGUAGUGCCAUCACGCCGCGUGUGUCGUAACGUGUACGAAAAUAGACCCUGGUAAAUAGGAAAUGGGAUUAAGAAAACGAGAAGAAACAAACGCGCGUCACGGGUACAUUAUUAAUAUAACGUUGGGAAAAAGACCUUUGAAAAACUCUCGUCGCCGGAUACUAUUUGAAAUAGUAUUGCGUAAGCCGUAGCUAUAAUCGGGGGAGAACUAGGAAAAAAAAAUUGGCCCCGGCAAAACAGAAAAUCCGGCUCAAAAUCUCAUAACUAUCGAGGCGUUAAAAACGACAUUAUUGCAAUAAUAUUAUUAUAAUUUGUAUUUAUAUUAUUAUAAUUUUAAACAGAAAGUAUCGUUUCGCUCUAUUUGAAAAAUAAAUAAAUACAACUUUUUCGUUUAUUAAAUUAUCGGUAUAAUAUCCAAUGGGUAAAUCGUUGGUUAAUAUUAUGUACACCAGAUUCCAGAAUACCAUGAUUUUUCCAAUAAUUACUAAAGUUUCGUAUAGGAUUUUCUGAAAAAUGAUCAAAAAUUUUCAUGGUUAUUAAAAAUGUGUACAUGGAUUUUUGUUAGUGAUUUACCUUCUGGGCAUAAAUCGGUUCGAAAUAAUUCGAGCUACUCAAAUUUUCAUGGAUUCUGGCGCCCGUCCCAGCCUUCAAUCCGCUUCUGCCUAUAAUAUCGACACGGUAUUUUUAGCAUAAUAUUUGUACCUAACGAAAUAAAAAUGCGGAUAUUCGCUACGUGUUUUUUUUUUAAAAAGCUAAACCGUUCUUUUUCUCGCUAAAACGAGAAGCUUGAUUAUUUUAAUAUGUAUAGAAUGCUGUUUUUGUAUUUUCGUUAAAGGGGUUCGGAACGGACCGUUUUUUUCGACUAAAACAUCGUCAACUAUCGUCAGUCCUAAUGAACCUAGAUGGACAUAGUGAUGCGACAAGACUUUUAAAAACCUAUUUGAAUUCAUUAUUGUAUAUACCUGAUACUGAGAUCGGUCACUUUUUCGAAUUUCGACUACUAAUUUUUUCAAUCUCGAUUCAACAAUCAUAAAAUUUAAAAUACCGCAAAUUUCGUUUUUAAUACGGAAUUAAAAUUCUUAAAAAAGUGACGCGGCCGACAUAAUAAUGAAUCCGAACCGAGUUUUUAAAGUCUUAUCGCGUCACUGAGUCUAUCGGAUUUUUGUUGGUUUUUUUUAGGUUCGGAACGUAGCAAGGAAUGUAUUGGUUUUACGAUGAUGUUUUUUUUUUCCUAUGAUGCGUAACUUUUCUACCAGAAAUUUCGCUCCAAUGUAUCGAGCAUAAAUAGCACUGUUUCUGAAAGGAAAUUUCGUCUAGUUGGCACAGAGGUCGAUUUUCCGAGCGGUUUUCAGAGUAAUCGGGGGAAAAACGGGAAAAUCUACGCGCACGCGUAAAAGAAACUUCGCUCUGAAUCGUUUUCGCAGUAGCAACGACAGCUGUUUAUUUUGUAUUAAAUUCGAUUCGCUUCUAUUUCCAAGCUCGCCAACAUCUCGUCUACAAUAAUAUGUAAUACAGUGCGAGCCGCCCGUCGUGCAAAGUAUGUUUUUUUUUUUUUUUCUAGAUUUUCUCUCUAAAAACCGGGGUUCGACAACGUCCGCCGAUCGCUCGGUAUAAAAUAUUAAAACGAAUUUCUCGGCGCGCGGCUGAGAACCCCUGCGCGGCAACGGCAGCGGCGUAGGGUUGUCCGUCCGAGGCGAUCCGAGGAGCCCCGCCGACCGCCGGCGAACUACGCGGUUGGGGCCCGUCGUCGUGCGUUUUUUUCUUCACUCGUUUCCCCAGUGCGCGCCUGGCCGUUGUCGUUCCGCGUAGUGGCCACCGUGUCGUGUGUCGGAACCGAUAAUAAUAAUGUAACGUCGUCGUCGCGGGGUUUUUUUUUUUUUUUUUUUUCAUGGUCUCAUGAAAAUGUCUGUACUUUGAACGUGUCCGUGUAUACAGUAUUUGUACGCGCGAACAAAAAACAAUACGACAAUCGACGACUCGUCUGCAGCAGCAGCAGGACGCUGUCGCGACUGUAACGCCGCGUUUCGUAAACCGUGUGGUUUUACGGCCCGAAAACACGCGACAGCGGAUUGGGACGGUUGACAUUUGAAAAACGCGAAAUAGCGUCGAGAAAAAAACCGGAAAAAAAAAAAAAAUAAACAAAAACAAAAAUCGAAGGGCGGGCUGUAACCGCUUUUAUUACAGUGCGAUCGCGAGGCGUUCUCCGGGUCAUCGCGAACCGAGUGUACGGCACCGCCGAAGACGCGUCCGUCAAAUUGUUUUUCACCGCGGACGAAUAUUAUUUCGACGGUCCCGGGGAGUUUUCAACACGCGCGCGGUUCAAAAUCAACAGGUCUUUUAUUAUUAUUAUUGUUUUUUUUUUUUUCUGUCCCGUCCGUAAAUUAAUAUUAUUUUGUUAUUAUUUCAUUUUUUUUUUUUUUAUUUUUCCCCGUCACCACAUCGCGCGAUCAUCAUCGCGGGUAUACCCACCUCUAUUUACUGCGUACUGCGCAACGUUGCGCGCGCGUAUAAAUGUAAACAAAAUAAUAUCCGAGGGCGUUUCAAAUAAUACACACACACACACACACACACACACACACGCUUGCGCGCGCACACACACACACGCACGCACGCACGCACACUCGGGUAAACCGAAAUGUUCUCGUGCGAUUCCAAAGCGUGUCGUCUAUUUUAUAAUAAUAAUAAUAAUACGUGUAUUAUAUUAUUACGCCACCUAUAACCACCGAUACCAGUGUUAUUAAACUAUCCGGUAUAAUAUCAUACCGCGUCAAACACGUUUUUCAAUGGGAUUCCGUCUAUUCCGUAGAAGAAAAAAAAAAAUUAGAUAAACUCCAAUUUUGUUUUCGCGUAUAAUAUAUUAUAAUAAGAGUACCGUUAAGUGCACACUGUCGCAUAAUAUUUUUAGGGCAUAGUCUUGAUUGAUACGCCCGUUUAUAGGAGGAGGGGGUGAGGGGGUUUCUGGGAUGUUUUUUCUCACUCCUUCUUUUCGACGUUCACGGCCCGGUGUCUGUUUUUAAUUUUUCCGUAAUAAUCUUGUAAACUAUGCACGUGGAAAACGUGGUUUUCGUUGCGAGGCUUUUGUUUAUCGUGCGCAGCACUAUAUUAUAAUAUUAUUACAGCCGAUAUUAUCUAAAUAUACCUACAUACGCAUUUCGCUAUUAUAAAUUAGGUGUAUUUAUACAGUGUACCGUAAUCGAGUAUUAUUUUAUAAUAUUUAUUAUACCUGUACAUAUUGAAAUACCGUAUUUUAUCUGCAAACACCUAUACUUAUAUAUUCUCGUGUCCUAUAUACUUUUUAUAUAUAUAUGUAUACAUUUUUUUUUUUAAACGAAAUAAAACAAAGCAUCAAAUAUUCUUUAUUAUUAAUAAAUAUAUCGCGUGUAAAUAUUUAUUUUACGAAUUGUGUUUUAAUUGGAAACCGAUACGCAACGUUCGAAUUCGAACUAUAUUGUCGUUAAUACAACAUUAAGUGGAGCACCGCGUAUUUUACAUUUCGAUAGUAGUUUUAUGCUCGAAAUCCGUUCUAUAGCCAGGGAUACACUGCGGGGAGUAGUUCUGGUACUCUCGUUUUGUCGUGCACGAAUUAACCGGAAUUAAGGUACAGGUAAUUCGUAAAGUAUGUUAUGUUGAACGUUUGGCGGUUUUACAAUAUUCAUUUUGAAACAUAAAUAUUCGUUUACUUUCCGAAUGCAAGUGUGUUUAAAAAGCCAUAAUCUCUUUAGAAUUCAACGCGACUAUAGUAUUAUUUUCGUUAUAAUGAUAUAUGAAAUCGAAUAAAAACACACGGCGGGUAAAUCGUUUUAUAUUAAACAGGCAAAACAAGCGUUCACGUUGAAAAAAAACCUAUUAACGACAAACACGGUUAGUCUAAAGACCGGGAAAAUAUACUUAUAAAGCGUUUUGUCCAUAUGAAACACAAAACAUGCUGGAACUCUAUAGUUAUAGCACUUUACGAAGUAGAAAAAAUGAUUGAAGCAUUUGAAACAAAUAGUGCUGGAAUAAAGAACGCAGACAAUUUCUCGGACAGAGAAAGUUAAAAAUUAAGACGUGUAUUAUACUUAAGAAUGAAUUGAAAACAAUCGGGGAAAGGAAGAAAAACCGGAUCGGACGCGUCAUAAUUAGAAACAAUAAACGGAUAAUGAUAAUAACGGAAGGAAAGAUAUCGGGAAAAGCUGCGGGAAGAGAGGAUUACACCAAAAACGCCGUUUAUAACGUGGACCGUAUAAUAUAGAAGACAUAGGGAAAUCCGUUUAACAAUGAGAACCGGAGGUCCGUCGAAAUCACCGAACCAAUCGCAGGAUCGAAAAAACGCAACAAAUAUGUCAAACAGGUAUACCGCCUACUUAUUUUAUGAAGUACCUACAUAAUAUUGCGAGUCGGGUUCGGUACCUCUGUAAAACGGAUCACGGGGACGCAGUGACGCAGUUAUAUAAUUUAACAAUAAACUAGUUGCAAUGUAGUUUUAUAACAAUUUUUUUUUUUUUGUUACGUCCUUUUCAAGAUCAGAUCACUCUGAGUAAAAUUGUGUUCGGGUCUUGGUUUUUAAUGACAUCACGGCGGCACGACCACCUAUAAUAAUAUUAUUAACGUUACCGGACUGCUUUGUCCGGUAAUGCAGUUUGGACGCAUAUUUCCUAUCUAUAGAAUUUUUUACAGGAGGUGACCCGCGCAGUGAUGGUCCGAAAUAAAUUUUCUGUUAAAUUAUUUUUGCGCAACAACAAACAGUGUUUAAAGAAGUUUAGAAUUGAGAUUUCGAGUUGUUUUUCGAAGAUCUUCGUCGCUAUGCUCGUUUUGUUACGAAUUCGUUUCGCGUAUUUUCGGUUGAGAAUUUAGGACAUUAUAGGUUUUAGUGGUUUUUUUUUUUGUUUUUACAUUUUUUCGUGCAUUUUUGAAUUUCGAUGAGGCAUUACGUACUCAGUAUUAUUUUAUAUUGCCCAUAGUUAAGAAUAACGCAUUUAUUUUACCCUUCGGUAUACUCAAUGAUUUUACGUGACAUACUAAAUAAUAUGAGUCGGUAUUAACUGUUGGUAUAAUAUUAUAUUAUUAGGUAAAUCGUGCAUUCUUUUAAUAUCGCCAUGAUAAUAAUAUUAAUUAUAAUACACACAAAAUUAUUUAUCUCGUCGAGUAAUAAUUUCACGAGUGCCGUCGAUUGAUAAUAAAUGCAUUAUGCCGUACAGGUAUAUUUGCCUAUAUUAGCUACUAGCUAUUGAUAAUUAGAAAAAAUGAAACAAAAGUAAAAAUUACAAAGUUUAAUUACAAUAAAUAUAAACGAUUGUAGAUGCGUAUUUUUCUUAAUUUUUUUUUUGUACACAACACGAUCCUCAUAGCUCUUAAGCUACGGCUUCACUCACGGGCUAUUAUUGCGAAUGCGCGCGAUCUUUUAUUUCAUUCCGACCCGACCGUAAUCAUAAAAUAAUAAUUUCGCUGCUGUAGUGAUACGGCGGUGCAUGUAUGUUAGGUUCGUGAUUUAUUUAAUCGCUCAAAGGAAACCCUUUUGGGCGGAAUACGAUGACUUUUGUUUGAGAAAACCCGACGACCGCGUUUAUUCUUGUCGAUAGGUUACGCGAUGUUAUUAUUAUAUAGGUGGCCCAUAUUUUAGAUAUUGUAUGCUCGGUUCGAAUAACAAUUUCAGAUAUUUUAUCAAGGACAAAAUAAUAUAUUAUUAACCGUUCGCACGCGAUUCGAUAUAAUUUAAUAUGUUAUAUAGCUAAGUAGAUACAUAAAUUACAAAUUAAAAAGAAAAAUUAUAAAAUCCAGUCUGUAUAAUUUGUUUAUUGAAUUAUAUUCCGAGUAAUAUUUUAGGAACCCAGUAGAUAUACACCGGUGUGUGUGCGCGUGUGUGUGUUCUUCAUUAUGAAUUUAUAAUACAUAAAAUAUUAUAUACGUAUUAUAAUGCAGUGUAUAAUAUUAUAUUUUAUGUUGUAUUGGACAACCUCCGUUUUAGAAUUGUAAUUCUGUUAUUGACUUUCACAUAAUUACUCGCAGUAGCAGUACUUACUAUUGUAUACAUAUUGUGUUUAAAGAAACAGUUAUAAUCACACGAUUACUCAUUUACGUGACGAUAACUUACUAUUUUCGUUUACACGUUUAUAAUAAUAUUUUAAUAUAGAACAAAUAAAUUGUAUGGAACUUUAUACAACUGUUAUGUUUUAAUAAAGGCUAAAAGGUUUGUAUUUUAACUGAUGGGUGUGCUAUUGUUAUAAGAGGGAAAUUGGAAGGGGGAAUACAAAUAGAGUAUAGCAUUUUAAGUACACAACGAUAAAUAUGGUUUAUAAACAAAAAACGAUUUUAAGCGAAGUUCUUUCCCAGAAAUCAACAAAAAUUAUACAAAAAAUUGCAAGUUGCUCCGAUUUACUAUAAAAACUACCAGGAAAACCAAAAAAAUAACCUAACGCAAAAUUUAUAGAUCAAAAAUUCUAUAAGAAAUUUCGAUUGAGGCGAGAAUUCUGAUAGAAAAGUUGUUUACAGACAAACAUAAAAAAAAAAAACGGACAUACUUCUUACAAUGGGUGGGCCACUGUUGUAGGUGAGAAGUUGGCAAGGUAGAGAGGAAAUGUAUAUCUGUACGCAACGAUUAACCAUUGCUAACAAAAAACGAUUCUGAGCGGAGUUCGGUUAUACAGGUUUUGAAAGGCCGAGAUAUUUACGAUUUGAAAAUAAUACAAUUUGUAAAUUUUCUAGUUUUUUCUAUUUUUCCCAAUUUAUUAUGGAAAAUCAAAUAAAUGGCCGUCCUAAAGUAUUACUCCGGUCAAAUUUUCUUUCAGAGAAAGUUUACACUUGAAAAUUAGAGCAAAAUAUCUGGUAGAAAAGUUGUUUUCAGAAAAAACAAAAUAAACACCAUUGUAAAAACCAAUACAUUCCUAGCUCUGCUCAGAAUAAAAAAAAACCCCAAUAGUAAAACCAAUACAUUUCUCAUCGUUCGGAAUCUAAAAUACAAGUAUUUACCGGUGUCCAUAAGUUGUUUUUCUAUGUUUGUAAUAAUAUUAUAAUUCCCUUAAUACGUUAAUUUCAAUAAGAAAAAAACUGAUUAAAAAAAAAAAAAAAAAAAAAAAAAAAAAAAAAAAAAAACGAAUAAUAUAGUAAAUUAAUUAUACUGUAGUAUAUUAAUUUUUUUUUAAGUAGUAUAAACACACUAACGGCUGACACACAGUCAUUGACUAUAUCUUGUUUAAUUGUCAUAUAGAUAAAAUAUUAAUUAAAAUUUAACUUUUAAAAUCGCUAUUAAAGUAAUGAGAGAAACGUAAUAUGCUAUACCUAUUAUGUGUGUUCACUUGAACAGAAUAUCUGAACAUUGUUAUAAUUUUAUAAAAAUAUAAUAGACUUCCGCUAGCCCGAAAUACGAUUACGAACAAUAGAAUUCAAGAUCAGUCAUCUAAACCAGUUUUGUGAAAAAAAAAAAAAAAUUGCUCGAGUUAUCUAUAAUAUGACGUAGGCAAAUUGUCAAAUUAAUUUCUAGUGUAUUUAUUUACUAUACGUAGGUGCACAAAAUUUAAAUUUGAACGCAUACAGAUAAUCUACUAGCCCAUAGGAUUCUGUGCAAUUUAUGUAAAUAUAUUUAGCCUGCGAGUAAUUUGUUUGUUAAUUAUUUUUCAACUUUUUGAAUAUUAGAAUCUCUUUUCGACGGGUAAUAUGGUUUCGUAUGAAUACAUUAGGUAUUAAGUAAGUGCAUUAUUCGGUGUGAGCUAUCGCGGUCGGAAAAUUUAUAAUUUACGAAUGCCUAUAUAUUAUAUACUAUUAUAUGAUACAUAUAUAGCUGCAGCUUAUUGCAGUCGGAGCCUGCGGGACAUUUAGCAUUUGAAAUUCUUAUUGAAAGGAGGGUAGAAAUGCGUAUAUAAAGCCUACAAACAACCCUUCAUGCAUUAUGCGCAUAGAGUUUUUUUUUUUUGCUUUUUACUGUUGAUUCUUUCCCGUCGAAGUGAAAUCGAUUUUAUUUUUCGAUUAUAAUAAUAUAUAGUGUUCGCGCUAACUGCACACGUAUGCACCAUCAUAUUAUGUAGGCAGGCGCGUCUUUUGAAGUCUCGUCAUCGCGGUUAUUCGGUAACGUUCAAAUAUCAUAUUAUAAUAUAAUAUCGUGUACGUUUUAGGCGUAACUCGUAUACAUAUCAAAAAAUAUGCGCCAUAGAGAUACGUUUGAAAAACAAAAAAACAAAUAUUUAACAGGAAAAGAAAUGACAUAUUUAUACGACGAAGUGCUCCUAUAUACCAUUAUACCUAUAUACUAUUAUAUAUAGGGACAAGGUUUUUUUUUCCUACAGGAGAAUACGACAAAGUUAAUAAAGUUAAAGAAGUGCUAGAAUAUUCCGCCCACCAUAUAUAAUAUUAUAAUAUAGUAUAUGGUAGUCCAGACACAUAAUAUUAUAAUAUCGCCCUUAUAUUAUUAUAUACAUCACGAUAGACGGGUUUUCAUGUUGAAAUCGGAUGAUAUAAUCUCACCGAUGGCGCAAGCAUAUUAUUGUAUUUUAUUCUUUUAAUAUCGGAUACGUUAUAUUGUAUAAGUAUAUAGGUAGGUACUCUUUCAAUAUUUAUAAUGUUUAAUAUUAACCAUUUGAAAGUAACCGUACAAAGUCGCAUAAUAUGUUUUUAAAUCUAGCGAUCCCUCACUUGUUUCUAACUGCAGGCCCAUUUCCAACCUUCCCCAUAUUUCAAAAUUGUUUGAGUCCAUAAUAUAUUCUUCAAUUAUAAAUUCAAGAAGUCUUAACCAUUUUUAGUGGAUGACCAACAUGGUUUCCGUCCUAGAAAAUCUUCUAUAACUUGUAGCCUAGUUCUCACAUUCUACAUUUCAGAAAGCUUUAAGUCUGAUCGUCAAGUUGAUGCUGUUCACAGACUUUAAUAAAGCUUUCGACACAGUUAUCUUUAGUCGUCUUAUCUCUGAACUAGAAUCACUCUGUAUUGGUAAUCCUUUACUCUCCUGCUUCCAGUCAUAUCUUAGUCCAAGAAUUUAAUUUGUAAAAGUUCAUGGCACUUCUUCGGAGCUAUCCAUAACUUUCUCUGAAGUCCCCCAAGGAAGACAUCUAAGUCUUCUUCUGUUCAUUCUUUUGAUUAACUCAAUUACCUUUCAUUUUCUAAAGCUCUUCUAUUGACCUAUGGCAUUAAAAUUUAUUCUAAAAAAUUACUUCCUUUUCUGACUGCCUCCAACUUCAAUCAGAUUUUGACUGUUUCCAUCUCUGGACCCAGCGUAUUGGCCUUACGCUCAAUCUAAACAAGUGCAUCUUUGUAUCCUCUACAUCGUGUAUCCUCUGUCAAAGAUCUUGGGUUCUGUACCUAAUUCCUUCUCUUUCUUUUGAACACCACAUUAAUAUUGCAGUUGAUAGUGCCCUAAAAGUUCUGGGUUUCAUAAAGCGCAACAUUAGCCUUUUCACGUCUUACGCUUUGUUCCCUCUACAUUUCUCUUGUACGCUCUAUUCUGGAAUAUGAUAUAGUUGUAUGGCACCCGUAUUUGGCUAAGGACCAAUUAAAAACAGAUCGAGUUCAAAACCGCUUCCUAUCCUAUGUUUCUUAUCUACUUAAAAUUGAUCACCCCCCCCCUCAUAAUUAUUCUACCAUUAGAUUUUCCUUAAAUACCUUUGCCUCUCGCCGUGUAGAUGCUGACCUUUUAAUUAUAUCUUCUCUUCUUAAUGAUACAGUUGAUGCCCCUGACCUUCUGUCUUCUAUCUCUUUCUGCGUAACAGUCCAUUAUACUAGAAAUUACUCUUUUUUUCAUGUUCCAUCUCACCGUACCAACUAUUCCCACAACCAUUCUUUACAUAGAAUGCUUCGUCUCCUCAAUAAUUCCUAGAUCCGUAAUCGAUUUGAACAUUUAUUUAUUUUAGCUUGUAGUUUUUAGUUUUUAAUUUCGUAGCCUAUUGCAUAUGCUAAUUCCUAUUUGUAAUUAUACUUGUUGUUUAGUUUAGGUUAAAUCAUAUACUACUGUGUUUUACAUAUUGUUUUAAUUGUAAGAUCUUUACCACUAUUAAUAACCGUUCGUUUUACUAUAUCUCCGACCUUUUAUAAUAUAUCUUUGAGUUGUGGUUUGGCGUUAAAUGAAUAAAUAAAUAAUUCAAUAUUAUAUAAAUUAUAUAGUUUGGUACGCCAGUGUCGUUAUUUGAAAAUUGAUAUUAUGAUAUUUGUUCGCAGUCGAAUAACUUGAGUUUCAAAAAUUAUUCGGUACCUAAACGUUAUAAAUACAUUAUUAAUUUUUCAACCACUAAGUAAUUUAUUUAUUUUUUUUGUAUUUUUAAAUAAUUUCCAAAAUGUUUUUUUCCCCGCUCGAACAUAAUGGAAUUCGAGUUAUUAUACGAGUAUAAAAACGGGUAAGUAUUCAACAAAUUUAACAAUUUAGUUUACAACGUAGCAAAUUUAAUAAGAUAUGUAUUUAUAACGGUAUGUUUUACGUCAAAUCAUUCGAUAAUAAUUUAAAUUGUAAAAUAAAUUUAGUAAUUUAACUGCGUAUUUAACAAUAAAUGUUUUGAACUCUAUGAUAGUAUAUUACACAUUAAUGUUAUUGAAUAACGGUAGCGGGUUUUGAGAAACCUACAUAAUUUUGUAAAAAAAAAAAAAAAAAAAAAUGCUCCAUACAAACUGAAAACCCGCCGUGAAAACGGAAAAAAAAUCCCAUUCGACUAAAAACAUUAAUUCUUUUAAACCGCGCAUAAGUCACUUCCGUUAGGUUUUAGGCAUUCGAACGUGGAAAUUAAUAAUGUUGUAUAAAUGUGAAAUAUGAAUCAUGUACGACCGGUGGCAUCGUUUGCUGCGGGAUGCAAGGGUAUACGAAUGCGUCUCCCGUGAAUAUUUUUUUUUUUCAACUCGUUCGAAAUGUGUAGACGUAGAUAGUUUCAUAGAAUUUAUAGUAUAGAAAAAUCAUUAUGUAAUUUUGCAAAAAUGUUUUUUUGUUGCUUUAUCACAAUAUUUUAGCGAUUAGAAUAUUAGUCAUGUAUUAUAGUGCAGUACGAAAUAGAGAUAUAGUUAUUGCUAAAUUAUGGCCUAGAAUAUUUUCAUGACUAAUGUGAUCUAAAAUACAUAAAAUUAUACUUGAAAAUGCGUAUGCAUUUUAUGAUGCUUGUGAGUUUUUUUUUUUUUAAAUUAUUUUAAUGUAAAAUGUAUAAUCAAUAUUUUGAAAUUAAUUGAAGUAGGUUUUCGAAUUUUAUUUUAUACAUUUUAAUAUUUUUCGAUUAAACAAUUAUAAUUUUACACGUUGGAAACGUGGAUUCAUUUCGUGCUUAAUAUGGUACGCAAGCAAAGCGAGCGGCUUUGGUAUUGAUUUAAAUUCGCAGUAUGAUUUCGUAUCCAAUGACGUGAAUAAAUUUCAGUGUACGACAUAAACUGUGUAUGCACGAUGAACCCGUAUUAAAUUUUCGAAAAUAUUUGCUUGACCAAAACAAUUUUAUACGUAUAUAAAAUAGUACGCGAAACGUGAUUUUUACGAUUUUCGCAAACAUUUUAAACGGCUGUAUGAUAAAAAAAAAAAAUUACGAUCAACGUAAAAAAGGGGUUUAUCUGAUUUUUAAACUGAGUUUAUGGCUGAUCACCGAUCACAAUUAGUCGAUUAUCUUAUAAACUCCGUUUAAAACUCAACGUUGAUGAGAACGGGCCUAAAACGCGCCUUAUUACGACUUAUUAAUUGUAUAGAGUUUUCGGUCGUUAUAAAAAUUAUAUUCACAUAAAAUCUCGACGAUUUCCAAUAUCUACCAAUGUACCGAAUUCACUACAAGUUAACUAUAAAAUUAAGUUCUCUUAUCAUUUUUCGAUCGGAAUAGGAUUUCUGGUGUAGAAUGGUUGCUGUUAACGGACACACGGAAAAAAACUAUACACGAUCAGUAAAACCAAUGAAUAUAGGAAAGCACCAUAUAAAUAAUAGAUACAAAACAAAUGUGUUCAAAGAGGGAGAGAUACACUCUAAUUCGCCAUUGUUCCCCUAAUAUACCACUUUAAUUAUAAUUCUGGUUUAGAAGCAUACUUUUUCAAAACGUUUUAAACGCUCCGUUUCGAUUUGAAUAUUAUUCGCCCGUUUUUCGAAAGCGAAAUAACCAUGAGUUUUGAAAUAGAAGAAUACGCCGACAUUCCAUGUUCAAAUAUCGUUUGUGCGAUUCUUAUAAUAUAAUAUAAUAUAAUAUUUUACGUACAUUUUUUUUUUCUUAUGUUUUUGCGAUAAACCGCCGUUAUAAUUUCGAACUGCGAUACACUCAAUUUCGGUUCGAGGAAUCGAGUGUAUAUUUUACAAUAUUACGCAUAGCACACCGCGAGUUAUAUUUCAAAAUCUGUGUGCGUAUAGUGUAUCUAUAACAUAAGGCCGACUGUCAACGAGAAAGAAUUGUCGACUAUUGUUUUUGGUUGUUUUUUUUUUUUUUUUUCUGUUUCACGAACGAAACUCGUAUUUGUUUGUUUUAAAUCGUAAUUUAUAACAAAUUACGUUUUACUAGAGAGUAUAAUAUUAUUUUCAUAGUAAAUAAUUAAUUGUAAUUUUAUAUUUUCGUUAGCCGGGGCUGUAGUCGCGGUGAAUUACUCGUCGCCCCGCCAUCUCGUCCGGCCCGGUACCGGAAUGCGGUUCUCUUAUGCUUUAUUUUUUUUUUUUUUUAAUCUCGUUUUCGUGCAAACUUACCGCCGCGAGCCGCGUAGGUAUAGAGUAUCCCGCCGUCACGGGAAAACAAUACGAAUAGUCUUUUUGGGGACGAACGGCGAAUAGUAUAACACUGCAGUAAUAAUGAGUAAAGUAUCCGGUUUUUUUUUUUUCUCAUUUUUUAUACGAGGACAUUGCGUAUUAUUAUUGUACAAGGGAAUUGAUAUUCGAUUGACGGCGCGUACGACUAAAUUUUAGCCCGCGCGUACACACAGACACACGCACACACGCACACACGCGAAAUAUUAUUAAAUCGCGCGAGGGCGGCGGCGCCGUUCGUCCGUCCGCAUAGGACAGACACCGCCGCCGAUGCUGAAGCCGCCGCCGCCGCCGUCGUCGUCGUCGUCGUCGUUCGUCGGCCGUCCGCCGGUAUAUUAUUAUGUAUUAUAUACAGCGCGCUCGACGUGGGCGCGCACGGGGUAAACAGGUACGCGCAGCGGCGUGCACGGCGUUUUAAUAUACGAGAGGAGAUGGCAGUUGGGUGGUGAGGUUCUGAAUACAAUUAUAGUUUUGGUCGUUUCGGAUAUACAAAAUCAUUAAACAUAUUUUCGGGCAGAAAUUGGUACGACACGCGCGGUACUUACAGCCGCCAAACUGCUCCUUCAAACAGUACCGGAUUCACGCGCAUUUGAAAUCCGCGAAAAAAGCGACGGAAAACGUCAAAGAGACCCCGAGAAAAUAUUUGUAAAUAAAUGAAAACGGCAGAGCGGUUUAAAAGUCUCCCCCCUCCCCCUCCCUUCGAUCGGCUCUCAAUUAUAGAAUACAAUUUUCCGUACAACGUUAAACCUUUUUUAUACUACGUAUAAGUACAAUAUUGUAUUUUAAUUAUAUAUAAUUACCGAGUGUUUUUUACGAAGUGUUUUCAAUGUUCGAAAAUCGUAUUUAAUAUUUUAGAAGAGCCAUUAAAGGGGUAGGGGGAACUUUUAAACUCUCUACCGUUUUAGAUUUUUAAAAAUUUUUCAAGCGUUUUUCAGGGCUUUUGCUUGUAGAUUUUAAGUGCAUAUAAAUCCGGUCUCUGAAUUAAUGUCUUAUCAUAUAAUCAGAGCUCGGAUUCAUUAGCAUUUGUGUAUUAUUUUCGGUGACACCUAGUACACCUAAUAGCAAGUGAGAAACAAAUUUAUUUCGUACUUCGCUAAUGUCGUGUACGAAAUUGUUCGGUUCUUUUUUUUUUGCACAUGUUUAGGAUUUAUACAGCUAUUUUGCUGAUCAAGCGAUUUUCAAAUCGUACGACUAAACGCGUCCGAAAAAGACGGUCGUUAUUGUCAGUUAUUGCAGUCACAUCGUACUGUACGUUAUUGUCCCCGGACGAUUAUAUUUCACAUAUUUUCCAUUUCGUAGUGCUUUGAUGAUGUAUAACGCUUAUUUUGGCGAUCUUAAGCGAUAAUAACUGACCCCUUUUUUUUUUUUUUUUUUUUUUUUUUUAUGACAUUACUUCCGAGCCCCGGUCAUAAUAAAGUAUAUAUAAUAAUAAGUAGGUAUAUAAUAUGCUUUAUACUUAUUACUUAGCAAAUGGUUUUGUGUUAAAUUUUGUGUCCUAAUAUCAAUAAUAAUAAUAAUAAUAAUAAAAAAGACGAUAAUUACACGAAAUCCAUAAAGCAUAAAUAAAAGAUUAAUGGUGGUGGGGGUGGGGCACGUGACACUCUCAUUCUCCCACCCGCGAGAACGCCCCUGCCCGCUUCGACGCACAAAAUAUCGUGUUCAAUACGCGCGCUCGAACUCCGGUCAUUUAUUUUACGUCAUUCGAUAUUUGUUUAAUUCAAACUACGCGGUGCAUGUUAUCCAUAAUCGUAUCACGUAAUAAUAAUAACGACAAUAAUGAUAAUAAUAAUACUAGCGUAUGAUACGCCGCGAUUAAAGUAGACAGUUCGGCGCGAUUUAUUAUUUUCUCGAGGGGGGCCCAAUAUUUCGAUAUUUUCGAAUCGGGGCGCUGUUUUUCUACCGAUCGCGCGUAAUCCGCGAACGCCCGUCGCACUAUUUCCUCUCACCACCCUCCCCCCUCUUUUUUUUUUUGUUUUAUCCCGAAAGAAAUUUUGGUUGACGUUUUUUGGAAAUUUUCUAAUUUAAAAAAAAAAAAAAAAAAAAACACACACACACAUUCUUCGUACGGGGCAAUCUAAAUUAAUGACACAGCUCCGCGUACAAAAACCGCGGAGAAUACAUUGGAAACCGAACGUGUCCGGGGGUCGAAAUUUGCAAUAUCCGUCGGCGAUAAUAAAGUUACGGCUAAACGUGCAGUCUCGUCGGUUUCCGUCGGACGCGUAGGUAUAAUGUAGCGAAUGGUUGAUCGAGUAGCUGGGGCGGCUAUAUAUUAUUGUAAUAUUUAUACGCGACACAGAUAUUAUACACUCCGCUUUGUAAUACACUCUCGCCGUAUCAUGUGGCCGGCACCGCGAAAUUAUAGAGGGGGGGGAAAAAGAAGAAAAUUCCGGAAAAAAACCCGACGUGUUUUCCGCGAUAACGAGCGCGUCUUGUCCCGGAAGAUUGAUCACUCUGUAUACGCGUACGUAUGCGCCUGCUGUUAAAGCGGAUUAUACACCGGCGGCGGCGGCGGCGGCGGCAGUCAGUGGUGCCAAUAGCGCGGACGCGCGUGAACCCGCGUUGUUGUUUUCGUUCUUUACGUUUCGUCUCGUUUUUUUUUUUUUUUAAUUUUUUUUUCGUACCGUUUAUUAUUAUUAUUGCCGUCGUCACUUCGUGGUGUCUGUACGUCGUCGUCGUCGACCGCCUAUAUACGUAAUAAUCUCGGUGAUAAUAAUUUACGACAAAUGCACAAUAUACGUUCAUUUUUUCUUUUCUCAAUAAUAAUACCGCGGUAUUUUCGUCGCUCUAUGGACCGAUAAUAUUUUCGUCCGAAACGCCGCCGCCGCCGGUCACCUAUCCCCGCGCGUGUGUUUACUCGACUCGGAAUCGCCGCUCGCCGUGUGUUACCGGUGUAUAAUUUUUCAAUUUUUUUUUUUUUUUUCUAAAGCGAAAUUCGUUUUUCUCCGAGUUCUGCCGCGGUCCACGCGUCCCGGUAGAGAGAGAGAGAGAGAGAGAGAGAGAGAAACGAAAACGUACUCCGACGACGACCUAAAGUCCGCGGAAUAAUAAUUUUUGCUAGUUUAUCGUUGACGUUUCGGUUCGAACGCGCGUAACGUUCGUUUAUAAAUCGCGUUUGACUCAUUUGUUCGCGCGAUCGGUUUUUCACCGUUCGGUAAACGGUUUUGAACGUCCAAAAUGGCCACACCGAGGUCCGCCGACGUAAUUGCACGUCCGUCAUUAGCCGCUGAUAUCAAUCGAACAAAGACCGCGUAAUAAUAUCAUUGUUACGAUACCCCGGGAUCCAGUAUGGUAAUCAUCGUUUUGUAUUUUUAGAUUUCUCGGUUUAUCUCUCGCGAAUCCGUGAUUAUUAUUGUUUGGUUAAGACUCCGGUCGUGACAAAAAGUCAAAGCGGAUUUUAUUUGAAACCGGUCUCGCGUACACCUGAUGAGUACUAUCGUAUUUUUUAUGGCGAAUACGAUUUAUUCGAUUUCGGUGGGUACCUAAAUCGUGCGAAUCUCGCGACUCAAUCGUCGAGCCACCGAAUCGCUUUCGGUUCUCAUUUCUUACCGAGAAAAAAAAAACUAUUACUAAUAGUACUGUUGCCGUAAUCGAAAAUGUCGCCAAAAACAAUAGGUACUAUCGUCACUGUCGUGUCAAAAAAAUUUACAAUUCGGUUUGCACGUGAUGAAUGGGACCCCGCGUUGAUAUUUAAGUGAAUACGUGUUGCGAAAUCGAGUUUUUGGAUCUAAGGAGUUUCAUUAUUUUUGGUCGCGGCGAUUCGCGAUUAUUUCAAAAUGUCAAUAUUUCGUAAAAACGGCCGAACAAAAAUACAAAGGCCACUGUCAUAAUGUAGGUAAACUACAGCUGUUUCGCGUGACAAUUUCCCUCCCCCCCUUGUUUUAUUAAUUAAAAAAUACUGCGCGCAGCCCUCGAAUACACAUUGAAUUAUUGUUGCCGUUAUUCGCGUUCAAAUCCUUAAUAUUUUCAACCCGACAGCCGGAAUAUCUCGGUCGGAGUCGCGCGAUUUCGCUGUGCCGGCGCAAGUUUCGUAAGACCGCGGGUAUGACGUUUUCGGAAAAAUAUUUUAUUAUAAAUUCGCCAUGGUACGCUCGUUUUCAUCGUAUUCGGUGAUAUUGAAAUGCGCGGUGUAUGAAUAAUAGUGUACGAGUACAUGGUAUACGGUCCGCACGUACACCCGGACGUUAAAAAUAAAAUAUCCGCGUAACCGUUUAUUAAUAUUGUUGAAAACGAUUCGAGUACAAAAUAAUACAGGGUGUCCCGCGAUGAAGACCUGAUCGUAUCGCAUAUCGUACCUGUACGAUACGUACUCGUCCUCGGAAAAUUUCGGCCAUUUUUCGACAAUUUAGGAAACGAUAGUUAUAGUUCGACGACGUUACUUUUUAUUCUGUGUCGCCGGUAUUCUUUUCUUUUUUUUUUUGGUGGGGGGGGGGGCUAAAUCGACUAUUCCUGCUUUUGAUUUUCGGUACGGCGACUUAUAUUAAAAAUUCUACAAACAGACGGAGUGUCAGUUGAAAUAAAUUUUAGUGUUGACGUUUUUGAUUCCCGAGAGUGGCGCAGCGUCGUUUAUGCGGCGAAUGUUUGAAUAGUGUUUCGUCUCUCUACCUCUCCCCCCCCACGCGUACUUAAAAGCGGAAUAUCUCGCCGACGGGAUGACGAAAAUCAAAAACGUCGACAUAAAAAUGUAUUAAAAUAAUAAUAAUCAUAUUCCGUCUGUUUUACGGAAUUUCCAAUGUGGGUUGCCGUUCAAAAAACAAACGCAUCUAUACACUGCGGUCGGUUCGCCUCUCCCUCUCCCCCUCCAAAAAAAAAAAAAUAAAUAAAAUAGGAGCGUCGAUAAAACAAAGAUAACGAAAAAUUCCCGAGUUAUGUACUCGUUUGUUGAAUAAUUUUAAAACCAAUACUUUCCGAGACGUCGCAACGAUCGUAUAUGUUCGCGGGGGCACUCUGUAUACGAAUUGAUAAUAAUAUUUAUUUGUCUAAAUAAAGUCGAGUUUAACGACUAUUUAUAAUAAUAUUAUAAUACGCAACGUUAUCGAAAUAAUUGUGUUAUUUUGUUUCGAACGGGCGUAUGAAGAAAAAAAAAAAAAAUAAUACAAAUAUUACAAAACGUUCGCCGAUCAAAUAUUAACUCGGCGAUAUUGAAAACGUAACGAGCGUCGUAUCAUUAUUUCGUUUUACGUGCACAUUACUAGACAACGGGUUCUAAUAAUAAUACUAUCCGUACGACGUUCGUUUGAUCGUGCGAUGUUCCCGGUCAUCACGAGGAUUUACACGGCGCGAUUUUAGCGGUCGUAUUGAACAAUUUGAGGGCGCUGAAAAAAGAAAUGGUUAUCCUUAAUAAUCCGUACAUCCGUAUUUAGAGGACGUUAUCUAAUCGCGUCUAGUGUCUCUCAGUCCACGCGAAAACGGCGUUUACGCAGAAUAAGUAAAACCAGCUUGAUUUUGAUUGUUAGAGGGAAAAUACCGUUUAUGAAAUUUACACAAUAGACAACGGUGUUUCGGAGAGAUAAUGUCACAGGUGUUUUUCCAAUUAUGAACCGCUAAAAAUGUUACAGUUAUAUAAAAAAGACAAUAAAAAAAUUUAAAUAAGAGUUUUUGUUUAUUCUAUAAUAUCGAGCUGUGUAUUUCGAAUACUACAAAAUCCCCUAUGACAUUACCUCCGAAUUAAUGUGCUCUAUGAAUUUCGUAAAAGGUACUUUUACUUUUAAAAUGAAAAUCAAACUAGUUUUAUUUGUUCUGCGUAAGCGUUGUUUUUGCACGUUACCCGGUAAUUGGACUGGGACAGUAGAUGCGGGUAUAACGUCCUCGUAAGUCCCGGAGUUAACGAACUGCAGGUAUUUUGUAUUACGCUGUCGGGGCCUUUACGCGCGAUUUGUUUUCCGUGUCCGUCUCGCGCGUAACGUGACAACAGAUACGCAUCGUACUCCGGCGAUUGCGACUCUUCGGUCGACUUUCGGGACCUGUUGUAUGCAUUUUAUAAACGACAAUAUAUUAUUUACUGGCUGAAUGGGUUUUGUUUUUCGUUUAAUAUUUUGAUUUUUAUCACGGAAAAAAACGCGCGUCAUAGAUAAUAAUUUAACUCGAUUUCUUUUGAGUUUCACCAUUACUAUUCUAUUAACAACAAAACAAAAAAAAAAAAAUAAAAAUAUUAUUGACGAUUCUAUUUGAUGAUAAACAACGAACUUCGAUGUAACGUACGGCAGUUUUUCGUGAGGGCGGGGGGGGGGAAAUAAAAUCCGUACCGAAAAUUAUAUAUUAUUCGGUUUUCAAUAAAGACACGAUGAAUCGCCCACUACGGAACAAACAAAAGAUAUAUUUUUUUUAACUCAUUAAGACAUCAUGAUUUUCCGCAAACAUGUUCGAUUAUUUAGCGACUGUUAAUUAUUUUUAUUAAAACGUCAAUUGGAUAAUAUACGAUUAGGUGACGAGACGAUCGCAAUAAUCGGCUGAAUUCGCCUUCGAAAAGGCCUUUAAAAUCGGUUUCAGAGAUAAACUUCGCGCUAUCGCAGUCUAUGGCUUUUUAAAAACAAUUGAACAUGUGCGGCGUUUUUUGCAAUAUUAAUCCAAAAAAACUUAUAGGUAAUGUUUAAUAAUGGGAAUUUACAUAUUAUAACUUCGACAACAAGUUGACAGUCAAAUAUUUAUUCAAUCAGCUAAUUGUUAAACGCCGCGGUCUUUAAAAGAAUUCCGUCACGAACAUAUUGUAUGAUAUACGCAUUUUAUCUCUGAAACUGAUUUUAAAGGCAUUUUUUUUUUUUUUCAUAUUCGUUAGCUCUUCUUUACUACGUUGCAGAGGGAUAACAAAUGCGACCGUCACGGUUCCCCGGCAAUAUGUCUUCGACGCCGUGAACUUAUAUAAUACAUCUAUAAUAUUGUUUAUAACAGUAUAAUAAUGUAAUGUGUAUAUUACAUGUAGUUUUGGAUAAAAAAAUUAAUGUUAUUUACGAAUUACGAUGAAUUUGCUGUAUCGUGCGGUUAUAUUGUUUACUCAGAAUCGCGUUUGAUUAUGCAUUUCAAAAUUGCAAGCAUUAAUGUUUUGUUUUGGUUUUAUGUAACCGGACCUGUUUUUUCUAUUCUAAACAAACGAUGUGUUUUUAUCGCGAAAUCCGUAUUAUAUUACAACUAAAAGUCGGCUAAAAAAUCAAUCGGUAAGCAUAAUAAUAUGAUCAACAUAAUAAUCUGUUUUCAUCGGAUAGGUAUUGUAAUUUUCGCCCGAAAACCCUACUCUUCGCAUCUCACGCAAUUAUUAUUCAUAUAUUUAAUAUAUAUGUAUAUAAUAUUACUUAGAGUUAAAACAUUUUUAUUUGUAUGAAUUUGUUAAUUUAAUUUGUAUGAAGAUUUGUAUUUAUUAAAACAUUUUUGUAAAUUACCGUAUGUUAAUCCGUCAAAGGAGAUUGGUGUCUGUGUGUAGUAUUUUAGUCGAUUUAGACCUAAAAGCUGUAGCUAGGGAUUGUGUUUGGCGGAUUUCAAUUUUUAGGACGGAUUAAUAUGAUUCUUUAGGGAAUGUAAUCUAAUUAUUUUACUGGAAAUCGUGUAGUAGAUUUGAUUGGAUUUUUGAAAAAUUGUACUUAAAAGUUUUUUAAGUUUUAUAGGUAAUUAUAAUAAAGAAAAUUAAAAUUAAAAAAAAAAAAAAAAAAAAUACCUCCUAUAUAUUCAAAUAAGUAGUAGAACCUAAAUAAUUAUAAUAUAUGUUUACAAAACUGAAACCCGUCAAAUGAAAUUUCCACACAUUUUUGUCCAAAAAGUUUCAAAACGUUAAAUUCGUCCUUAAGAACGAUCGUGUUAUUUUCCUUUAAAUAGAAGUUUAAACAGUAAGUUAGUAUGAAAAUCUUAUCGUUCAUGUGAUUGUUGGAGUGUACAUUUUUGUUUUUCGAAUUUAACAAAAUUGGAGAACAACUGGAAAACCGCCGCUCUAUCCCCUUAAUUCAUAUUAUUUAAUUUCAAAAGUAACAGAGUAUUCAAAUUUGAUUAACUUUGAAAACUUCUGAUGGUUUCACGAUUUAUAAUUGUAGAAAUUGUAGGGAACUUGAAAUUGAUUUGUUUACAAAUUGACUUAAUUGCAUCGCAUAGGUCAACGUUUCUCAACCCAAAAUUGGGUCACGAAAAAAAUGAAAUUUUAAUAUAUUUCCGUUUAGAUAUUAUCUAUAUGAAAUAGUUUCGAAAAUAACAUUUUUUUUAACAAAUAUGGAUGAAUUUAUCAUUUUGGACUUUGGUCUUCAAAAGCUAUAAAUGUACUUUAUCGGUUGACAUUCACGGUAACGAAUACAUUUGAUAAGUUGUUGACCCGCAUUUUCCUGGUAUCAAUUAUCGAUAUUGUGAACUUCACCAGAUGAUCUCGUAUCAUUUGUGUGCUCGCAUUUAUUACAUUAAACAUAAUUAAAGAAGUAAUAGUUUGUUUUAGUAACCGAACAAAUAAAUGAGUCCCCCCUCAUCGAACGUUAUUUUCACAAUAGGUCGCAUAAAUAUCUUGGCCCUUGGAUCGUCAGCACGCUUAAAGGUCAAGACCCGCCGGGUCUAUAUGGACGUCAAAUAAUCGGUUUAAAUGGCUCUGACGGUUUGUUAACAAUAGCUCGUCUGUCUUCAAAUCCGCCAGUUCAAGUCGUACCAUGUUUUUUGAUAGACAUAAUAAUAAUAUUAUUAGGAACGCUUACGAAAAAUAAAUUAUUGACCCGGUCGCUAUACCUAUGUUUGUUGCAAUUCGCUUGGACGUUAUUAUAAACACAAAUGCGUAUAUAAUGUUCGUCAGGCAGCCUCGUAGUAAAGACUUUUGUAUUUUUUUUUUUUUUUUUUAAUCCUAAUAUACAAUUUUGUUUACUUAUGAUAAAUUCCAAAUUCGUACCGUCGAGACUUUUUCCUACAUAUAGGAAUGGUCGUGACGGGUACUCGCGUAUAUAUAAUAUAAUGAACGAGCGGUUAUUUUUCAAAAACAUUAUUUAUAAAUGGGAUUUUGAAAAAAGAAGGGGGGAAAAAACAGUAAUAAUAAAUAACUCCGACAAUAUAUAAAUCUUUAGUUACUGACCAAACGGCGACGGAGAAUUGAAUUGAAAUCGACGUUUUUGCAAUCAAAUACUAUAAUAUAUAUAUAUAUAUAUAUAUUGAACAACGACAAAAACCUCUUUUUUUUUUUCCGAUUCGAACCGUUUAAAUCCGCGAAAUAGAUUAAACCCGAAGUACUGUAAUAAUACGUGUCGCGUUUAAAAUCCACACAAAUAUAAAAUCCGUAAUGUAAUUUUACUUAUAUACAUUACUAAUUUAUAUUUAUAUUUGCAGCAACAACGGAUGCGAUGCAUUUACGUUCGAACAAUCGAAUAUCAUCACAUAUGCACUUCGGUUAAGUAUAUAAUACGAAUACACGCGACAAUAACGUAUUAUAAUAAUAAUUGAUGUUAUAAACAUUCAUUUUUUUUUUUUUUCAUUCUAUUGUACAUACCUACCUACUCGUAAGUAUUUUUUGAACGUUAUUAUAACGAGUGUUUUAUGCAAACCGUUUCUUUUCAGUAUGAAUAUAUUACUAAUUUUUUUUUUUCCGACCGGUAAAUACUCUGUAUACAGAAAUAAUGUUUUUAACCUUGUCAAAUCUACGACUUGAAAAAAAAACAACAAACGGACAUACUUCGCACGACGGGUGGGCCACUGUUGUAGGUGAAAAGUUUGGGAAGGUAUAGGAGGUAAAUUCAAUGUAUAUCAGAUGUACACUAAGAUUAAUAAUUGCUAACGAAAAACGAUUCUGAGCUGAGUUCGGUUAUAGUAUAAAUGUUUUGAAAGGCCGCAAUAUUUACGGUUCGAAAAUAAUACAUUUCGUAAAUUUGCCCGUUUUUCCUACGUUGUUUUCUCGGUUUUUACCAUUUAUUAUGAAACUUUCUGGGUAAAUCAAAACAUUUGUUCACAGAAAAUAAUAAUAAAAUAAACAUUGUAAAAACCAAUACAUUACUCGCUCUGCACAGAAUCUAAAAUAAACCUAAAUUCAUUUUCAUUUUUUUCUUUUUUACAUUAAAAUUAUGUUAAAUUAUUCGUUCUUUUUAUAUCAAUUAAAACGUUGCGUUGUUUAACUUGGUGGCAAUACCAUUUUAAUUAUGUGAUUUUUGUUGAAACAAUUAUUGUUUUUACAGUUAAUGAAAAUAAAUAUAAAAACCAAUAUUUUUAAUUACGAAUGCGUUGUUCAGACAAGAAUACUAAAAUAUAAUAAUAAUUACAUAUUUAUUUAGUUAUCGUUUUCAAAACAAGAACAACAAAAUGGUUUGAUUAUCCGAUAAAUGGCUAUAUUGUCAUUAUUAUUAUUCUAUCAAAUUUCGGUAAUUGUGUAUGUAUCGACGUGUCGUGUUGUGUCGCGUGUCUGUAUAUACGACGUGUGUUUAGUUGGAAAUUGUCCCCAACAUUAUUUAACGAUGUUUUGGGUUAAAUAUUUUGUCCUGACGAUUAGAUUUUUGGAGAUCAAUGGGCGCUAUAAAAAUACGUACUUGUAAAUUAGAAUCGAAUUUUAAUUUUGAAAAUAUUCAUAAAUAAUAUCUUUAUAAUAAUAUGUUUCGCGGGAAAUUAUUAUUUUUUAUUGUUUUGUUCCCCUCUUUUUGAUGGUUCAAACUUCAAUGUACAUGUUUACUUUGGAAAAUAAAUUUAUUUCGUUUAUUACAUUAAUAUUGUUAUCUAACAUGUUAUUAGAAUAGCUAUAAUAUUUAUUAAUAAUCGUUUAUAAAAUAUUAUAAUAUCUAUGCGUUUUAUCAAAAGCACGAUUAAUAAACCACCGUUCUAUUUUAUCAGUGAUGGCAUAAUGUUUUUUUUCCAUAUAAAACAUUUCCAGUAAAAUUUGAUCACGAAGCAGUUGCUUUUGACUUUCAACGGGACCCCUCUCGUGAUUUUUAUAUAUCACAUCCCCAUGUGAUAUAUAAAAAUCACGGUUGGUGAAUAAACCGUAGAUUCUUAUUUUGUUUUACCGAACUCGAAAAUGCGAGUUUGAAAACCGAAUCUAAGAAAAAAAAGCCAAUUUUUAUAUUCAUUAAACCGCACUUUUUUGUCUUUUAAUCCGCAAGCUGAAAUAUAUAAUUUAAAGAUAAAAUCGCUACAUAAAUACUUAUAGUUUUUGAAUUUUUUAACCGAAUCAAAGGUGGGGAUAUAACCCUUAACGUCCCGCGCUCCCCGCAUGCCACCGGCUCCAUAGGAUACCCAUUCAAAUCGCUACUGCAGUAUUUUACUUCACGUAUCGCACUUACACAGACAUUUCGAUAUCGAAAUUCACUUUAUUGUUCCUCGAUCGUGUCCUAUAGCUACUAUCACUCUAUACUAUAUAUAUUAUCAUCGUUCGGACCAGACUUUAUAUAAUUAUAUCGUUAGCUCUAAACAGUAUACAUUAUAAUAUGAUUCGCGUUUACUGAAGUUAAUAAUAAUAAUUAUAAAAUUAUAUUAUUAAUAAAUGUAUAGAAUUGUCGGGAGCGCCGCUGUGUGGUAAUAAUAGUGUACCAUUAUCAAUGUAUAUACAGUGGCAGCGCGUAGUAUGACGCAUCGCGAUGAUGAAUUUUGUGGGUGUUCACUGUUCCUGUAUAUUAUUAUUGUAGGUACACAUAUUAUAGUUUAUAAACGGCGUUAUUGUGGUGCACUAAAAACGUACGAUAACUUGUAUAAAUUAUUAUGGUGAAAAUCAAAAUCGUUUUAUUAUCAUUAUGACUUAUAAAUACUCAUUUAUAAGAGUAUUAGUGACUAAUUUGGUUAAGAGGUCGUUACUACACUAUAAACGGUCAAUGUAUAGCAAAAAUGUGUUUACGUAAAACAAACGCAAAGGUCAUUGACAUAAUUUUUUUUAAAAAAAACCCUUGUGUAUGUAAGAAUAUUAUACGCAUGCAAGAUGUAAACGAAUGAAGUGGUCGAUACACGUGUGGAUAUCGAGUAGGCAUGUUUUAAAGAACGCUAUGAAAGAACAAAUAAACAAGAGGGUAUACCACUUGGUAGACAAUUUGAAAAGAUGGAAAGAUACAGCGGAGAAAAAUACGAGACUGGCAGACAGGAAUGUCACAAUAAAUCGGGAAUAGGAUUGGUAGGGAAAUAUUAAAACUGGAGAGGUUUAUUAGUGAUAGCGCAAGUCCUGUUGUUUUUGUCUUCGGCGUUGUUGAAAUAUUAAUUAUUAAAAAGCCGGACGUAUACUUUGCACUAUAUAUGAUAGGCAUUAAUCCUAUCACUGUAUGAGAAGGGAAGUUUGAAAGGUAUAGGAUAAUAGCAUAAUUUAAUUUAUAUACUAAAAGCAACGAUGCAUUAUUGCAAUCAAACAAUGAUUUUGAGUGAAUUAGAAGUAUUAGUCACGGUCUUUUCCCCCUGCAGGCCGGAAAAAACACAAAUAAAACCUAUAUAUGUAUCGAUAUUUAUUUUUAGUUUUUUAAACUGCAUGGACAAAAUGUCGGAAACAUAAAAAUUGUUUUUUAAUAAACUACCACCGGGCAAAAAGCUUUUAAGAUACGAUACGAAUAAUUUCGGUGUUCGAUAUCGGGCUUUUGAAACUACGUUUUAAACUUGAUAAUAUUUUGUUUUCACUAUUCAAUUUUUGCGAACAAACACUCGGUAAAAUUGUAUUAUUCUAAUGUAUUAUGUACAUUGUUGCAGAUACGAUUUAUCUAUUUACAAAACGUAACUUGCGUCUAUUCUAGCUAUGACAUUUUAUAGUUUUAAAUCACGAUUUAAGGUACUUUGGUUGCCCAAUCAACCGUCAAACACUUUUACCAUCACUGUUUAAUGCAACACAAAUCUAUAAGUCGCCUGAAAUUUUAACUCUAUAAGCGCGAAUAUCAUCGUUAAAAUGAUAACUAAUUACGUAUAACUAUGAUUAUAAUAUUUGAUAUCCGAGUAAGAUGAUAAUCAUGAUCUGUGCUAAUAAUAUAGGUAAUGUGUUAAUGAUGGUAAAAAAAAAAUUGAAUCCUACGGGUGCUAUAGAACCCUAAUAUUUUAUAGCUAGAUUAAUUUCAAUGGUCGUAUCUUAUCAUAGCUCGUUAGAAAACCAUACUGUCCUAAAUCGCUGUUUUACUCGAUAUAUAUUGUUAUAUUUAUUGUAUUUUAGUUACAAAUAAGUCUAGAUGAUUAAAAAAAAUGUAGACUGUACCUCCCGGACAGUACAAUAAAUAUUGGGAUUUUUCUUCAUAGACGUUCAAGGUAAAAGUUUAAGUUUAUUUAUAUAAAAUUAAUAAGGUUUUUUUAAAAAAAAAAAAAAUGUAAUAGUUUUAAUUAGGCGAUUUAUUUUAUCAGCGAUCAGAAUAUAAACUGUAUUUUAUUUCUGGUUUCCAACCAUUAUUGCAUUCUUGACAUACUUCUGUUCAGUUAAGAUGUUUUUAAAAACUCAUUUGAAUAAAACUAUAGUUGUCACAGAAAUUACUUCACCGAGUAAAUGACAACAUAUAUUAUGUUUUCCCAGACGGAUUUUUCGAUGUGUUUGUUAGAAAACCUUGCCAGACAAUCUAUUCGUACUUGAUUUUUUUUUUUCGUUUGUAAUCGUUAGAUACAUAUAGAAAACUUUUUAAUGGAAAUUUAAACAAAUACAAAUUCCGUGUAAAAACAUAGUAAAUGUUUGCGUCUUUAAUUUGGUGACAAAAUUGGGUUAAGUAGGCCAGAGUAGGUAUUGUUGGAACUCAGAAAACUCUUUUUUACUUUAUAUUGCUCGUUAUUACUGGAGAGACGGAAAAUGUUAUUCCGACGUCAUUUCAUCCGUGUUUUUAAUUUUGGUACAAUUUUUAGUAAUAAUUGAUAGUAUAUUUUAUUUUAUAGGCAAAAUUAUAGGAUUUUAAACAUUUAUAUUUUAUAGUAGAUAUCUUAUAUUGAAUUGACAUGUACUAUAGAUGCAAGGGUCUAAGCCCAGGGGAAAACCAUAUUCAGGGGGCAGGAGCGAUGGCUUUUGGUAUAUGCAGUUUGUGCGUCUCGUAAUAAAUUUUAUAAUUUUAUUGAAAUAAUUUCAUUAUUUUAAGAUUUAUAGAAGUAAUACCACGGUAGUUUGUAUUAUUAAUGUACAGGGAGCGUUGUUGUUUUAGCGGCUUUUGAUAAGAACAUUCGUGGGCGAUUUUUCUCAGUAACCUACAUUGGCCGUCACGAAACCAUUUACAUUACCAUAACUGUAAUAUAAAUCUAAAAAUGAUUUGAACGUAAUUUCACAAUACACAUUUAAAUAAAUGGUACCAUCACUAUAGAUUCUAGUCAUUUCAUGUAAUGCCUUGAAAGUGUUAAUAUUUUCGAACAUUGCAGGCCAUCGUCAAUAACAAGUCCAUUACCGGUUACGACUGACAUAUUAUAUAUCGUUUUCUUACAUACACUUUUGAUAUGUGCCACCAUUGAACUCGGGUGAAACGAAAAAACGGUCUCGCAUUUAAAUUUAGCGUGAAAUAGAAACGUUUUUAUGUUUUUUCGUUUUUAAAAUUCCUAGUAUUGUUACGUAUGCGCUUUUUAAAUGUUUUCAAUAAAUAUAUAUUUAAUAUUUAACGAUCGGCAGACCGAACGGUGAGAAUAAUUCAACGAAAAUUGACUGCAUUAUUAUUAUUAUGCAUAUGACAUAUCGGCUUAUAUAUAUGGUAACAAAGUUAAGUAUAUAAUAACAAUGGAUAAAUUAAUAAAAUAGAUAAAUAGAUAGAUAGAUAGAUAACACGAUUAUUAAAAAUGUAUAAUAGAUUANAUAAGUUAAAAGUUAUAAUUGCACAACAAGUUCCUCAAGCCAUUUCGCUGCGGCCGGGCCACACUCGUGCAGUUUUACCAGCCCAUCUUCAAACUUUGUGAACGGGCACGUCUCCACGAUGUGCGUGAUAUUCUGUAUCUCACCACAUUCACACAGUGGUAUUCGGCUUAUACACCGACUGCAUUAUAGUUUAUGAUAUCGUUUAAUAUUUAUAACUAAAAUUACAAUAAGUAUUUAGCAUUUUCGUUUUAUUAUAAUAUGGGUUACAAUUCCGAUCUAUCACUGUUUAUAGUCCCGGGCGUUGAAGUUUAAUAGCGGCCUAGUCGAGCUGGAAUAUGUUUUGCAUAAUGUAUUCGGGCACGAUAUUUCAUUGGACUUGGGGCUCUGCCAUGACUGAGCUUUACAGACUUGCUCUCAUCCGGUCUAAACUAUAUAAACUGUUAUAACACGUAAACGGUAUAGUUGCAUGAUGUUAGUGUAAAACCGAAAUGUCUAGAAAAGUAUUCACCGUUUGAAUCUGUGAUUGAAAGCGAAAAGGCGGGUCGCUAUUUAAAAAUCCCAAGUGGAUACUCGUCGUGGGCACCGAGAGGUUAAAACAAUUGAAAAUAUUGUUAAAAUAAAACUUAAACAAUUCCGUCUUGACAGAAAUCGAAUUCACGUAAAACCCGACGAGAAAAUGUCUAGUUCGCGAUGAAAGAAUCGCUCGAUGUGUUAUCGAAACAACAAAACAGGCACGCUAUCGCCUGUCCGUGCGUGAUAAUCGAUAAGAAAUACACAUAAUGUUAUCGGUAAAUCGAUAGAAUCGAUAAACGUACGGAUAUUCGUAAACCAUUUCCGAUCGCACUUCGCCGGACUUCGGAAUCUUUGUUAUCCCCUUCGACACGGCGACGCGUCAUUGUAACACAACGUGAUAUUUCGCGGGGCAUUCGCACACGGUUUUUAGAUUUUACACGGAUUAUUAUGACGUAAUAAUUGUUAUGUCACGUGGCGCCGAUUGAUUUUAAACCCCCGCAGAGUCCGGUCCGAACCGUAAACGCGUACCGCUCCUAUUGCCGUCUACACCCGCACGUAUGCGCCGCAUCGCCACCGGCGCUAACAAACAUGUCCGUACGCCGCCGUUACGAUAUAAAUAUUGUCGGGUGUCCCGUCCCGGGACACUUCUUGGGAAUCGAUUCGUUCGGGUGUCCGCGCGGGUCCUCGGACGAUAACUCCGAAUAUCGGGCCGCGCGCGCCGAUAAAACGAUAGAUACGACGGACGCGUUUCUGUUCGGACGACGACGACGACUUAUUGACGUUUUGAUUUACGACGGCCCGAUACCCGGAGGGAGGGGCUGCUCGCGUUAGGUUAGGUUAGGUGUGCGCGCGGCAAUGAGGUCCGUGUGUUUUAUCGGCUAUCGUCGCGCGGAAUAAUUAUACGCGCCGCGUGAAAAACGCCUCCCGGAAUACGCGGCGAUAACGCGCGCGCGCGCGGUUUUGUACGCGCUCGGAGCCGCCGACCGUUGUUUUCCACGUCGCGAUCGGGAAUUUGACCGUUGGUGUUUUUUUCGCGUCGUCGGUUAGAAAAAAAAAAAAAAAAACCGGUAGAAAACGGCCGAAAUUUCGUCCGCGAAAUCUAACCGGUACCCGCACUCCCACCAUACCGGGACGCGGCGUUUAGCGGGGGCCACGGGGGUCAUGCUCUCCCCUCCACGCACGUCGAACUACCUGCAAAUAAUAAUAUCUUUCAGAAAUCCGUAUCCGAAGUUCGGAGUGUUAAUGAAUUACAAUCACGGCCUCGGUUAUGUAGACAGUUGUGCUAUCACAUUAACCGGUCAGCGGUCGCGUUAGUUAAAAGUAUAAUUUUUGGACCAAAAGGAUAUUGCCCCCUCCCCCCCAUGCCCCCUAGAAGACGAAUCAAAUCCGUCACCGCCAUGGCAUAGGUCCAUGAUGGACCUGUGUGCGGGUUACGAACCGCUGCUUGGAGUAGCAACUGGAGAAAUACGAUGCCGAAGACCGACGGCAUAAUAGUACAAUAAAAUGAAGGUCGAGAAUAAUAACGGCCGUUAUUUCUUGCGUUUCGAUCGUCGUCGGGACAAAUUACCGCGCGCGAUAUGUCACUCGUGUUUAUUAUUAUUUUUGGCUAUUGCAUUGUAUUAUUUGCUGUACUUGUACGUUAAGCCUCGCGGAGUCACUCGAUAAAUAAAUUAGCGAUGCGACAUAAAUCCGGAUUCUCCGCGUGUAUCGCGUACGUAAAAGAAUCCUAAUUCGAUGUUCGAAAAUCCGUAUUCGGCAUAAGUACGGAUUUUAAAAUCUGGAUUCUCGAACUCCGACCAUCCGGAUUUUUCCCCUCGUUAAAAUAAAUUGAACGUAAUAAUAAUUCGUUUUUUUCUGUCAAACGAUUUAUUGCGACAAAAAAGACAUUAUUUAUUACGAUGAAUACAGUCCACCACCUAUUUAAACAAGCUCGAGUUGGCGAUGGAUGACUACACGCCGAAUAAAUAUUACAUAAUACUAUACCUAAUAUGUAUUACGUUCGAUGCGAUAUAUGGGUAAUUAUUUCGACCCACUCGGAAAGGAAUAUUUCAUCGAUAACUAUAAAUGGCAUUAAUCAGCAUUAAUAGAUGUAGAGGUAUGUGAAUCUACAAAAAUGUACACACGCGUAAUUUUUAGGCGUGCAGUGUAUUAUCAAUGUCUUAUGAUACAGUCGAAAAAAUUAACGAAAACAUACUGCGUAAAAUACGGAUGGUCUUAAUGGUUGGUAAAAUAACUACAAUAGCGAUGGGCAUUUUCGAAUAGAUAAACUAUUCGAUAAACUAUCGAUAGCUGAACCAUCGACUGUUUCGUGGGAAUAUUUUUUUUUUUUUUACCACGACCGAAUAGUUUUGUUCGCGGGCAACUAUAAAAUAUUUCGAAAAACUAUUCCAAUAGUUUUUAAUCUAUCGAAUAGUUCAAAUGCAAUCAACUAUCGAAUAUUUCGGUAGUAACUAUAUUCUGGUGUGGCCUUAAUACUAACUGCGCACCGUUUACGAUAAUAUAAUAUUCCACCUCGUGCAUCACACACGUCAUGUACGUUUGUUAUUCUAACAUUUUUCGCAACGUAUAUAACUAUAAACCAUAUAUUAUUGUGUUAUUUGUGUUUUAGCCAUUGUUUUAAUGGUAUACGAAUACGGAUUUUUUUUUUUUUAAAAAAAAAUUAGUUAAAAAAAAACCAUUUGCAAAAUACUUUUUUGUGGGAAAAAUUUUGAACUAAGUAAUAAAAUACUGAUACGCACGAAUAUUCGCCACUAUAUACGAUUCUCUUUUCUCAUUUGUGAUUCUUAAACGCAGCCGUGGUAUUUACCAUAUUAUAGUUUAAAUAUUCAUUGGUCGCUUUCCAGGAAAUAAUAAGGAUGUCGGUUUGUUGUUUAAAUGCGAAAGAGAAAAAGAAACUUUUAAUUUAAUUGUUAACAUUUUAACGAAGAAUUUCGUUUGAUGAAUACAAUACGUACCUAUAUAUACGUUUUUUUAUUACCUAUGGGAAAUUAUAGAAACGCUUCAAAGCUCAUUUGCCAGGCCACAUUAUUCCAUUUUCGUUUGCUGAUAAUUUAUUUCCAUUAAUGAAUAUUUUUAGACGCUAUACAUACAUGCAUUUUCUGUAUUCGUCUUAAAAAUGCGCAACAUAGAAAACGUUUAUAGCAGUAGUGCUUUUAGUUUUAAUAUUCGAAUGAAUUAUUUUACCUAUUAUCGUAUUUCAAGGUGAGAAUGUUGUUUGCGUGAAAAUAAUUUGGUUUUUCCGCUAAUUAAAUUGUCAAGUCAAUUUUCAAAUUGUGUCGUUUCGCAAUGAAUUGUGUCUCGCUUAAAAAUUUAAAUAACAAUGCAAAACUUGCAUAAAAACAACCAGUUAAUGUUUUUCACUUGAAAAUGUAUAUAUAAUCGGUUAAUUGACUCUCAAUAUUAAAAUUAAUAGCCCGGAAUUUGUUAAAAUGAUCGCAAAUUUUCUACGUCGUACGUUUGUAAAACGAAAACCACCAAUGCAUGAUGCGCAUCAUGCAUUGGUGUAGUAAAAAAUACUACUUGAAUACGUAUUUGUAUAUGUGAGUACAUUAUGUGAAACCCGUUUAAGGAUUUCAGAAUGUUCAAAAGACGGGUUGAGAUUGUGUUAAAAGCUUUUAAAGUUUUAAUGAGGAUUAUUUUUUUUUUUUGUUAUAUUUACAAUACAUGUUUUUUUUCCUUAUUCGAUGGAGUUAAACGUUUUAAAAUAUACAAUUUGAAUGUAUCGUGUCGUGAAAAAUUUUGCUGGACAAUUUAAUUUAAAAAGAUGCCUUUGGAAAAAUGUAUACUGUUAUGUGUCUUAUUUUAAGAAAUUGUAUAAUUCGAUAUAAAUACCAAACAAUGUAUAGGCCAUUAUUAAGUUUAUUCGAACGCGAUAUCUGAUAAUUUGUAGAAACCAUAGGGUUUAACGACUAUACCUACACAAUAAAAGAUAAGUACGUGAGUACACGAAUAUUUUCGGAUCUGGUUGCCAGUUGUUGUUUGACAUUUUUUUCACUACAUCCAAAACAAAGUCUGGUCACGAAAACCCUCUUAUUAAGACAACGACGGUUUAAUUGAUACACAUUUUAGAAAUCUCUUUAUUCUCAUAGUUCGGAAUAUUAUAUACUUUUAAGUGCGAUUUCAUAAAAUUGAAACCGGUCACGAUUCCGUCAACAAGACGAUCUUAAAGUCAUAGUAAUAUCAUAAUAUUACUGUAUAGUAUAAUAAUUUAAAUCUUCUACAGACCUUUUCAAAUUGUUUUAUAAAAUAAUACGCUUGGCUUUUAUUCGACUCGACAGUAUAAAAAAAACCGUACGUCAAUAAAAAAUAAAAAUAAAUAAAUAAAAAUACAUUCAUCGAUAUAAUGCAUAACUGGAGUUUAAACAUCUCGUUAUUCGAGAAACUUUUUUUUACUGUUUGAAAAAUCAGUAAACGGAACAAACUUUAUAAAAAAAUCGGUCGAAUAUAUAGGCGAUAACAUUUAUUUUAAAUUUAAUUGUUCGAGUUUUUAACACGUAAAUAGUUUUUCGUUCAUUCGUGUUGUGUAUGCAUGUAUAGUUUUAUAUAGCUGCCGUAUACAAUAUAAUUUUAAAAUGUUUAAUAAAGAACUCGUAAAUGCCGAGCACGCGUAACGGCAAAUUAUGAAAUCUCGCGCUUUCAAUAUUGUUUAUUUUUUGUAGUCUUUAAACCGCGGUUGUCCACUUUGGUUUUUCAAAUACCGACCGAUGAGGUUUUAAUUUGAACUUCACAUAAAUUUCGGCAUUGACAUUUUUGAACUACGUCAAUCCCGUUAACGAGAUAUUCAACAUUUUGGUUUGGGUAGGGGAAGAGAGUAUAUAUAGUGGGACAUCAUUUGUGUGUGGCAACGGCACGGCGUGCGGCGUUUGUAUACGGGUCACGUGAACCAUAUUCUAAUAUAUUCUCCCCCGAAUCUUAAAAGUGAAAUAUAUCGUCGACGGAUCGACAGUAAUUAGAAAUUUCGACACCGAAAUAUAUUUGAACAGGAAACUUCGUCUAUUUAUGGAAUUUUUAAUAACGGUUGCUAUUCGAAAAUCAAAAGCAGACAUCGGUUCGGGCUCCGAAAAUAAGGGCAACAAAAAAUAACGGAAACGAAAACUUUUAGAACGGCUUGUUUCUUAAAUUACUUAAAAAAAAAAUAAAUAAAAAAAAAAUUGCGAAAAAAAUCAAUACUUUCCGAGAUAGUAAGUGUCUUGUAUCGAGGAUUGAUGAUAGAAAAUUGUAUUACUUAUAAAGUUAUAAAGUUUUAGGUCGUAUAUAUAUAUAUAUAUAUAUAUUAAACCGAACCGUACUUGGCUUAACUUUUAUUGAACAUCAAUACGACUCGCGGUCGUAUUUAUUUUGUCGGAUACUUGAAUUAUAAUUUACCUAUAUUAUUUGUCUACUGCGGACCGCAAACAAAACGUUCAAUAUUUUUAUAGUACCCGUUUCAAUUACGUAUACCGCCGCAGUAUCGUCUACUUGAAAAUAUAUUUUACCGGUGUACAACGACGGGAUACGCGGCCAAUCUAAUUCAUAUUAAAAUAUUGUCUUGUCCGCGGAAAUAUGUAGUCAGUGAAAUCUAUAUUAAUAUCAUGUAUAGGUAUCUUUUUAGCGUACGACUGUACAGUUACCUAUAUGGUUAUAUGGUUGUAAUUUUCCAACUAUAAUACAAUAAUUUAUAUUAUCGUUUAAUUAUAUACCUUAUGUUCUUUAACUCGUAUCGGCGACGGCAUCGGCGAGGACAUUAUUGAUAAAAACCGAAUCUAGUUUCGCCGCAUCUCGGCAACAGACUCGCGGAACAAGGAGAGUGAUAAAACCGUAUUCUUAUAGACGCCGCCGGUGCGCCAACGCGGGCGGUGAAUUAAUGAACACGAGAAUAUUCGCAACAUUUUUAUACUCGGAGUGAUUUCACUUUUAAGUUUAGGUAGGGGGAGAGUAGUGGAACACUAAUGAAACGCCGAGUGUCGUGUCGCCACUGCACAAAUGACACUCCGCUACUCUCCCCCUACCUAAACUUGAAAGUGAAAUAUCUCGUUAACGGAACGACGGAAAUCAAAAAUCUCGACACCAAAAUUAAUUUUAAGUAAUACUACGUUUGUUUAUGGAAUUUUUUUACAUAGGUUCUCGUUUGAAAAACCAAAGUGGGUAUCACCGCAAGUUACUCCUUAAAUGUCGUGAAAAAUCGAAGUAUUUGAAAAUAUCGGCCUUAAAUAAACUUGAAAAUUUCAAAAAUCAUAAUUUGAAUGUAUGCACAAUUUAACCAAACAAACGGGGUGAGCACGCUUAGUGAAUCAUCCUGUAUACAUAUACAAUACUAUUAUAUUAUUUUUAACGAUUGAUCAUAUAUUUUUUAAUUAACCUGCAGUAACCUCCACGAUAGUGUGUGUGUACAGUGGUUUUUUUCGGGGGGGGGGGGCGGUGCUGUUCAUUAAGGGACGAUACGAAUUUGCUGACCGCGGUAAAUUGGCAAAUUUUUGCACGCUAAUGGCGAUGGUGUGAUGUCAAAAACGUGUACAUUUUUAUUGAUCAAUUCAUCGCGUAAAAACUAAAUCGGUGUAAAAACGGUGAUAUUCUCGCACGAUGAUAUACUUUUAGUACCAAAAAGUGUAUAGUGUACACCUAAUAUACGAUAGACUAUAGCGACAUAAAACCAAGUCGAUCUAUAAAACUUGUUUUUACACCGCCAUCGUAUUAUAUCGAACAUAAAAUAAAAUAAUAUUCUCCGUCCAAUAAACAUAUAUUAUCAUAUAUUAUUAUGUAUUAUGUAUUAAGUAUAUGUAAGUAUUAACCGAGAUCGGGGCCAACUAUUUCGUUGUUUACUGCACACAUCGUUUCGCAGCGAACCGGUAAUUUAUGCUUCUAAUGUUUAAAACAAAAUAAACUAUUGGAACAAAGGAAAAAAAAAAAAAAAAAAAAAAUUAGGAAGGACAAACUGCAGGGCGCUUAAUUCGAAUUUUUUAUUUUUUGUGUAGAAUUUUUAUUUCACUUAAGUGACGACAAUUAAUCGAUUGUUAAUAUAUUUAAAAGAGUAUCUAAAUAUUACUCUGACACGUAUACCUACGCCAAAAACUAUAUGGUGGUGUGGGGUGCACAACGGAAUACUAUAGUAUUAUUAACGAAGUAUUCAAUAGUCGAUCGCAUUCGAACAAUUCGAUAGAUUGAAAACUACACGGUUAUUGGGAAAAACUAUUCGACGGCUUUUCCAAAUAAAUGUUAAAAAAAUAACACAGUUUAUCAUCGAAUAUUCAGAGAGUGGCCACUGAACCUUUUAUCAAUGAAUGCGGACAACGCGGCGCCAUAUUGUGUAAUUUUCGGUCCGAACAUAUUGUUAUCAGCGUGGACUACAUUCUAGACCGCGAUUAUGAGUAAAUAAUGCACUGUAGCUAAUCUCUCUGACUUACUGAAUAAUAAAUAAAUACGUUUUUAGUGUAUUUAAUAAAACGUUUAAAAAACGAAAAUUAUAUUGAACCAGUUGAAGAUAUUGCUGGCGAUUCGAAAACUUCUUGAAUGACAUCAUUAAAAUUUGAAUCGAUAAUAUUGUUUGGACGAAAUUGUAUCGUUGAUAACGAGGACCAAUAUGAGAAAUGUCUACACACAUGUAGUAUAAACUAUUCGAUAACGCCCGUCGCCAGCCCAAACCUGAGUCAUAUCGCGCGUAUAACAACGAUUCGAAAAUAACUAAGUAUAACCUAAUAAACUAAAAAAUACGUUCUAACGGCCGAUGAAUUUUGAAUUCAUUUCGAAACUUAUUUUUUUAUGUAAACGUUUUAAUAUUUCAAACCGUUUUCAAAAAUAAAGACGCUCGCACUAUAUAGGUGUAUAAAAUUUAAACAAGACGACAUACUUCACACGAUCUGUGGGCCACUGUUAUAAGUAAGAAGUUGGGGAAAUAUAGAGGAAUUUAAUGUAUAUCUGUGCGCAACGAUUAACUAUCGCUAACGAAAAACGAUUCACUAUUGCUAACGAAAAACGAUUCUGAGUUGAGUUCGAUUAUAAUAAACAUGUUUUGAAAGGCCGUAAUAUUUACGGUUUUCGUCAAAAUUUGAUAUUAAAAUUCUUGUAACAAAAAAAAAAAUUCUACAUUACGCUCAAAUUUUUUGUUUCGAUCACAAAGUACAAUUUUUAAUGAACCUCCAGUUAAAUUUUAUCCUAAGAGUACCAAUACCGAAUAUAAAUUACGUAAAACACUCGUAAAACUAAAAUGUCUAUAAAUAAUUUAAAAAUGGUUAAAAUGUUUAUGAACGUUUACGUCUAGAAUAGGCAAAUAUAAGUUUUCUGUUCUAAUUUUAAGCCUCUAUAAGAAUACUUUCUCAACUGAAUGGCGACAAACAAAAUUGAAAAUAAUACGUUUCGUAAAUUUAUCCGUUUGUUCUAGGUUUUUUUUUCCGUUUACUUAUGAAAACCCUUUGGCUAAUCAGAAAAAAAAAAAAAAUGACCUCGACUCCAACGAGAUACCGAAAUGAUGGUAUUAUACGAAAUCGGUUGACAAAUCAUUCACCGAACCGUUGUCAUAACUAUACACGGACAUUGGACGUGUAUCCACAAAAUCCGUCGAAUUAUUGUUGUGUGACCAACUGACGGUGACGAGCGGUGAUUACUCGUCCAUCCCCUCCAGAAUUAUUCUACUCUCGUUAAACCCAUUCGGCAACCAGCGUGUUGUGUUAUCGCUCUUUUCGCGACCAACGGUGCCAAACGAUCGAUUCAAUCGCUGACAUUUCGUUUUAAAUGCCCACGUCCCGAGUCCUGAACCUCUUGUUCGAUCGGUUUUAAACGAAUAUUUUCGCCGCCGGUCCGCGAUUCUCGGACCGGGGCUGCCUCGUCGCGGCGACAAUAGUAUCACAAUAGACACUUCGUCUAAACCGUGUUUUAUCGGCGGCACCGCGUAUUAUCGUUUGUUAUCAACGCACUAAUAAUGUUGUUAUCGUAUUAUUAUUAUUAUAGACGUGUUGUUGUCGUUCGCAGACCGGAGCACCGCCGUCGUCGGAGGUGGCGGUUCUUCAAACGGCAAUAUCUGUAGCGUCAACGGCGGCGGCGGCGUCGGCAACUGCAUAACCGCGGCGGCCGUGUCGUCGGCCACCGGGUUCGAGAUGUAUUCGUUUUUCGCGACUACGGCGACCGCCGCCGCCGCCUCGGGCACCGGAACCAUUUCGGUGGCGCCCUCGUGUGGCGGCGGCGGCGGCGGCGGCGGUGGUGUCGGCGUCGGCGUUGUCGACAACGAGGCGCCGCCGCCGCCUUCGUCGCAUUCUGUCGUCGCGCAGGCGCAUUUUACCGGCAUCCAGCCGACCGCCGCCGCCGCCGUGGUCGUCACACACCACCAGCAGCAGCAGCAGCAGCACCACCACCACCACCACCACCACCAACGCCACCACCUCGAUCAGCAGCAGCAGCAGCAACAACAACAACAACAACAACAACAACAGCAGCAGCAGCAGUCGGUCUCCGCGGCCAUCAAUUGUUCGGCGGUCCGCGCUAUCGCUGCCGCUCCGUCGCCGUCGACGACUAUCGGUGCGACAAUUUCGUGCUCCGGCUCUGUCGGCCAACUACAACAGACGUCGACCGUUUUCCCCGGCAGAAGUAAUAGUUAAUUUUUGUUUUUUUUCGUACCUAAUUUAUCGUUUUUUUUUUUUUUUUUUUUUUUUUUUUUUUUUUUUUUUUUUUUUUUUUUUUUUUUUUGUUUUUUUUUUUUUUUUGUUUUUUUUUUCUGCUUUAAAUUUUUUAUCGCGAAAACUCGGUUAAAUUAUCGCCGAAACAUAAAAUAUUACGGAUGACGUAAGUACAUGAUGAUUGUACCUAUUAUUUUGUACGCGACAGAAACGCGGUAUAACUUUUGAUUAUCAUUUAAACGCUCCGGAGUGCGAUGAUAAAUAACGAUGGUUAUAAUUUAUUUAAAAAAAAAACCGGCCUCCUAGAAUCUUGUGUCGUCCGUCGCGGUGUCCGUAUAUUGCGACGGACGGACAAAAUGGCCGACACGGAUAUUCGUGAGGUGCGCGCCGUCGCCGCCUCUCCACUGCCGCCACCAUCGCCACCACCUCCACCGCCACCAUCGUCGUCGUCGUCGUCGUCACCACCAUCGCCACCAUUGUGCGUCACGUUUGCCCCUCGUGCGCGCGCCCUUCUUCGCGAGGUUCCUCUCGAACGCGGUCCGUCGACACGCGCGUAACGGCAUUAACCACGCCGCCCGUCGUUAUCUUCUCGCCGGGAAUCCCACGUAAAUCCCACGUCGUUUGCGACGCGCGGCUGUCGUCCGCAUUUCCGGGAAUUCCCGCGGUGGCGCGUCAACGAACGUUUUCUGGGAGUCGCGGCCGCCCGACGGCCGGGCUGGGGUACACGGUCCGUUAUCCCGCAAUUCCAGCACGCCGGUAUAAUGCGCGCGAAACAAUCGGACGCAUUUUAAAACGGUCGGAAAAUAAAUGCGCCGUAACGUUGCUGCGCGUGUAUCGCCGUGCUCGGGUUGGGUUUCGGUUAUUACAGGCGCAUUCGAACGAACCGAGCGUGGCGUGCGCACGUACAGACUGCUUAGCAGUGACGUCAUUCGGGGGGGAACGGCAGUGGAGGCAUUCGCCCUCUUCCUUGUCUUCAGCGGGUCGCGUAUGGGCCGGUGUCGGGCGGACCGCGAGUCCGCCAAACAUUUAUGAUUUUACGGCAUACGCUCCAUACAUAUUGGCGAAAAUAGGACACGAAUUCGGAUAAAAUUCAUUUACGUGUACAAUAGCGAGUAUAAAAAAUAACGUAAGAAUUCGAUGUACGCCUAUUUGUAUUGGGAUUUGAGUUUGCAUUGUGACGAAUAAAGUCGGGGAACGGUUGUUUUUUUUUUUUCAGUUUUAUUAUGGGCCGAUAAAAACUGUCCCCUCUCGAAAACCGAAAUGACUCCACUGCUCCUUAGGUAAACGCAUAGCAGUUCGACGCGCCGCCGGGCAAAAUAUUGUUACGUUUUUAAAUUGAAAACGUGUUUUUCUCAUGUAGAAAAAAAAAAGCAAUUUUUCUGGUUUUUCCCGGUACUCUUCGCACGACAUAGACCCCCGAAAGAGUAUUGACCGAUACCGGUGGCGCGUUUAAGGGGGGAAAUCGGGGGAGAUUUAACUCCCCAUUGACUUAUCUUUUACGUCUAUUGUUUAUGUGCCACGUACUUUUGUAAUCAAAUUCUUUACUUUUCAAUCGAAAAAAACGAAUACAAGCGGGUACCCAUAAUAGUGAAUGUUCUACGAAAAAACAUUGCCGAACGUAUAAAUUUUCUUGUUUAAAAUGAAUAACCUAUCCGGACCGUCACAUUAACACGAAUACUGAACAAACUAGUACAUAGUUUUUUUUUUUUUUUAGCCUAAUAAUUUUAUAACACGUUGCACUGCAGCAUGAAAUUACAAUUUUCAAAUUCAAUAUCUGCCUCCUUGACGUAAAUCCCAAAUGCGCCACCGAUCGAUACGAUUUUACAGAGUACAAGUAUGUUUGGAUACGAAUCACUGCGGGCGAAAAUUAUUUCCUCUUCGCUCCAAAAACCGGUAGCUGUGUUGUUUGCUAUCUACACGAGCGAUUUUAUCUACUGUUGCGUUAAUAUCGCAGUGCCACGCGCGAUAAUAUCUGCCAAUAUUAUUCUAUAGUAAUCUAUAUAGAUAGUAUACUAUCUAUAGUAAUAAUAAUAAAUAAUUUCGAAAUAAUGAUAUCGAUAAUAAUAAUAAUAAUAAUAAUCUGUUGAUGGAUUCAAGGCGCACUAAAUAUAAUCGGUAAAUUAUUUUAGAUUUAUUUUUAUAGCCGGUCCUUGACUCAUUAAAACUAUUGGAGUUAACACACUUGUGUUUUUACUCGUAUUUAUACUGUUUAGCGGUUAGUUUUUGUGCAUUUUCGUAAAAUGAAUACUUCGGUGGUGUAUGUAAGCAUAUUUUUAUAACGGCGAUAAACGUGCUAAUUUGUUUUCACCAAAGAGGCGCGCUACCGACACGGCAGUAUUGCGAAAAAGUGGAUUCUAAUAUAACGAGGUACGCGGUUCUUUAUAAAUCAUAAAACAAACAAUUUUUUUUUUGGUAAAAUAUCAAUGGAUUUAAAACUGUAGGCGUGGUUUAUCAUGUAGAUAUUAAUAUAUGCGUAUGGCAACUAAAAAGUUUGCGUAGAUAGCAUAUACAGCAACUCGAAACCCGUCGAAUAAACGCAUAGUAGACACUUGGUGGGUUACUGUGGGCGGGGAAACGGACAAUUCUGCCGGGAAUGUUUAUUAUCAAGGCGAAAGACGAUUUAAUUACAACAGAAAGCAACUUUUUCAACAAAAAAUAUUGUGUCUUUAUCUAAAUAUAAACACUUUUACGUUUAUUCAAUUAUAAGUUCAUCGGCCCGAAAUAAUUCAAACAGUUUUCCGUCGGCUCUAUACCCAGAAACACACCGCAGUAAGUAGACAUUUUGACCGUUUCCGUGUCUGCCGCAUUUGUUCGCGGUCCUCCUUUAAAAUUUGUUAAAAACCGACUUGCGAAGUUUCGCCGGGCAGCCGAAAAACGCAUUGGAUUGUGUACUCGGAUAGCCGUACCCGCGGUCUAAAAUCCACCGACGACGACGUGUUGUAGAGAGAAACGAGACGAGCUUAAUAUACAGUACAGUGCACCGGAAAUGUCUACGAACCACAAUUAAAUCAAUCGACUACGAUAUGGUCUACGGUUUAAAAAGCCGCGAGAAAAAGAAAAAACAAAAAAACUAUCGAUUAUCGUAUUCUGAAUCGCAUAGCAUCGCGGCAAUCGGUAAUAUAGUGAUUUUUGGUCAAUGAUAUUCGUUCCGUCGGUCCGGACGAACGUAUUUCUUACCGUACGGCUGUAUUUUAGAUUUCGAGCCUUUCGAACGGUUCGCCCGCGAUGCGGGAACGCCACUGCCGUGGUGCCGCGGUUGGGCCGGUCCGCGCUGCGUACACACGCUUCGUCACCGCCGCCGCCGUCGGUUAAUAAUAAACGCCACUGCCAGAUUCUCUUCUAAUUUAGGAGGGUCCUCCCCGACGUCGCCGUGCACACUCGCGCGGCCGUAUGAAAAAUCAAUAGCCGUCCUUGAAUUUAAAAAGCGAACACGGCGAAAAUCGAGGUUAUAUCGACCCCGCGCAGCGUUCUUGUUGCGGUACACGAUAUUGUGCGACGCGGCAGAAGGUCAAAUCUUUUCACCUACGAGAUUUCGAUUACGGGACCGACGUUAAUCGCGCAGUGUGUAGAUAAUGUUGUUGUUAUUAUUAUUAUUAUUAUUAUUAUUAUUAAUAAUUGAUAUUUGACUGUAAAAUUCCUCCGUUGCCGACUCGCCUCGGACACGCCCGAAAAGUUUUUCCAUCGAAUUUCCCUCGAGUACAAAAAAAAAAAAAAAAAAAAAAAAAAACCCCGCCUGUCGUAUAUACAUAAAUGACGUCGACGCGAGAUUAUUCCAAAGUCGGGCAGUAACUAGUUAAAAAGUUAAAAGUUACUUUUAACUUAACUAUAGCUGAAAAAAAAAAAAUACCCCAGAAAAUAUAAAAUAAUACUCGGUUGUUGUUUAGUUCGAAUUGAGAUUAUUUACGAAGUUUCCGUAAACAAACACUGUGCACCUAUAUGUGUUUCGCGUUUAUUUCUCGACGAGAAUGACAUAUUUUUACGUGAAUACCAUUAUAACAACAAUAAGGUGGUCUGCAAUACGCGGUCUAUUCGCGCGGGGAUAUGGGAUACCCACACGGGUCUUAAACACAUCACAGCUAGGUCUAUAAAAGUCUAAAUACCAGAGUACAAAAUACGUUUCUGAGUGUCCAUUAGGGUGAUUUUAAAGAGUUUAAAUUUUUUUUGAAAACCCGUAAAUUGACUUAAUCACCCAAAUUCGUUUGUAUUUUAAAAUUAACGUUAACUACUCUCGGUGUUUUUCCCUUGUAUGAUAACCUUACUUAAACUAUAUAUAGUUAAAAAAAAAUUGGUUGAAUUGAAGAUCUUCGGAUUAUUCCAUAAUCUUUGUACACUAUUGGCAAAACGGUUGUAAAUAAUAGUCGUUUACUUUCAAUUUCGAUAAUUUCGCUUUAAUCACACGUUUGAUUAAAUUAUCGAUGCGUACGGUGUCGCGUUUUUCGCAUUUUCGGAUCAUUCAACCAAAUAAUAAUGAUGGCAUAAAAUAACAGAAACGGUUAUUUUUCACAGGAUAUUUCAAUGUAGCGAUCACAGACUGCUAUUGCCAUUGCCAUUUAGUGCUAUUUUACAUACGCGUUAUCACAUCACAUCUGCUACUCCGCCAGUAUGAAAAUGGUAAUUUUUUAGUAUCAGUAGCAACUGUUACUAUUACUACAAACAAAUCGCAGUUAGCCGACUCUACCGAAUAAUUAAUAAUUUUUUGGAAAUCGAACGAUCUUUUUUUGUACAGAGCUCUUGUUAAUAUUACCGUUGCUGGCCGGCACGUGUUUUCAAUUAUUAUUUUAUUUAGACGUUCUAUUCGAACGUAAACAAGCCAGUUAACAAUCGUUUCGAAACGUAAUUAUAAUCAUUAAGAGGACCCGUAUAUACCCUGUCUAAUUAGGUAUCUAGCUUAAGUAUUUCACUUGUGGCGUCGGGGUCAUAAUAAUAAAUUGUUGCGUGGAGAGUUUUAGAGAGAAAAAUAACGUUAUACUUCGAGAAAAAUUCGGUUUAAAAUUAGAAAUACUUCACCGUAAAUACGAAAAUAUAAAAAAAAAAAAAAAAAUUCCAUUUGUGGUAUAUGGAUGCUGCUUCUUUACACGUGAAAUUGAAAAUGUCGUGCCGGAGACCGUGUAAUCCGGAAUCCGCGUAAAUUCACAUUCACGAAUACAAUUCAUGUAAAUGCACGUGAAUUCACGUGUCACGUGCAAUACGCGAAUAACCCAAAAUAAUUAUCACGGAUACACGGGCGCGAUAAAACACGCGUUUCCAAUUGAAACCUCUAGCGUAACGUUUAUUUGCCCAUUUCAGUUUUCACAUUAUCACAUUGUGACAAUAUAAUAUACAGGCGUUUAAACCAGACGCCACAUUGGAAUAACGUGUUUGUGUAGCCUGAUGCUCGUGGGUUUCCGAUGUGUUCGGACGAAUUAUCGAACGUUUCGCGGUCGAAAAUUUUCGCCCCGCGACCGAAUUCGGAAAAAUCAUCCGAACAGUUUGAAUGCGAUUAGCUACCGCGCAUGGGUUCAACCGCUUGGUCGUGCCCGUCAUCGCUGCCCCCCGUGCCGGACGUCGUAAAUCCGCGUUGCAUAUUUUCUUUUCGACUAUGUAACGAUCAUAGGCGUGUUUACUCGACGUCAUUAUAAAUGGAUUAUCCAAUCGAUAACAUAAUAAAGGUGUAUAAAUUCGUUGUAAUUACGUAUAAAUUGGAGCGAGCGCGACUAAUAAUAACAUAAUCGCGAUUUCCUCGGUCGUACGUGUUUUUCGAAUGGAGUGAUUGGAGGGAGUCGGACGUCCAAUAUAAAACUUGUCGAAAUGCGGUAACGGGAAAAUAAACCCUUCGAUAAUAUCCUGUGAAUGGAUUUUUGUUUUAUUACCGUGCGAGCGUAUUAUGACGUUUCGCGGUUGUUUCUUCGUCGCGAUAACAAUACGCGCGUGCAUACCUACAAGUAAGUAUUUUUUUCGCUGUGAGAUUACGACGAGUCUAAAAAAAAAAAAAAAAAAACAUAACGAAAAAAAACUUUGAGGCUCCACGCGCGAUGCGUUGAUUACCUGGUGUACGCAAACAAUAAUAAAUAUAACGUUUAUCGCGUCGGCUGGUUUACGCAUUGAAAUCUCGAAAGCCGUAUAUUUUAUUAUCAUUUUUAAUAUACAGGAGGUGCCUGCGUUUUCGCGUCGGUUGUUACCACGAUUUUUUACCCGUAUUAUUUAACCGCGCGAAUGGUGAAUAUUAUGCGUAUAUUGUAUAUUAUUACCUCGACGCCGAUAAGUGAUUGAUAAGUAACAACAACAAUACACGCAGAUUUUAUCGUUAUAAAACGGAUAAAUGGCCGACUCUAUUUGGGUAAAUCUGCUGAAGCCCGACAGCUACAUAACGUGCCGACGACGGGGAAAAUUCGAUCGAUUAACCCGUAAACUAAUACUCGUUCGCGCCACGCAUUACGCGAUAAAUACAAUACGUAACACUACGUUGAAAACCGUGUUUGAAACUCAUCGCGAAUUGUCUCUGUAUUACCCCGCGAUUCAUAGCACGAAUUCACGGAAAAAAAAAAAAAAUAUUCAAUGGGUUGUACGACAUAAUUAUUUCUAGUUUUAGUUUAGUAUAUUUGAGCUGCCGACGUCUGCGAUUAAAGUGGUCGGUAGCGGAUUCUCCCCUCUUAUUUACGGUAAACGUAUUCGUCCCCUUUAGUUUAAGUCUUCGAAGCCCGGGACAGGUGCGGACGCUUUUGUUUUUGUUACUGAGAGUUUUUUUUUAUUUUUUUUAAUGACAUUUUUAAAGCUCACACGGGUUUUAUCAAAAACAAAUUCUUUAAUAUUGGUUUAUACCUUUCUCUCUAUUUUUCCCCAGUUGAGAAUAAUAUUUUGGGGUCGGAGUUUAUUUUAAAACCCCGAUAUUAGCAUAAUAUAUUUGCGGACACACUUUUGCGGCGGAAAACAUUUUGGAAGUCUUGACUCCGUGAGUUGCCCGAAAGUUCGAUUGGAUUUAGUCAAUUCUCGGUACGGCCCCUCAAUUUUCGGUGAAUAUAAGUCUCCCCUAGAAGUUUUUUCCAAUAUAGUCACUGGCUGACUUGCAAUAAAAAUAAAAACAAUAGUAUUUUCGAUUUGUUCACGUACAUAAUAAUAUUAUAUAUAGGUAUACUUAGAGAGGCUAUGAUUAGAGAGUAUACCCACUGGUUACCGGACUUUUUAUCAAUCCAUACGAACGACGACACGUUAUACGACUUUUCGGCCAAACAUUGUUAUCAGCAUUGACUAAAUUUUAGUCCACUAUUAUCAGUAAUUAAUCUUUGUAAAGUAUAUAUAAUAGUAUAUUUAAAUGUUUCAAACGUAGUGUAGUGAGUUACAACUCAAGGUUCAUGAUAAUUUGAAGAAAAAAAACGAACGCAACUAAGCAAAUAGUGUAACGUAUUUUAUGUAUAUGUAAAUAAUAUUGGAAAAACUUUUAGAAUAAUAUUAAAAUAUGAACUGAUAACAUUGUUUGGAAGAAAUUUGAUCAUUAGUGUCGGAAAUCAACCAGAAAUUUCGACACUGAUAGCCUGAUGUUCUCUGAUUAUGCUCUGUAUUAUACCGCAACAUAAUUGUACAUUUUACAUUAAAAACCUACUUAAUCGAUUCCAAUCAUGCGUAUCGUAUAUACUUGAUAAAAUAUCAACCGAGAAUUUAUUUUUACAAAAUAACUUACAACCCGUCGUGAGUCUACGGUAGACUAUAUUGCCGGAUGCAUGUUACGUGUACAAUAUUAUAUUAUUGUUUCGAAAACCUUUUAUUUUUAUAAUUUUUUUUUUUUUUUUUAGUAUAAUUCACUAAAAACAAUACCGUCCGAUGUUUUGCUGAAUAAUGUUUGAUUUCGUUAUACUUGCGGUGCCUUUAUAUUAUUGAUAAUUAUUGUACAUAUAUUUUGUUUACAUAAUCUAAACGAAACCUAAUCUCCCUGUGUAUCUAUAUUUUAUUUUUAGUCGACUACAUUAUAUUAAAAUACAGUAUUUUUUUCAAUUGAUAAUUACGUGAAAUUAAAUCCAUUAAUUUCGAAUUGCAUUUUAUCUACAAUAAUUUUCAUAGUCUUACUGUAAAUGACUGUCUAUAACAUUCUACGUUUAGUUUUUAUUUUUAUUCUAUUCGAGAACAUUCGUUUUUUUAUUUCCACAUAGAAUAUACAAUUAUUAUUUGUUUGUAUUCAUUAUUUUUAUCUUCUAUAGACCAAGACAAAUUAUUAUUAUUGUCAACGCGGUAUUACAUUAUUCAUUUUGCUAUGGAAAUUAUUAUUCACAUCUAUCGGAUCUAAGAAAAAAUUAAAUUGUAAAUACGACCAAGGUCAUAUAACCGUAUGUAUUAUGAUGAAGUAUAGGUUUUUUUAAAUUUGUAUAUCUCGAAAUUCGGCGUUAAAUAAUCAUUAGUUUGAAAUAGUAUGUUCUCUUCGUUGUUUGUACACCUUUAAAAGUUCUGUUAAUCAAUUUUUUAUUUUUUUUUUUUUGAUCUGUAUUACUAUAGUUAAAGGAUCACAGAUUUAGAUAGAUAUCAGUGGCAUGCAUAGGGGGAGUGAGGUUGGGGGUCAUAUCUUCCCCUCAUUGGUGUUUUAAUACAACAACUAUAAGAGUAUUUAUCGAAGUAUUUAUUUACUAAUUUAAAUUUUGAAAUGUAUGUAUUUUAUAUGAAUAUUUCAGUGAAGAAAGAAUAAUUUCUUAAUUAAAAAUUAAUAAAAGGUUAACUAACAAUAGAUACGUAUGAGUUUAUUCCGAUUAAAUGAUUUAUUUUAUAACUGAACGGUUUAUUAUAAGUGAAUUUCUCUAACGUUAAGUUAAACCAAUCGUUUACUUAAUCGUACGUAUUAUACAUUCUUUACAAUAAAACAAGAAAUAUUUUAUAAGAUAUGUAUACGAAUAGUAUAUUAGUUUUAAAAAAGGUGUCUACAAGGAAUGCAAGACAAUUUCCCUUCUCCUCCCCGUUUUUAAAUAAAACUAUAUAUCGUUGUAUAAUUUUGUUUUAAUACACAAUAAAAUAAAACAGAAUUAAUUAUAAAAUAUGUCCAUAAAUACAAUUCAGUGGCAUGGAGCAUGAAUGUCGAAAAAAAUUAUUUGAAAAUUGGAAGUUGAAGACAUUUCAAAAAUCUAACGUUAAGUCCAUAAUUAUCGGUAUAUUAUUAUUUUUUUUUUUUUUUUUUUGACAUUGACCUUCUUGCACCAUGCUACCGAAUUAUAAAUGUCAGUAAUGUUUAAAACAAGUAUUAUAAUGUUCACAGUAUAUUUCACAAAAACCCAUUGCAAUUAUAAUACUGUAUUAGGCACUAUUUAAAUAUAAAAUUAUGCCCAAAAACCCAAUUACUAAGAAUGUGGUUAGGUAUCUGAAUAAUAACAUUAUUAUACAGUAGUCGUACAACACAUUUUUUAUUUUAUUUGUUUUGAACAUAAUUUAUUAUCGUAUUAGUACUUUUAAUUGUACCAAAUAGACAACGUAAUUAUAACCGACGUUAAAAUAUUCACGUAUAAUAUUAUAAAUGUUUGAAAAAAGAGGAGGGGGGUAAUUUCCUUGCUAUAUACUGAAAAAAAAAACCCGGAGAGAAAAUGUGAGGGGGUGUCCAUUUAACACAAAAAAAAAUAAUAAUCUCCCAUGGUGUGAAAGCGGUUGAAUACCUACAUGGGUGUAGGAUAACAUUUUAAAUGUCGAACCGUCAACGGUGGUACGGAUGCCCAUAAUAUAUACGUAAAGAGACGCGCGUAAUGAAAUAAUAUAAAUUUCAAAGACUGUGCAUUUUCGAUUUCAAAAAUAAAAUGUGUGCGGUAUUCUGACAACGGUCGUGCAAACGUCGCAUUAUUGCCGCGUGUAAUGAAUGUGAAAACAAAUUAUAGCGUACCUAUAUUAUGUACUUUUACUACGGGUAAACCAAUAAGGAGCUAUAAAUUAUAAUAUGUAAGUGCGAUUAAAAAAAAAUAAUAAUAAUAAUAUAAAAUGUCGAUUAAAUUUAAAUUUCUUUUUAAACGUACGAUAUUAUUUUAAUGUUUAUUUUUUAUCGAACACGAUUUUUAACGGAAAUAACAAUUAGGACCGGGGUUGGCAAAAAAAAAAAAAACACCGUUGUAUAUAGUAGCCUUGAGACGCGAAAACUUAAAAAAAAUAUAUCGCUGCGUAUUUAAACGACAGUAUUUAAUAACAGUGGCGUACGCGAGGGUAAGGUGAUAAGAUUUUUAUUAAACCAUCCCCUCCCUCGCCGUGAAUCAGUCAUUAUAUAUAUUUGAAAUAUGAAAAAGGUCGAUUUAUCGAAUACGAAUUGGCCCAUUUGGAUACGGCUUUUAAUUUCUCACCGUUGUCGGGUUCGGUAUUACCGAUUUAUUCGCGCAUCAUCGCGAUUAUUGAUUUAUAUACAAAUUUACCAGUUCCCCUCCCCCAUUGAAAAUCCCUUGGCACGCAACCGGAUUAUAUUAUCGCCCCACGUGUUCUUAGUUUUUCGACAUUUUUCUAUAGUUAUAAUGAUUUACUAUUGCUUAGGUGCGCUCGGCCGUGCGUAAGUUAGUUAGUUGAGGUCAAGGAAAUCUGUACGGGAAAUCACGUCCGAGGACAGUGACGGCGGCGGCGGCGGCUGCGGCUGCGGUUAUCAGCCGCGUUAUCAGACAAUAAUAACAUUUACAUAAUAUAGUAUAAUAUUAUUGCGCGUGGUAUAAACGACCGUCGACUCGGCGAUAUUUUCUCGGGCAAAUGGAAACGCGUCGCGCGGAAUAUCGUUUGAAAUAUUAUUCCUUUCCGUUCACACGCAUGCGCAUUUUCGAAAACACCGGACGACGACGGACACAGUAUCAUAUUAAUAUAUAGUAAUGUAAUGUAUUAUUUUACACGCGCCGCGUACCUAUCUGUAUAAUAACCGCGUGAUAUGAAUGGCUGCGGGUACACAAAUAAUAAUAAUAUUAAAUAAAAAAUCGCCAAAAAUGAUUGUCUGGAAGCUAAUGGGCGUAUAAAUUUUAAGUAAAAAAAAAAAAAAAAGUAUCGGCGUUAAACACCGCAUACUGUACAUUUAUAAUAUCUAGUGCGCGUGCGCGUGUAAUAUACACGAGAAUCGGGGCCGUUGUCGCGCGUCGAGGUCAUUCCUACGCGAAGUUGAUAAGUCCGGUGCCAAAACGUAAUUCAACACGGUUUUUCGAUUCCAUUUUCCCCUCUUAUAUAAUGUGUAUACACUUUGUGUUUUCUCGAUUUUUCUCCUCUCCCCCCCCUCUCUCAUCCAUUCCUUUCGCUUUUCCCGUGCGCGUAUAUAUAAUAAAUUGUUUACCGAAUCCAAAAGCCCGGAACGCUUGUAACUGGUCGAAAGCCGCCGUCGCUAUAUCGUUAUUUCGAAUUAUUAACGUUUGCUUAUAGGUAUAUUAUAGGUACGUAUGCAUUUCGUAAAAUAAAAAAGAAAGAAUGCAAUUGUUUGGCGACAGUCGUGCCACACGGACAACACUGCAGUAAUAAUAACGAUACAACAAUAAAACAUGUUUUGAAACGCCAUGAUUUUUACGGUUUUCGUUAAAAUUUGAACUUUCAAUGUUUAUAUAUUUAUAUAUAUAUAUAAAAAAAAACUACUUUAUAUUAUAACGUUAUGACUUUUUCAUUUUUACCACUAAACACAACUUAAUGUUAUGAUGAUUAACCUCGUGUUAAAUGUUUAAGCAUUCUUUUUCUGCUCGGCAAAAACAAGCCGUAUAAAAACAAACAAAAAUAACCGGCAAUUUCAAAUAUCAUAUAAUAUAAACAGCUCAGAAAUCGCCAGAAGUUUUUGAAAAUUUUACCACGUCUAAAAAGCGUGUUCCGCACACUUGUCAGGUCUCUCUACGAUUAUUUUUCUUACUGAAUUACAAAAGAAAAUAUUUAUAAAUGUAUAUAAAAUUAUGGUGGAACCGUUAUUGCGUAAAUUUCCCUGGCUUCUCCUAUAUGUUUACCAAUUAUUAAGAAACCUACAAGGAAAAUCAAAAAUCGACUGCAAUGCAUAUCGGCCAGACAAAAUUUGCAUUCGGAAAACUAUCAGAUUUCCCAAGUAAUUCCAAUAAAUAGAAUAAAAAUUCACAGCACCCAGAGACACCUAAUAAUUUUAUGUUAAUAUAUAAUACUUGUGUAGGUAGUUUAGUUUUUAUAUAUAUAUAUAUAUAUAUAGGAUAAGUAUUAUACGCGUCUAAUCAGAGUGGUUUUGAUUCGGUAUAAUUUGGUUUUUUAGUAUAGAAAUUCGUUCGUGUUAUUUUUUACUGCAAAUAUAAUUGCUUCCGAAUAACAUACAAGACGCAGGUAGUUUCCGUGAGAGGUGAACAGAAGUGAAUUCGCCCUGUUGACGGGAAAAUAUGAACACAAUAUUAAUUUUAUAAUUAUUUGCGUUCGUUCGUUAACAAUAAAAAGGGGGGGAAAUUAUUGGAGUAGAAAUGGAUUUCGUUGAUUUUAGCGUUUUAAUUAAAGAUUCAGAAAACCCAUUAUAUUUGUUUUUAAUCGCUCAGAUGCCCGUGCGAGUUAAAUUGUUCGCAAAAAAUCAAGAACAUUUUUCCGGACACCGUUUUUGAGUUUUUGAUUACCUUUGAAAAUUGCCUCGAAUUCUAUAACAUGCAGCAAGUAUAUAUUUUGUAAUUUGCAUUAUAUAAUAAAUUAUAUUAUAAUAUUUGAAGAUCCGCAAUGCUGCAAAAAAUUUAUUUUUCAUGCACUGAAAGUAAAUUAAUUUAAUACCUCCCCGCCCCCCUCAAAGACUUUCUGUUGGUAUUAUAACGUGCAGAUCAAUCGUGUUUUAUAGUACUCUGCAAAGUACAAUAUUGUAUUAUGUUUGAAACCGUAUGUAUUUUGAAGAACUCGUGAUUCGUGUUUGAAUUAAAAAUUAAAAAUCCAUUACAUAGUUAUUUCGAAUGGGAAAUAAUUAUAAUUAAAUGAGAAAAUGCAGUAGAUCGUAUUAUAAGAAAACAGAACAUUUAAUGCAAAUUAUAAACUAAAUAAACAUUAAUUUAACGACAUUAUUAAUUAUUAUACCGUGAAACCGUAUUGAAAUUUACACAAACAUAAAAACCUCGUUAGGAUUUCAUUGUUUGUCCGGAUUAAAUAAAAUAACACGUAUGUUUUAACAUUAAAAUGGUAAAAAUAAUUAUUUUAGACUGUACGACUAUAAUACGGCGAAGAUCGAUGCAGUUAUUGUUGUUACAAAUGAUAUUAUGUUUUUCUUUUAGUUUUUUGGCAAAAUCAUCUAAAAAUAAAAUAAAAAGAGCAAAUAUUUAUACGAAGUAUACGAAAUAUUUACACUAGUUUUAACUAAACAAUCAUUGUUAUAAUUUAGAUCAUCGUUUGAGGAUUAGAUUUCAGCCGGCCCUUAUACUCGAAAGACGAGAAAUGUUGAUUAUUUCGAGGAUUUUGCUGUGUGUAUACCUGCAUAUAUUAAACCUGUAGUUGUUUUACGAGGAGGCAUCAUACAAAAUAAAAACAAAAUAAUAAAAAUGUAUAUAUGUAAUCUUCACACUAAUAAUACAUUUUUUUUUUUUUUUAAAACUAGAUUUUUGAUACUAUUCACAAUUUUUUGUUUCGAAAUAAAACUCAAUAUUUGAUUUAACAAUGAAUGCAUAUUUUUAUUACAGUGAAAGAAAUGCCAAAACUUGUGAAACUUGCGCCCAACAACGGGUCGGUGGAUAGGUCACCGUUGCAACAAGAGUUGAAAAAACGGAAAAGACCAAUUGGAAAAAGCCAUGGAUUGAUUACCAGCAAACCUUUAACGAUAGGUAAGUAUUAUGAUAUAGUAGUAAUUAUCUAAUCCCCAAUAGUAUAAAAUCAUAAUGUAUUCAAUAUGACACGUAAUUCAUUUCAUAUUUAUUAUUGUCUGAAUUUGAAAAUCAGUUUGAAAAAAAUGCAAAUUUAAAUUGUAAUUACAAUAUUGUAUCUUCCAACAAUCCCAAAUUAUAGUCGUGCCCGUUAAGAUCUACUUUUCCAAGGAUUUAAAUGGAUGGUUUGAUAAGAGCGUACACUUUUUUGAAACACUUUUAGAUUCAGUGCCUUAUGAGGACGUCACAUCUGCAUUUACUGUCUCCGUCUUACAAACGCACGACAUAGAAAAUUUGCGUUCAGUAUGACAAAUUUUUUACCGUUACCUAUAGGUGUAAUAUUAGAAUGAAUUGACCUAUUACCAAGAAUAAAGGAAAGGACAUAUCUGUGUUAUUAUUUUGGUUUUUUUCUCGGUGUUUUAAUUUUUUUAGAGAGAUAUGAGUAUGUGAAAUAUUACAAUUUUAAAAAUGCUUUUGUCUUAUCUAAAAGUUAUAAUAUCGAAGAAAAAAAAACACAGAUGCUUGGUACUCAAAUACCUUAUUAUUUUUACUUUUAAGUUUGGUAAUAAUUCAAUCCACUCUAAUACUAACCUCAUAAAAUUUGACCUAUGAACUCAAAUUUGCCAUUUCGUGCGUCUAUGUCUAAGACGGUCUACGGAGAUAGUUGUAGAUGCAGGUGUGGUGACCUCUUAAAAGUUUAAACACACGUAUAAAAUAAAAACUAUAUAGUUUUUAAGUUUAUAGUUCAGUUAUGAUAGUAAUAAUAAUAAAUAAAAAAUGAGCAUUAAUAUUUCAAAAAACAACAACACAAAAGCCGAUCCAAAAAAUGAACGUGAAAUAUAAAAUUGAAUACACUCGGUAGGUACAUUGUGUAUUGGGACAAAAUACAACUAGUGGGUUAAAAAAAAAAACCAUAUAUAUUUUUAGUUUUUACUUUAAAUGUAUAUUUUCUCCGACAUGUGAUAUUUUAUUCUGUAAAUUAUGCAAAUGUAGUCGGUUUGGACUUUUACGAUUUCGUGAUUAGAGUAUUAUAAUGUCGUCCGAGGCGUAUAUAAUAUGGUAUAUCAUGCUGCCACGCAUAUUAUUAUAAUGCAAUCGCCUUCGCGCGAGAUGAUAUUUCCGGACAACGCUGUAUACUCGCAUAAAAAAAAAAUAAAAUAAAAAAUAAUCGACAGUAAUGCAAUAUAUAAGUUUAACGUUAUUAUUUAUACCUUUUUUUUAAAUUUUUUUUUUUUUACUCUUCCAUUGUAUACAAAUUUGUCUCAUUGGUCGUUUUAUGAUAAUUAUAUAACGAUAAACACAUUGUUUUCUUGCUGGGUAGGUACCUAAAAUUAUGCAUAGGUAUAAUGGAGUUCAAAAUAUAUACCUAACUCAUACAUAUUAUAGGUUUAGGUAUUGUUAAUAUUAAUAUUCUUCUCCAUUUUCGACAAAACUUACAUUUUCAUUAAAACACGUACAAUUACGUAGUAUUUAUAUAUUAUACGCAUAAUGAAAAAUUACAGAUUUAGAAAAAGUGCAAAAUGAAAUCGUUAUAGAAUAAUAUAUAUACAUAAUAUAAUAUUAUAAUAUAUAUUUUAUGGUAUCACCAACGAAACUAUGAUAAUUAGGGCUCGGAAGUUGUUACAUUUUUCUAUUGUUUCUAUUGUUUUAUGGCUAAGUAAGUUUUAAAUUCAUUCCAUGCAAGUACGGAUUAAAAUCUAAACAUUUUUAAAUUUUCUAAAAAUUCCCAACAUAAGUAUAUAGCAUAUAUAUACAACAUAAUUAUAAAAAUCAAAUGUAAUUUAAAAAAAUAAAUAUAAUAUCUAUUAGUAUACCUAUUUUAAAUUUAAAAAGCCAGUAUGAGUAUUUUGUACAUUGUUAAUGUACGUUCCUUGUACAAAAUAGAUACUGCUUAUAGGGCCUGGGUUUUCAACCUGGAGGACGCGCUUUCCUAAGGAGACGUGAAUAUUUUCAAAAAUCCUACGGAACGAACAUAUAUGUAUUCUAAUUUUAUAGUUGUGAGGGAAGGCGUGAUAUCAUGAAAUAGUAUAAAAAGGAAGCAUAAAUCCCAUAAGAUUGAGAACCCAUGGCUUAUGGGCGUAAGCCACUGUUGUAUAAGGUGGGAAGUUGGGAAGAUUAUUAUUAUCAUAAAAGGCAAUUUAGUUUAUAAUAGUACGCAACGGCAAAUGAUUAAUUAAUUAAUCACGUUUUGAUAAAUUUAUUGAAAAUGUAUUAAUGUUAACUACAAAAUAAACUAAAAUUUUCGUGUUUAUCAAUCCCGAAUUGUUAAGUAUUUUUAUAGAGUCAAAAAAGUUGUAUCUACUAUGUUCAGAAAAUAUGUAUCUGUGUACCUAUUAGAAAAUAGUACCUACGCAAAAUGUCAUGAUAUUUGCGAUUUUCGUCAAAAUUUGAAUUUGAAUUUUUUUAUACUUUUAUUUUAUUUAAAUGUUUCACAAAGGUAGUAGGUACGAGACAUCAGUGUUUGUGUGGAAUAAAAUGUACAAGUUGAUCACGUGUUUAGAAUUCAUGUGGAUAAUGUUAUGGUGGAUUUCAAUCUUGUUUUAGCAUCAUCAAUUUAACCGCGGAAGUUCAUAGUACAAUAAAAACCGGAUAUAGGUUUAUUUCCUGAUAGUUUAUGAUAGUAUAGAUAUUGGUUUUAGUAAAUGCUGAAAGUGAAUAUUUAAAUAAUUUUAUUAUGUUGAUAUUUUCUUUUAACGCCUAUGUGUGUUUUUGUAUACGUAAAUAUAUAGGUACAAUAGGUACAUAUUAUUAUUCAGUAUUCUGUACAUUUUGAAAUCAAUUGACUUUGCAAUUACUUAACGAUUAUUACUUAUAAUAAAGUAUAUAUAAUUUUAUUUGUUAUACUGUUCACAGUCGCUCCUACUCCAAUAACUCCUACUAGAAACGAUGACUCUCUUAGCUCAGCAAAAUAUACUUUUAUGACACAAACUAAUCCGUCGUUAGUGUUGAAGAAAAAAGACUCCACUGUCCAAUGCAGUCAACAAACGACUACCAUCAAAAGUAUACUAUAAACAUUUUUAAUUUACGAAAAAUCACAAGUCCAUAUAAUUAUUUUUGAAUAUUGUAUAAUUUAGCCGGUGUCAGCGGAAGUAUACCAGUUGGUAUAGCCGUUGCUAGACAAAGGUAUACUCAAAGCUCUUCUAGUACAGAUAUUCAAAGACACCGAGAAACAACUUCUACAGUGUCGAUGCCCGAAGUCAUUCAUCAGUCGCCAAUGCAGACUAUGGGUAAAUAAAUACAUUUGAUAUAUUAAUAUUAUUAUCAUAAGUUUUCUUCAAAUUUAUUGGCACGGUAUGUCCAAUAGUGUUGUCCUAUAACGAUUGUUCUAUGACAACUGGUACAACAGCACGAUGGCCACAGUCUGGGGGCUGCAACGUACCUCAAAACACUAUUGGAAGUCAAUGGAGUUUUCAGAAUACUACAUUAAGAGGUUAGAUAGAUACAACAUUUUAACUUCCCUUAUUUGAAAUGUAUUCUCCCUUUUUUGAAAAAUUAUUUUAUUGAAUGACUUCCAAAAAUAUUUUUUAAUAAAUCAGUUAAAAAUGUCAUGUACUAAUAAUCAAUUUUUGUGUAAAGCACCUGCUCUGGAACAGCAACCAGUGCAGCCAGUCGGUUAUCAACUAGUCCAAGAUCAAUCUGGACAAUUUUUCUUACUGCCUCAAAAUUCUAUUACUGGUAAAACAAAAUAAUUAUUUACAAUAUUGAUAUCAUUUACAUUUUAAUUCAAAUAAUUUAUCACUGGUAUUAUUUUUCAGGUUUAAUGACAAUGCCAUAUGAUUAUUGUAAGUCAGAAACACAGAACCAUCAACCGAAUCAAGGUUACACUCUGAUUCAACAACAACCGCAACAACAAAUGGCCACUCUAUCACCUAUUAUAAAUCACCAUCCACAAUACACGUCUAUUGCAAGUUCGGGUAAUUAUAUAAUAUAUAAUUGAGAUUUAUUUAUGUAGGUAAUUAAUUUGUUUUUUGAUUUUUAUUCAGGUUCAUUCUUGAUUCAGCAAGUUAGUUCUUCUACUCCACCUGCUCUUAUCAACACUCACCAUCAAUUAGCUGAUAACAACACACACCAACAACCGUUGAUACAGUUGGCAUCACCUGAAAAUCAAAUGAUCAUUUUUAACCAACAACAGUCGGCUAUUGUAGCUCAACCAAUGAUCAGUCAUUUACAACCAGCACAUUCAGGAUUGACUAUAGCAACCCAAAUGCAAACUGGUUGUCAAAAUCAAAUCAAUGAUAUACAAACAGUCUCUGAAUCUGUAACUGUCCAAACUAAAUUGGUACAGCAAUCAAUCACUGAGAAAAGUACAAUCUCAAGUCACACAGAAGAAAAUGUGUCAAUUUCAUUAGACUUUUGUAACACUACUAUUAGUGAGUCAGAAAAAGACUUAAAACAAGACCAUUCUACUCCAGAUCAACCCUUGGAAUCUGAUGAGAUUGUAUCUCAUGAUGCUAGCAAUCAAACAGAUAUCCAAACUGAAGAUGACUCAUAUCAUCCUUUGGCUGAAGAGAAUAAGGAAAUACAUUUUACUGAGAGUACUCAAGAAUGUAAAGACAAUAAUCAGUCUUUAACUGAUGAUACCAACCAGUCAACAGUAAUGUCUAUAGCUGAAAACUCUGAAACACCUGAUAUAACUGGACUAGAGCUAUUGUUGAAUAGUAUUGAGCAAUUUGAAAAACAAAAUUCUAAUAAACGCUUAGAUAAUAACUACCAGGAAAUCAAAAUUAAUAAAGAGGAGCCAGAAAUUACACAACCAGUGGACACCAAUGCAAACACCAUUGAGGAACCCGAAGAAAAAGGUAUUAACAAGAUUGGUUUGCUUUUGAUGGCUGAAGAAUAUUUAGAAACUGAAAAAUCAUGUGAAACUUCUAAACUAGACAAUAACCAGCAUAGUUAUUUGAACAUUAAGUUGCCUGGUAAGUUUAGCAUAUUAUUAAUUUUUGUGUAUAUAUUAAUUACAAGAGCUGAUACUGUAGGUGAUUUCUUGCAGGUGGGAAGUUAGGAAAGUAGGGCACAGAAAUUUCUUUAAUUCAUAUCUAUAUGCAACGUUUUUCCCAAAUAUUAAGAAAAUUGUUUGGGAAUAAAAAACUUCAUUAUGAACAACUACAUAAGAUUUUACAAAAUCAAAAAUAAUGAAAUUUGUAUUAUUGUAAAUUAGUUGUGUUUUUUUUUUUUUGUUUUUAAUAAUUAUUAUAAGAAUUGCUUGAGAAAUUAAAAAAUGAUUGUUAAUGCAUCAGUUGGAUCUAAAAUGCUACAAAAAAACUUUUAUAUCAUGUUUUGAUUGAAGCAUGAUUUCUGGGAAAAAAGUCGUUAGUAGACAGAAAAUUAUUUUUAAAAAUCCCACAUACCACAGUAAAAUCAAAAUAUUCCAAUCUGAAAUAUAUAUGUACAUUUUUUUUUUUCAGAGGAACAAAUAAAAGUAAUUAAUGAGAAUCAUCAAAUCUCUAUAACCCCCGAGGUAACAAGUUUUAAGGACAUUGCUUUAAAAGUAUACUCCAAAAAAUCAUCAAAUGAGAGUGGUUAUAAUUCCCAGUCAGUAGAGAAAUCUCAAGUUGAAAUGAAAUUAGAUAAACCUAAAAAAAAGAUUGAAUAUUCUAGUAGUAAGGUCUUGAAACGAAAAGGAUCUGAUUCAAGUUUGUCAUCAUCGGGUCAAGUAAAACGAGGACCUGGUCGUCCAAAAAAAGUAUUAAAAGUAGAUAGUGAUAACAACAAUAGUAAUGUUGAUCAUAACAUAACAGAAAAGAAGUUAAAGUUAGAUUUUAGUUCCAAAAGCAAACAUAAAAUUUCAAAUUCAUCAUCUUCAGAUCUUUCACCUCCUGUGCUAGAACCAUGGAGUCCUUUAUCACCUACAAAAGAUUCUACGCGUACCCCUCCUACCUUAUCUCCGAUUUCAUCAGCUAAAUUAUCUGAUGUGCAAAAAUCAUCAGAUGACGAAAAGUUGUAUGAAAAGAAAAUGACAAAAAAAUAUUCAACGUCAUCAACUCUGGUAUGGAAAUUGUAUACUUAUUUUUGUAGUUAUGAUAUUAACAUUUUAAUUUGUUUAGACUAGUGAAGAUGAAUUUAGACCUCCACUAAAGAAGCGUAAAGUUGGACGACCAAGAAAGUACCCAAGUCCAUUUGAUGAAGCAAUUCAAAAACACCAAUUGCAAAAUCAAAAGAAGGAUAAACCGAUUUCUUUAUCAUCAAACUUGAUUAGCAAUAUAGCAACUAUUAAAACUACUCAAGUAGAAACAUCUUCUAGUGGCCAGUAUAAAAUAAAACCCAAAUUAAAGGCUGAAGUUAAAGUGAGUUGGUUUUUUAAUCAUAUUAAUUAUAUUAAUUCUUAUAAAUGUUAGAAUCUUAGUUAAUAUCAGUUAUUUAUUUAUAAAUUAUAAUUAAUCUUUAUAUAUUAAAAAACAUAAAAAUGAAAAACACGAAAUGACCUAAUUACGAAAUAAUUUAUUGUAUUUUCAAAGAAUAAAUUUAGAAAACAUAGAAUAUAUAGAAUAGAAUCUAUUUGUUUAAAUUUUAAUAUUUAAAAGUAGUACAACUUUUUAGAAUGUAGUUCUGAAAGUUUUUGAUCAUUGUUAAAUUUAAAAAUUCAAACAAUGUAGGAACAACUUAUAAACUGAUUAUUUGUGUAUUUAUAGAUCAAACAUUGGAAUGUAGACGAUGAAGACGAUGAGAUUAAAGAUCAAGACGACAUACUAAUUCCAACUGAAUAUGUGUGUAAAAAGCGUCGAAUAGCUGAUGCUCUACAUAGAAUGGUAGUUAAUAUCUAAAAUAUAUAGGAUUAUUUGAAUUUUCGUUACACCAAUUUUUUAAUUUUUUGUUUUUCUAUACAUAUUUAGUAUAUUUUUAAAACAUAAUGAUUAAACUUUUUUACUGAAAAUAUAUACAGUUGUUUUAUAAAAAUGUGUAGUUGUCAUAUUUUCUAUCUACUUUUAAAUUAAAAUUUGAAUACAGCAAAUUUUCAGGAAAUAAUAUUAUGUAUAAAUAUUAAGUAGGUAUUAGAAGAGUAGUUUAUUUUUUAUAGUGCCAGUAGUUAUAUGUAUUUGCAUGUUUAUAGUGUUUAUUUAGAUUAUAUAUUACGUUUUUGUUCUAUCAGAGUUGUUUGAAAUAUAGACAUUUGACAUAAAAUUGUAUAGGUACCUAUAGGUUUAAUUUGAAUAUAAACUAUUGAAUGUAUAAUUUAUAUUUUAACCAUUAAAACAUAUUGAGUAAUAUAUUUUAGCAAUUAAAUUAUCUAAUCUUUUGCUCUGUUGUAUGUACAAAAAUAAAUGACGUUGCUUAUAAUUUUCAACAAUUGUGUGACAAAAAAAGUUCAGUGUAGAAAUUUGAUAAGGGCUCUUGUCUUGCUUCUUCAUUCUUGGCACAGGAAAGACGUGUGUUCUUAUUUUUAAUUUGAACACAAUAAUAUUUAUUGCAUUAAGGUAAAUGGUUUUUUUUGAAGUUCAAAAAUACGAUUUUAAAUGCAUGCUUAUUCUUUUUCAAUUCUCUAACAAUUUUAGGGAAUUUAAAUUAAGAAACCAUUUUCUUAAAUACCAAUAGUAAGAUUUUAUGGUCAAUUAUUUGUUUAUAAUAGUGUUCCAUGAACAGUAUUGAGUAAAUCACAGCUUUUAUAAUAAAAAAUACAUAAUCAUUAAACUAAUAAUUUCAGUGACACACUCAACAAUUUAGGAAAAUUGCUUUACUAAAUACAGCUAUUGUUAUAUUCACACUGUAAAACUUCAGUAUAAUUACAUUUAUUUUGUUAUACUUAAGAUAUUUUCUAGUUUAAUAAAGUGUGAUUUACUGAAUUUACCAACAAGUGUAAGGCUACUAAUAUGUUCUAACACUUUGUUCCUGUAGCAUGGUUUACUAUUAAGUGGACAUUUCAUCAGUAUUAAUUGUUUCAGUCUCACCAACAGGCAAUAUAAUAAAAUUAGUUUACUUAGAAUUUAUACUGUUAUGUUUAAGUUGAAAUAAUUUAAAAAAAAAAAAGAAUAUUUCGGAGAUAUUUUUUUUUUUAAUAUUAUUCAACAAAAAAGUUACAGAUAUGUUGUUUUUGAUUUUUUUUUUUUUUAAAUAAUUUGUGUGUUCCAAAAUCCAUUUAUCAAUUCAGCAGAAUGUUCAGUGAAUUGAUGGACCUUAAGAACACUUUUUUUAUUGCAAUGAAACUUGGUGGUUCAUACCUGUAACCACCAUCAACCACUAAUAUAUCAUAAUAUCAGUUUAUUUAUUUUAUAUUCUUAUAAUAUCACAACUCGUAUCCAAGAUUUAUGGAUAAUUUUACAUUUUAAACAAUUAUUUUUUUAUUUUUAAAACUUAACUUAAAAGUGAAAACUUAUAGUAAACCAUUAGUUUUUGUUUAAUAAUUUAUUUUAGAAUUUACUACUCAUAAAAAAUGGAUAGUAAUAACUACUUGUCUGUUAAUAUUUGAAUACUUAUGUCUAAAGUGCGUAUAACAAAUUGUAUGUUGUUAUUAUUAUCAACAAAACUAAUUAGUAAUUUCCAUAGUUAUGAUUAAUGAACAAAAAUCCAAGUGUUCAUCCGUGUUUAAUGAAAACUAAAUAUUUAUUAAAUGAAAACCACAAACUAGUUACAUGAUGAAAACUAUGACAAAUUAACGAAAACAAUGUAACCUAUAAGUGUUAAGAUGUAAAACAUAAUUUUUGACUUGAACCAUUGUUAUCAUUUAGUUGAUCGGUUCAAUGCUAUCCAACAGAAUAAUACUUGUUUCCUGAUAAACGCACUUGAUCACUUCCGCACCGGGAUUUUGUUUUGUGUUUACUAUUGUUAAAAUGACUUAUGAUCUUAUAUAAGAAAAAAAACUACUAUAGAGUGCAAUUAACUACCUGUAUGACUUUAUUAUUGCAAUAAAACAUAGGAACCGCUUAUAACUCACAGACACAUAAACUAACUGACUUAUAAGACCAUAUUUAACCUACCACUAGCUAAUAUAAUACAAUGCCCUGAUAACCAAGGUGAGAUAAUACUACAAUACUGUUUUACUUUAAAGGCCCUUAAAGGUAUAAUCUAAUUUGUUUAAAACCAGUUCUAUACUCAAGAGAUCUGUUUGAAACUCAGAGCUGUCAAGUUUUAUCAAGAGAGUUCCUGGAAAUAAUCUCUAAUUCUCUAAAAAUAUUUUAAACAAGAAUUUAUUUGUGACAAUAGCUAGAAGAUUUUGCAUAUAAUGUGUUUUUUUAAGGUUCACGAGCAAUGUAUUAAUAAAUGGUCCACUUCAUGAUUAUUGUUUUGUAUUAUAAAAUGUAAGAUUUAAUUUUUUAGUAAACCAAUAGCCAAUGAUAAAAAUGUUGACUAUUAUAGGCGACUGAUUAUUCUUUUCCGUUGCCAAAAUUAGUUUCAAAAUUCUUGUCUGUUAAACUAGAGCACAUAUUUUUUUUUUGUUUCUUCAGCUGCUAUUAACUAUACUUAUAAUGAACUUAUACCUCAAUGUAUGCACCUAGUCAAUGAGGCUGCUUAUUAUACUAUUAUUUAAUUAUUGAAAACACUAUUAAUAUUAGUAUUAUUAUUGUUAUAUUAUUAUAUUUUUACUUAUAAUCUAAAUAUUAUAUUUUGACCAGCACUAGCAUUAUUAUAAAUACAAUUAGUUUUAUAUAUAAUAUAUAGGAUAUAAUUUAACAUUUUUAGCAUCCGAAUAAAAAUAAAUAACUAUUUAUUAGAAGUUAAGUAGUUUAGUAUAGUUCCAAUAUUUUAUUGUAUAAUGCAUACAACUAUCAUAGUCGUAAUAGUAAAAAUAAGCAAUAGUACCUAUUUUUAAGCAUUUAAAGUUAGACUUGUAAAAUUAAAUGAGAAAUAUAAUUUUUUUCAUUUUCUCUUCUUGUAUAAAUUAUGUUUAAUACUUUAGAUAGUUAUUUUGUUUCUGAAUUUAAAAUUUUUUUUAAAAGCGGCUACUUAUUGAAAAUGAAAGUUAAUUUAGUUUUAAAAUGCGAAAAAGAAUAUAAAUUUAGAAAAAAAUGAAAACAAAAACUGAAAUUGAUAAAUAGUGAGUUUUAAAAAGAGAAUGUUUUAAAUAUACUCAAUUUUACAAAAAAAAAAAAUUGAUGUAAUGAACGGAUUGGAGGAUUCUUUUAUGUAAUAACAAGUACUAAUCACAGUGAAUAUUGUAUAAUGUUUAAUAUUUAUAUUAUGUUAUAGUCUCCUUGUACUGUUAUUAAGCCAGCAGUAAUUCCUAAGAAGAGAAAAUUUUCAAAUAUAUCACUAGAAAGUAUAGACAGUUUAGACAAUAAUGUAUCAUUCCCAAAAAAGGACACAUUAUUUAGUUCUGUUCCAAUAAAAUGUCAGAAACCAGAACCUGAAAUUUCUUUGGAGCAAUCUAAUCAAGGUAUUUAAUAUAAUUAAUUUUAAUUAGUUUUAGGCAAUUUUAUAUGUGUGGUAUGUAUAUUAUACAUUGGUGGUUUCAGAACAAGAUAGUUCUACUAAGGUCGAACUCGCUGAACGACAGUGCACACCCGUCAGCCCGAGUCGACCGGAUGUAGAAAUAACUACUGUCAAUGUGAGUUUCUUGUUAAUAUUUUUUGUAUUAAAUUAUAUGAUCAAUAAUAAUUUAUUAACAGGACGAUUAUGAAAGAAGAAGACUGAAGAAAAAACAUAAACAUAGAAAACACAAGCACAGUCACGAUGAAUCAAGAACUAAACACAAACAUAAACACCACAAGAAACACCACAAAAAGCAUAAACGACAUCGGGAUUCUGAGCCAGAACUGUCUGUAGCAGAUCCACCGACUUUAUCCCCUCAAACAAUCGUUGAAGAAGCUAUUGAUGAUGAUGAUGAUGAUGAUGAUGAUGAUGAAAAAUCCAAAGAUGUAAGAAAAUUUUUUAUAUCUAAACAUUAUACUUUAGUUCAUUUUUAUACAUUGAUUAUUUUGUCAAAAACUUUUGUCAAAUAACACUUUUAGUUUUUAAUAAUAUAAAUUAUUGUUAUUGAAAUUAAAUACAUACAAUAUCCAUAUAGUACAAGUAGUAUAUAAACUAAUUGGUCAUUAAAUUGUAUCUCAUUAAUGCCAAAUGGUUUAAUUAUAUACUUAUAUUAUAUUUAAUUUACUAUCUUUUUGUAUUUUAUAUGUUUAAAAUGAAUUGUAGCAAAACUAAAAUAAGGAGAAUUGAUUUAAUUAUAAUAUUAUUGUAGAAUGACUCCAGUGAAGUUGAGAGCAGUGAUGUCCCAACUUUUUUGUCAGACCAGCAGAUAUGGAAGUGGUCAGGUGAUAGUUAUAAACGACCUGGCCGUAAUGGCAAUAAGAAAAUCUUUUAUAAGUCCAUCAGCAGAGGAGACGAAACCAUAAGUGUAUGUUAAAAUUAUAAAUUUUAUGUAUUUUAUAAUUUUCAGUUAUUACAAGUUAUGUAUUUUGUUUUGAAUAGAUUGGUGAUUGUGCUGUGUUUUUAUCGUCUGGUCGACCGGAUCGACCAUUUAUUGGUAAAGUUGACUGUAUGUGGGAAACAAACUUGGAAAAAAUGGAAGUCAAGGUGUUUUGGUUUUAUCAUCCAGAAGAAACAGCCACCGACUUUGCUGGUGAUCUACCGUAUCCAGUGAGUAUAAUAUUACAUAUAGUACAAUGUAUUAAUUUUUUUUACUUGUUGGGUGAUACCCUUAGGAGUUUAAACAUGAAAUAAGAAUAAAAACGCUGAGAAAUUAUUAUUUUUUUGUUUUAACAUUAUUUUUAUUGAAAAUAUAUUCACAUAAUUAUUCAAAAAAAACAUUUAGGUUUGAACCACCAUCUUAAUAAUUUUUUUUAUAUUUGAUUUAAUCUAUUUACUGUGAAAAAAAUUGAUACUAAAUCAUAAAUACAUUAUAAUUUUACUAAUAUGCAUUUUAAAUUUCAAUCUUAAGAGUAUUAUGGAAUGAAAAAUCAGUAUCAAUAUUUUAAAAUCGCAUUUUCCCAUUUAUUGGCCAUCAUAUGCUAUCUAUGUUUUUGUAAUAAUUGAUAUCAUACAGUAAAUUAAUUGAUGAACAUGAAUACUGGAAUAACCACUGUAUCAAAUUACAAAAUUACAUUAUUUUUAAAUUUCACUAUAAUAACUUUAUAUUCAUAUCGUUUUUCUUUAAUACCAUAGGGUGCAUUGUUCAAAUCACCUCAUAAUGACGUCAAUGAUGUACAAAGCAUUAUGAAUAGUUGUCAAGUAGUAUCGUUUCAAGAAUUUAAAACAGUCAUAGAAAAAGAGCCUGAACGUUUGGAAGCCAUAUAUGAUAAUAACGAUCUAUUUUAUUUGGCUGGUGACUAUGAACCGGUUAUGAAAACGAUAAACUUUAGUGAUGGUGUAGUGGUAGCAAAAAAGCAAUAAAUGAUUUGCUUGUCAUUAUUAAUUAUUAUUUUCACUUAUUAAUAAUUCUUUAUUUAUUAUGCCAUUAUUUUAUUUUGUGUAUUAUUACUAUACUAUUCUUAUUUUGUUUUUACUAUUCUUUUUUUAAAUUAUUUGUUACCUGUAAAUCAUAUUUAGGAAACUAAUGUAUUACUCUAAAAAAUUGCGGUUUUAUUAUUUUUAAUGUUAAUUUUAUUUAUUAUUUUUAUUAUUAUUAUUAUUUUGCCUCUAUCUAAAAUACAAGUUUUAGACGUAUACAUUUAUAAUUAAACCAUAUUGUUGUUUUCUAUGAUUCAGCAUUAACGCACACCCUGAUUAUUUUAACUUGUUAUAACUUAUUAAGUAUUUGGUUCCUAAUUAAAUGUAUUUGUGUACGUAGGCGCCAAGUACACGGAUGCUUGAAUACUUGAGUACUUGCUUAAAUCAUUAGGUGUGGUUUCGCGUUGCAAACAAUUGUAAACUGUUUAUAUUGUAAAGCAUUUGCAUAGUCGUGAAAAUUACACGUUUUACUUAUGCAUGAUAAUGUAUUGUCCAAAUUUCUAUUUUAUUGUGUUAACUAUGAUUUAAAAUAUAUGUGAAUUUAUGAAACACAAAGUAAACAAAAUUAAAAUAUGGUUUACAUAUUCUUCAAACAAACUUAUUCUAGCCAACUGUUUCAAGUAUAAAGUUAUGUUGAAGAUAAUUUUUUUUUUUUGUAAACUAUUAACAUUGUUCACAUCCAAAACCACACCUAUUUAGUAGGUUCUGAGCACUUAAUAUUAAUAACUGAUUAUACCUAUUCAAUGUAACUAUAAAUGCUCAGGACAGUGAUAAUGUCUGUAACAAUUUGUUCUAAAAAUCAAAAUUUUAUUCCCGACUUAAUAAUAUUUAUUGUAAAAAUGAAUAAAUAUAUAAGGAAAAUGUUUUAUUGUAUAUUUAUAUAUUAUUGUAACUUCCUAUUAUGGCUGUAACUAUAUUUUAAUUAAACACAUAUCUGUAUAUUUUUACACUGUUAAUGAUACCUAAUUUAAAUAUAUUUGAAUUAUUGGGGGUUUUUUUUUUUUGUUAAAUAAUAGAUCUAGAUAAUUCUUUUGUUCUUUAAUAAUCAAAUAAAAUUUGAGCUUGACAUAUUAGAUUGAUAUUGUUAGACCUUAGUGUUAUGGUUUUGCUGUAAAUGUAAGUUCCGUAUCAACGUCAUUGGUAUCUAAAUAUAAUUAUUGAUGUACACUUGAAAAUAUAUCCAUACAUAAAUUAGUUCAUUCUGUCUUACCAAUAUAAUCUAUUAUCGAGUAAUCUAUUGUUUAAUUCUUGAUCGUACUUAAAUGCUGACCCUAUAGACACGUGUGAUGUGCCAAAACAGCACAUUUUGAGGGGCAGAACAUUUUAAUAGGACAUUUUUUAAAAUUAUCACAGGUGUGCGCACUAGGAGUUUGGAGCA